AUGUCCACACAGGCGCCGACGUUCACGCAGCCGCUGCAGAGCGUCGUGGCACUAGAGGGUAGUGCCGCGACGUUCGAGGCUCAAGUUAGUGGUUCUCCAGUUCCUGAGGUGAGCUGGUUCCGUGAUGGCCAGGUUCUCUCCGCUGCGGCUUUGCCCGGCAUUCAGAUCUCGUUCAGCGACGGCCGUGCUGUUCUGAGGAUCCCCGCUGUGACCGCCGCACACAGCGGGAGAUUUUCCGUCAGAGCCACCAACGGCGCUGGACAAGCCACGAGCACCGCCGAACUCCUCGUUACAGCCGAGACGGCGCCUCCAAACUUCCUUCAGAGGCUGCAGAGCUCCUCGGUGAGACAGGGCAGCCAGGUGAAGCUGGACGUCCGAGUCUCCGGCAUCCCGACUCCCGUGGUGAAGUUCUACCGAGAGGGAGCCGAGAUCCAGAGCUCCACCGACUUCAGGAUCCUCCAGGAGGGAGACCUGUACAGUCUGCUGAUCGCCGAGGCCUUCCCAGAGGAUUCUGGGACAUAUUCUGUGACCGCCACCAACAGCAGUGGAAGGGCCACCUCCACCUCUGAGCUGCUGGUUCAGGGUGAAGAAGCCGUACCGAUGAAGAAAACCAAGACUAUCAUGUCCUCCUCCCAGAUGUCCUCCUCCCAGAUGUCCUCCUCCAAGACCAGUGUGCAGAGGAAGAUGGAGUCCAGCUUCCAGGCCACCGCCAUGAUGGAGAUGCACAUGGAAGGAGGAAUGAUGACUCAGCAUUUAUCUCACAAAACCCCGCCGCGGGUUCCCCCGAAGCCCACCUCCAAGUCCCCCCAGUCCUUUGUUUCCAAGGUGACGGGAGGACGCCAGCAGUCACCUUCACCUGUCCGCCAUGUGAAGGGGCCGACGCCCGCAUCUGUCAGACCCGUCUCUCCGGCCAGCAGACUGUCCAUCUCCCCCAUCAGACCAGUCAAGUCUCCCAUCAUGAGCAGGAAACAGCUCUCUGCGUCUGCCGAGGUCCUGCCUCCAUGGAAGCAGGCCGGCUACGUGUCUGAGGCCAGUUACACCAGUAUGACCAGUAUGACCAGUAUGGCCAGCAUGACCAGUGUGAGCAGCGCCACCCAGCUCCACAUGGAGAAGCACUGGGAGCAGCAGGUCGGCGCCGUCAGAGAGGAGGCGGCUGCAGUUCCCACCAGAGCUCAGGAGCCCGUUGUUCCUCCCACUCUUGUUGCUGGCUUGAAGAACACAAACGUGACGGAGGGCGAGUCGGUGACCCUGGAGUGCCAGAUCAGCGGUCACCCUGCUCCCGUCAUCAUGUGGUUCAGAGAGGACUACAAGAUCGAAAGUUCCAUUGAUUUCCAGAUCAGCUACGAGAACAGCUUCGCCCGGCUGGUGAUCCGCGAGGCGUUCGCCGAAGACAGCGGACGCUUCACCUGCACCGCCACCAGCGAGGCGGGAACCGUCAGCACCUCCUGCUACCUGCUGGUCAAAGUGUCAGAGGAGAUUGAGAGCAGAGAGGAAACAACUAUUGUCACUGAAACUGGAGUCGCUCAAGAGAAAAGCGUCGUCGUGGAGACUAAGGAGCAGACGGUGGUGGAGGUGAGUUCAGGAGAGUCCGCCGCUCCGUUCUUCAUCAGGAAGCCCACCGUUCAGAAGCUGGUGGAGGGAGGAGCCGUCGUCUUCGAGUGCCAGGUCGGAGGAAACCCCCGACCUCACGUCAUCUGGAAGAAGAGCGGCAUACCGCUCACCACUGGAUACAGAUACAAAGUUACCUACAAGAAGGAGACCGGAGAAUGUAAGUUGGAGAUCUCCAUGACCUUUGCUGAUGACGCUGGAGAAUACUCCAUCUUUGUGAAGAAUCCACACGGAGAGGCUUCAGCCUCCGCCGGCCUGCUGGAGGAAGAGGAAUAUGAAGCCUACAUGAAGCAAUAUGACGUGACGUAUAAAACCGAAGUGACGACGACGGUGGUCCAGGAGCCCUCUGUGGUUGUGAGUCAGUACGAGAUGGACCAGAGGAGGGUUACGACCCCCAUGAGCUUCGUCUCAGAAACGGAGUUUCUAAUUUCAGCAUUUGAAGAGAGGAUCAUCCAGGAGGUGGAGCUCCGUAUCAUGAGGAUCACCUACAUAGAGCUGGUGACAGAGGACGGAGAGAUGAUGGUGACUGUAGCCGAGGAGGAGGCAGUGCAGCCGGCCUUUGACACACCUGUCAAAAGCUACAGGAUCAUGGACGGGAUGGGCGUCACUUUCCACUGCAAGAUGGGUGGAAAUCCACUGCCAAAGAUUGCUUGGUACAAAGACGGCCAGCGCAUCAGACUUGGUGGACGUUACCAGAUGGAGGUUCUUCAGGAUGGACGAGCCAGCCUUCGUGUGCCCGUGGUGCUACCAGAGGACGAGGGCGUGUACACCGCCUUCGCCAGCAACUUGAAGGGAAACGCCGUCAGCUCUGGGAAGCUCUACGUGGAGCCGUCCGGAGCUGUGACUCCUCAGAGAUACACACCACAGCCGGCGAUGCAGAGGAUCAGAUCCACAUCUCCUCGUUCUCUGAGCCGCUCACCUGGACGUUCUUCCAGUCGUUCUCCCGGACGUUCUCCGGCCCGCCGACUUGACGAGACAGAUGAGGCUCAGCUAGAAAGACUCUACAAGCCCGUGUUUGUCAUGAAACCUUCCUCAAUUAAGUGCUCCGAGGGGCAAACUGCCAGAUUCGACUUGAAGGUCGUUGGCAGACCGAUGCCCGACACAUACUGGUUCCAUAAUGGACAACAAGUGGUCAAUGACUACACCCACAAGAUAGUGAUCAAGGAGGACGGUACCCAGUCCCUAAUCAUCGUCCCGGCCUUGCCACAAGACUCUGGAGAGUGGACAGCCGUUGCUCAGAACAGAGCUGGACGGACUUCAGUCUCCGUAACUCUUACUGUUGAUGCUCGGGAAAGCCUGACACGCCCUCAGUUUGUCGAGAAGCUGAAGAACCUCACUGUGAAGCAGGGCACUCUGGUUGAACUGGCUGUCAGAGCCAUUGGAAACCCCCUGCCCGACAUCGUCUGGCUGAAAAACAGUGAUAUUAUCACCCCUCACAAGCACCCACACAUCAAGAUUGACGGAACUAAAGGAGAGGCCAAAUUCCAGAUCCCAUCUUCUUCAGGCUCAGACAGCGCCUGGUACACUGCUACAGCCAUCAACAAGGCUGGCAGAGACACCACUCGCUGCAGAGUCAACGUCGAGGUGGACUUCACUGCUCCUCACGCUGAGAGGAAGCUCAUUAUCACCAAAGGAACCUACAAAGCCAAAGAGAUCGCCCCUCCCGAGCUGGAGCCCCUUCAUCUGCGAUACGGCCAAGAGCAGUGGGAGGAGGGCGACCUUUACGACAAAGAGAAGCAGCAGAAACCACAGUUCAAGAAGAAGCUGACCUCCAUCAGAAUGAAGCGUUUUGGUCCGGCUCACUUUGAGUGCAGACUGACCCCUAUCGGUGACCCCAACAUGUUGGUGGAGUGGCUGCAUGACGGCAAACCCCUGGAAGCUGCUAACAGGUUGCGCAUGGUCAAUGAAUUCGGCUACUGCAGUCUUGACUAUGAAGCUGCUUACGCCAGAGACAGCGGCGUCGUCACCUGCAGAGCCACGAACAAGUACGGAGUCGACCAAACCUCAGCCACUCUGAUUGUCAAGGACGAGAAGGGUCUUGUUGAGGAGACUCAGCUUCCUGAAGGCAGGAAGGGAUUGCACAGAAUGGAAGAGUUUGAGCGCUUGGCUCACGAGGGAGGACCUUCAGGAGUCACCACCGAUGAUGAAUUUGAAAAGACCAAACCUGACAUCGUCCUCCGUCCCGAACCAGCCAGAGUGCUCGAAGGAGACAUUGCACGAUUCCGCUGCAGAGUGACUGGUUAUCCAGCCCCAAAGGUUAACUGGUACCUCAACGGACAACUGAUCCGCAAGAGCAAGAGAUACAGACUUCGUUAUGAUGGUAUUUACUACCUGGAGAUCGUCGACGUCAAGUCCUAUGAUUCAGGAGAGGUCAGGCUGGUUGCAGACAAUCCUCUUGGCACAACUGAGCACACUGUGAAGCUGGAGAUACAACAGAAAGAGGACUUUAGAACCGUGCUGCGUCGUGCUCCUGAACAAAAGGCCGCAGAGGCUUCACAUGACCCCGGCAGAAUCGGAUUUGACGUUGUGAAGGUGGACCGACCUGGCGAGACCGCGCAGGACAGGGAAGUUGUUAGGCUGCGUAAGACACAGAGAGUUGUCCACGAGAAAACCUCAGAGGAGACGGAUGAACUGAAGAGCAAGUUCAAGCGCAGGACAGAGGAAGGUUUCUACGAGUCCAUCUCUGCUGUGGAGCUCAAGGGUCGCAAGAGGGACGACUCCUACGAGGAUCUGCUGAAGAAGACUAAGGACGAUCUGCUUCAUCGCUUGAAAGAGAAAGAAGAAGCUGAGAGGAAGAAGAUGGAAGAACAGGGCAAACUCACCAUCCCCACAAUCAAACCGGAGAGGGUCCAGCUCUCCCCCAGCAUGGAAGCACCCAGGAUCCUGGAACGCAUCACAAGCAAGACAGUUGCUCCACUGGACGAGGUUAAUUUCCGAGUCAGAGUCGUCGGCAGACCGGAACCCGAAUGCCAGUGGUUCAAGAACGGCAUUCUGGUGGAAAAGUCUGACCGUAUUUACUGGUACUGGCCUGAGGAUCAUGUGUGUGAGCUGGUGAUCCGAGAUGUGACAGCAGAGGACUCUGCUAGCAUCAUGGUAAAAGCCAUGAAUGUCGCCGGGGAGGCCUCCAGCCACGCAUUCCUGCUUGUGCAAGGCAAGACAACCAUCAGCUUCACCCAAAACUUAAUGGAUGUCAGUGGAAAUGAGAAGGACACCACGGUGACCUUUGAGUGUGAAACCAAUGAACCUUUCAUCAAAGUCAAAUGGCUCAAGAACAACAUGGAGAUCUUCUCCGGAGACAAAUAUAGAAUGCACUCAGACAGAAAGGUCCACUUCCUGUCUGUGCUGAUGAUCGAAAUGAGGGAUGAUGCCGAAUACUCUUGUGUGAUCGUAGACGACGAGAGCAUCAGGACGAGCGCAAGGCUCCACGUAGAAGGUGCAGCCCUGGAGCUCAUCAAACACAUGGAGAACAUUGAGGUGCCAGAGACUUACAAUGGAGAGUUUGAGGUUGAGCUGUCUCGUGAGGAUGCUGAGGGCAGCUGGUUCUGUGGAGACAAGGAGCUGUCUCCGAGCAGUAAAUACAUCAUGUCCUCCCGCCGAGGAAGACAAACCCUGUCCAUCAGGGAUGUCAGGAAAGUAGACCAGGGGAAAUAUACCUUUGUAUGUGGAGACCUGAAGACCAGCGCAUCACUGAAGAUGAAACUCCGCCCAGUGACCUUAAUGCAGCCCCUGACCGACCUCACGGUCUGCGAGGGUGACAUUGCUCAGCUGGAGGUCAGGUUCUCCCAGGAGAACAUUGAGGGAACCUGGAUGAAGAAUGGCCAGGCCAUCUCGGCCUCGGACCGCGUCCACAUCGUGAUUGACAAACAGGUUCACAAACUGUUGGUGGAGAACGUCACCAGAGACGAUGCUGCUUCUUACUCUUUUGUGGUUCCCGCCCAAGACAUCUCCACCUCGGGCAAACUCAGUGUUCAAACCAUUGACAUUGUGGUGCCACUGAAGGACGUGUCCUCCGUUGAGGGCACCAAAGCCGUUCUAGAGGCCAAGAUCUCGGCUCAGGACGUCAGCUCGGUCAAAUGGUACCACAACGACAAACUACUGAUGCCUAGCGACAGAAUCCAGAUGGUCGCAAAGGGAGCCAAGCAGCGUAUGGUCUUCACUCGGACCUUCGCUUCUGAUGAAGGACGCUACAAACUGGUGGUCGGCAAGGUCGACACCAGCUGCAGCCUGACUGUGGAAAAGGUACACAUUGUGAAGCACAUGGAGGACAAAGUGUGCUCAGAGUCCCAGAACGUCACCUUUAACGUCGAAGUGUCCCACCCCGGUAUCGACCCGGUCUGGACUUUCAGAAACCAGCAGCUCAAACCUGGAGCCAAAUACAAGAUGGAGUCCAAGGGCAAGGCUCACUCCCUGAUGAUCACUGACACCAUGAAGGAUGAGGAGGGCCAGUACAUGUUCCAUGCUGGUGAAAAGACGUCCAGCGCCAAGCUCACCGUUUCGGGUGGAGCCAUCACACGGCCCCUGCAGGACGUGACAGUGGCGGAGUCUCAGACGGCCAUGCUGGAGUGUGAAGUCGCUAACGCCGACGCUGAGGGCAAGUGGCUGAAGGACGGCCAGCAUGUGGACUUCAACGAGAACGUGGUGAGCGAGGUGAACGGGGCCGUCAGACGCCUCGUCAUCGUCAUCACCAGACCACAGGAUGUUGGAGAGUACACCUACCAGGUGGCCAACUCCAAGACAACCGCCAACCUCAAGGUGGAGGCGGUGAAGAUCAAGAAGACUCUGAGGAACCAGACGGUGACGGAGACCCAGGAGGCGGUGUUCACUCUGGAGCUCACCCACCUGGACGUGAAGGGAUCCCAGUGGAUCAAAAACGGCGUGGAGCUGCAGAACAGCGACAAGUACGAGAUCACCUCCGCCGGCUCGGUGCACACGCUGAAGGUCAGGAACUGCAACAUGCAGGAUGAGUCCGUCUACUCCUUCAAGCUGGGAAAGCUGUCGGCCAACGCCAGGCUCACCGUGGAGACCAUCAAAAUCAUCAAGAAGAUAAAGGACGUGUCCUCGCUGCUGGACGGCACCGCCUCCUUUGAGAUGAGCCUGUCACAUGACAACAUCCCCGUCAGGUGGAUGUUCAAAGGGGCGGAGCUCAAGUCCAGCGACAAGUGUAAGAUCCUGUCUGAGCGCAAAGCUCACAAACUGAUUCUGCAGAACGUGGACAGCAGCAGCGCGGGAGAGUACAGCGCCGUGGUGGGACACCUGCAGUGCAGCGCCACGCUCACCGUGGAGGCCCUGCGAGUCACCAAACCCCUGAAGAGCGUCCAGGUCCCAGAGACCCAGGUGGCCACGUUCGAGUGCGAGGUUUCUCACUUCAACGUCCCGUCCACCUGGCUGAGAGACGGCGUGGAGAUCGAGAUGAGCGAGAAGUUCAGGAUCGUGGUUCAGGGAAAACUGCACCAGCUGAAGAUCAUGAACACCAGCAGGGACGACUCUGCAGAGUACACCUUCGUCUGCGGGAACGACCGGGUGUCUGCCACGCUCACCGUCAGCCCCGUCCUCAUCACAUCCAUGCUGAAGGACCUGAACGCUCAGGAGAGAGACACCAUCACCUUCGAGGUCACCGUCAACUACGAGGGCGUCACCUACAAGUGGCUGAAGAACGGCGUGGAGGUGAAGUCCUCCGACAGGUGUCAGGUCCGCAGCCGGCAGCUCACGCACUCGCUCAGCAUCCGCAACGUCCACUUUGGGGACGGGGGGGAGUACCAGUUCGUGGCCGGGUCCGCCGCCACCGCCGCAAACCUGUUCGUGGAAGCUCGUGUGAUUGAAUUCACAAAGAAGAUCAAAGACAUAAAGAUCACAGAGAAGAAGAAGGCCAUCUUUGAGUGUGAGAUCUCUGAGCCCAACACUCAGGUGAUAUGGAUGAAGGACGGUCAGGAGCUGGACAUGUCCGAGGAGAGGUACACCGUGACGGCAGAGAAGUACGUUCACCGUCUGAUGAUCCAGACGGUUCGUAUGUCCGACGCCGGAGAGUACUCGGUGGUGGCCGGGUCCAGCGUCUCCAAGGCCCAUCUGACCGUGGAGGGCCGCGACGUCCGGAUCUCAGAACCCGCUGAGCGGGAAAUCACGGUUCUGGAGAAACACAGAGCCACGUUCGAGUUCGAGGUAAACGAGGACGACGUGGAGGGUCGCUGGCUGAGGAACGGAGUGGAGAUCCAGUUCUCGAUGGAGGAGAGGUUCAACUACGUCACCAUCAGGAGGCUGCACCGCCUCACCAUCUCUGAGACGUACCGGAGCGACGCCGGCGAGUACACCUUCAUCGCCGGCAAGAACCGGAGCACCAUGAACCUCCGGGUCAACAUCCCGGAGCCUCCUCAGAUCCUCCGUCACAUGGAGCCCCAGUCGGUGGAGGCCGGUAAACCUGCUCGCUUCUCUGUGCGUGUGAGCGGCGUCCCUCAGCCUCAGGUGUCCUGGUACAAGAAUUCCCAGGCUCUGUCUCCAGGCUUCAAGUGCAAGUUCCUCCACGACGGCGACGAGCAUUCACUGCUGCUGAUCGAGGUGUUCCCCGAGGACGCCGCCGUCUACAACUGUGAGGCCAAGAACGACUACGGCGCCGCCACGAGCACCGCAGCGCUCCACGUGGAAGUGUCAGAGGUGGUUUCUCCGGACUCGGCUGCCACCGUCGCUCCUCCUGUCGUCAUGACACCCAUCAGCAGCACCUCCGCCCGCGAGGGAGAACCGGCUCGCUUCCAGUGCAGAGUCCGAGGAGAUGAUGUGAAGAUCAGCUGGUUCCACAAGGAGAAGGAGAUCAAGCAGUCAGACUUCUUCCGGAUGUCUCAGUUUGACGACAGCUGUCAGCUGGAGAUCUCCAGGGUUUACCCCGAGGACGAGGGCGAGUACACCUGCGUGGCCACCAACAACGCCGGCAAGGCCUCCUGCUCCGCCACGCUCACUCUGGACGUGACUCACGUGAGAGAGCACAUCGAAGCCAGGAUCGAGCAAGAAGUCAAAGUGCCACCUGUCUUUAGGCAGAAAAUCACGCCUCUGGAGAUAAACAUCGGCGGCCACGCCAAGUUCGAAUGUGAAAUUGAGGAUGCCCCGAGUGUGACCUUCAAAUGGUACAAGUCUGGCAUCGAGAUCAAACAGAGCGAGAAGUUCAGGAUCCUCAGCCGCCACAACGGUUCCUCCAUGGAGCUUCUGAACCCGAUCAAAGCCGACAGCAAUGAAUACACCUGCAAGGCUUCAAACCAGCACGGCACAGACAGCUGCACUGCCAUGCUCAUCGUCACUGGUAAGACCCAAAAUGUACCCCCGGUAUUUGUAUCAAAACCAGACCCAAUGACUUUAUACGUGGGCAAGCAAGCUGUGCUCCAGUGCUCACUCACUGGAUCCUCUCCCAUGGAAGUUGUCUGGCACAAGGACAACAUAGCCAUCUCCUCGGAAGGGAACUAUGUCAUGAAAUGUGAAAAGAACAAGUAUUCCCUUCUCAUUAAAAGUCUUGAACUGACUGACCAGGGAGUGUACCUGUGCAAGGCCUCCAACAGUGUUGGCACUGCUACCUUUAACACAGAGCUCAAGGUUAUCAACAAGCCCAGCUUUGUUAAGACCAUUGAGCCAGCAUCAGCCGCUGUCAAUGACCCGCUGAGGCUGGAGUGCCAGGUGGACGAGGACACUGGUGUGACCGUCACCUGGACCAGGGAUGGCAAAAAAGUCCACCAGAGCAUGGAGUGCAAACUGUCCUUUGAGGACAAGGUGGCUGUUGUUGACAUUCCCAAGUCCAAACUGAAGGACUCUGGGAAAUAUGUGUGCACGGCCACAAAUGAGGCUGGGAGCUCAUCCUGUGAGGCUGUGGUAACUGUUCAAGAGCCCCCUAACUUUGUUAGGAAAAUGGAACCUAAGAUUACAUGGAAACAAGGUAUAGCUGCACGCUUACAGUGCACCGUUAAAGGAUCGCCCGAACUUCGCAUCCACUGGUUUUGGAAUGAGAGAGAGCUCGGUGAUGGAAAGAAAUAUAAAAUUUCUUUCAAGAGCGGAGUUGCCUCUUUGGAGAUAAUGAACAUUCUGGUCACAGACAGUGGGAGUUACACCUGUGAGGUGUCAAAUAAUGCCGGCAGCGAGAGCUGCAACACUCUUAUAGCUGUUAAAGAGCCACCAUCCAUUAGAAAAGAGCUGCAGACUGUAGAGGCGGUGAAGGGAGCAGCUACUCAGCUGGAGUGUGAGAUCACAGGAACAGCUCCUUUUGAAAUCAGCUGGUUGAAAAAUAAGAAAGCCAUUCCGAGUGAUCAGAAAUAUAAAAUAACUGUCCAAGAUACCUUGUCAAGGCUGGAGAUCCAGACCUUUGAUAGUGCAGAUGUUGGAGAUUAUCAGUGUAUCAUAUCCAAUGAUGUGGGCAAAGUCACCACUAAGGCCCUAGCUAAACUUAAAGAACCACCAACUUUCUCAAAGAGGGUUGAGAGUGCUACAGCAGUGUUGAGCAAUACAGUGAAACUACAGGGGACCAUUAAAGGCUCGGCUCCCAUCUCUGUUAAAUGGACUAAAGACUCUGAAAUACUGAGAGAUGACGAUUCAAACAUCAAGAUGGUGUUUGAGAAUGGUGUUGCUAGCUUGUCCAUAACAACAGUGGCCAUCAGCCACGGCGGCAAGUAUUCGUGCCAAGCUGAGAACGAGGCUGGCCAACAAAAAUGCGAAGCUACCUUGACCGUGCAAGAACCUGCCAGAAUCGUAGAACCUGCAGAGUCCAUUAGUGUGACUGCAGGAGAUUCUGCUACGUUGGAGUGCACGAUCUCUGGAAGUCCAGACCUCAAAGUGAAGUGGUUUAAAGACGGCAAAGAGAUGAUCAGUGGCCGUAAAUAUAAGAUGACUCUGAAAGAAAAUAUUGCCACCAUGAAGAUUCUUACGGCAGAGAGAGGAGACACCUCAGAAUACAAGAUGGAGGUGUCGAAUAAAGUCGGGAAAGACCAGUGCACAUGCUCAGUCACGAUCUUAGAUCGGAUAAUGCCUCCAACUUUCACCAAGUCCUUGAAAAGAGUUGAUGGUAACAUUGGUAAUGACGUCUCCAUGGAUUGUAAAGUGUCUGGGUCCCAACCCAUGACCAUUGCUUGGUUCAAAGACGACCAGGAAGUCACGUCUGGAUCCAAAUUCCAGCCUGAAUUCAAAGACAGCUCUGCUACACUGAAAAUGAUACGGCUGGAGAAAGCCGACUCUGGAGUUUACAAAUGCAGAGCCACCAAUUCAGCCGGUUUUAAGGAAACCAGCGGCACGCUAUAUGUCAAAGAGCCCCCAGUGUUCACAGUGAAACCUGACAACCAGGAUGUUAUACCAGGAACCACCGUGUCCUUCAAAACAACCUUCACUGGAACAGCUCCUUUAGCUGUAAAGUGGUUCAGAGAUGAAAAAGAGAUUAUAACUGGAGGCUCAUAUUUCAUAAAGAAAGAUGCCUCUUCCAGCUCUUUGGAGCUUCACUCUGUGAAACCCAGUGAUUCCUCUAAAUACACAUGCCAAGUGUCCAAUGAUGCUGGGAAGGUGGAUUGCACCGCAGUCCUCUUUGUGAAAGAACCUCCCGUGUUCGUCAGGAAGCUUGAUGCGACCAAGCUCGUCACCAGCGGCGACUCCGCCAAGCUGGAGUGCAAAGUGACGGGCAGCCCCGUUAUCGGUUUUAAAUGGUUCAAGGACGAGAUGGAGAUCAGCUCCAGUCCUAAAUACACAAUGACCUUGAUUGACUUAGUGGCUUCUCUGGCAAUAGUCAACUGUGCAGUCGAGGAUAGUGGAGAUUAUGUCUGUGUGGCGUCCAGCGAGGCUGGUAGUGACCGCUGCAGCAGCACAGUCACAGUCAAAGAACCCCCGUUGUUUGUGCGUAGCAUGGAGCCCAAAGAUGUGGUGAAAGGUUCUGAGAUGAUGCUGGAGGGCCAGCUCUCUGGCUCCGCCCCUUUCACUGUGUUGUUUUAUAAGAACACAAAGCUGAUCAGGAAUGACAAGAGACACAGGAUCACAUUGAAAGACGACUUGAUAGCCCUGCAGGUUCUGGCAGUAGAAGCAGGAGACGUGGGCUCAUACCAGUGUACUGUUGAGAACGAAGUGGGGAGGGCCUCCUGUGAUUGUCAAGUAACACUAAAAGAACCACCGUCAUUUGUGAGAAAGCUGGAGAACCUCAGCUCCUUGGUUGGCAGCGAGGUUUCGCUGCAGUGCACCCUGAAGGGCUCAGAGCCCAUGACUGUGUACUGGACCAAAGACAACCACGAGCUCAAAGAGGCAGAACACAUUCAGAUUACGUUUGAGAACAACACGGCUCUGCUGCACUUCACCAACUUACAGAGCAAGCAUGGCGGCAAAUACUCGUGCCAGGCUCAGAAUCAGGCCGGGAGCCAGACAUGCUCCGCUGUGUUGACCGUCAAAGAGCCGGCUAAGGUCACGGAGGAGGCCAAGUCUAUCAGUGUGACUCAGGGCGAUCCGGCCACGCUGGAGGCCCGGUUCUCAGGCACAAAACCGCUGAAGGCCAGGUGGCUACUGGCUGGCAAGGAGCUGACCUCAGGCCAGAGAUAUAAAGUGCAUAGCACAGACACCAGCUCUGUGCUCAAGAUUAUGAAAUCUGAGAAAAGUGACAGUGGUGACUACACCUUUGAGGUCUCAAAUGAUGUCGGCCAAAGUUCUUGCGAGGCCACACUCACCGUUCUGGAUCAAAUAAUUCCACCGUCUUUUACAAGAAAACUGAAGAAGACGGAAGGUAUCAAAGGAUCGUUUGCUCAUCUGGAGUGUCUUGUAUCCGGCUCACUGCCGAUAACCAUACAAUGGUACAAAGAUGAGAAAGAGAUCCAGACUGAUGAGAAACACAAAUGCACAUUCUUUGAGAAUGUUGCUUUCCUGGAAAUCUCUAAUCUUGACAGUAAAGAUAGCGGCAGCUAUACCUGCAUCGCUAAGAACAAAGCAGGAACCGUCCAGUGCUCUGGGAACUUGUUUGUCAAAGAACCACCAUGCAUUCUUGAAAAGCCUGAUUCCAUGAAUGUUUUGCCCGGCUCCAAAGUCCAGUUUAACGUACUGGUCUCUGGAACGCCGCCACUGACCACCAAGUGGUUUAAAAACAAGAAAGAGAUUGUAUCCAGUGCCGACUGCUCUGUGGUCAAAGACAACACCUCAAGCUCACUGGAGCUCUUCUUUGCUAAAACCUCUGAUUCUGGAGACUAUGUCUGUGAAGUACAGAACGAUGUGGGCUCCACUUCAUGCCAGGCAACGCUCUUUGUCAAAGAGCCCCCUAAGUUCACACGAACUCCGGCUCGUGUGUCCGUGGUCCGUCCCGGUCAGCGUAAAGUGUUUGAGUGCCAGGUGACCGGCACACCUGAGAUAGACAUCUACUGGUUCAGGGAAGGCUCCGAGAUCAGCCCCAGCGAUCGGUACAAGUUGGUCUUUGUUAACUCUGUUGCCACGCUGGAAGUCUGUGGCGCUGAUACCAAAGACAGUGGGCUUUACUACUGCGAGGCUCGCAAUGAGGCCGGCAGUGAGAGCUGCAGCAUGGAGCUCAAGGUCAAAGAACCUCCAUCAUUUAUUAAGGAGUUGGCUCCAGCUGAUGUUGUGAAAGGCUCUAGUGCCUGUUUUGAGUGUCAGCUAGCUGGAACGGGUCCAUUUGAGAUAACGUGGCACAAAGAUGCAAAAGAGAUCAAACCCAGUGCUAAACACGGCUUCUCCCAGAUGAACGACACUGUGGGUCUAGAGGUGCACAAAUGUGAUGCUGUAGAUGUCGGUGAAUACCAGUGUACUGUGGCUAAUGAGGUGGGAAGCUGUACAUGUAAGACUACGCUUAUCCUCAAAGAACCACCAACAUUCACCAAGAGGAUUGAAAACACUGCCACUGUUCUGGGUAAAAUGGCAGAGUUUCAGUGUGUUGUGGAGGGUUCUCCCACUCUCUCUGUACAAUGGCAAAAAGAUGAGAACUGGAUUUUGGAGGAUCCAAAGAUUGAGAGAUCAUUUGAAAACAAUGUGGCCACUCUCAGGAUUCCCACCUGUGAGGUGACACACAGCGGGAAAUACACCUGCCAGGUGGUGAACGAGGCCGGGCAGGAUAAGUGCUUUGCCACCCUAACGGUGCAAGAGCCUCCACAGAUCACAGAGAAACCUGAAGUGAUAAAGGUCACAGUGGGAGAUCCAGUCAGUCUGGACUGUAAAGUGACGGGCUCCCCUGAGCUCAAAGUGAAAUGGAUGAAAGAUGGCAGGGCGCUUCAGUCCAUCAGGCAGCACAAGCUGAUCUUUGAGAACAACAUCAGCAGCCUAAAAGUUCAGUCGGCUCAGAAAGAGGACGAAGGAGAGUAUGUCUUCGAGGUGGCAAACCACAUCAGUAGCUGCACCUGUAAAGUCAAACUGAUCGUACUAGAACAAGUAAUUGCCCCGAGCUUCAUCAAACCCCUGGUAGACAUGCAGGAGAUAUUGGGCUCCUUUGUUCAGAUAUGUUGCAAAAUAUCUGGUUCCUUGCCCAUCUCUGUGGAAUGGCAAAAAGACGGGACCAAAAUCUCUAGUGGCGUGAAACACAAACUCAUUCAGCAGGACAAUUCAGUGUCCGUUGAAAUCGAACAGCUGGAGAGAUCUGAUGCAGGAUCCUACUCUUGCAAACUGACCAACGCAGCGGGGAGUUGUGAAUGCAGCGGAUCCCUCAUGGUUAAAGAACCUCCCAGCUUUGUGACGCUGCCUGGGUCCCAGGCGGCUCUACCCAACACCAUUGUACGCUUCAAAGGCACAUUUAAAGGAACGCCUCCUUUCACGGUCAAAUGGUUCAAGGACGACUCGGAGCUCAUGACCGGGCCCACUUGUUUCACAGGGCUGGAGGGCCUGUCUUGCUUCUUAGAGCUCUAUUCUGUGGGCGUCACCCAGAGUGGAGUUUACUCUUGCCAAGUCAGUAAUGAUGCUGGCUCUGCACGCUGCAGUGCAGACUUGACAGUCAAAGAACCACCCGAGUUUGUGCUGAAACUCCCUGCCAUUAAGUUUGUGAAGCAGGGUGAGUCGCUCCGGCUGGAGUGCAAAGUCAAUGGCACUGCCCCUCUGAAAGUGACCUGGUACAAACAGGACACCAAGGUCACAGAUGGGGGCAACUACAGGACAUCAUUUGCUGACUCAGUAGCAGUCCUGGAAUUGCUCUCUGCCAGCUUUGAUGAUGAAGGCGUUUACACCUGUGAAGUUCAGAACGAUGCUGGCAGUGUCAGCUGCAGCACCACGCUUAACGUUAAAGACCCCCCAUCUUUUAUCAAAGUACCUCAGCCCAUCGAAGGGCUGAAGGGUAAGGACGCGAGUCUGUACUGCGAGAUGAGCGGUACAGCUCCGUUCCAAAUCACCUGGUUCAAAGACAGGAAACCUCUGAUGGAGAGCAGGAAGUAUAAGAUGGUGAGCGAGGGCAGCUCGGCUACGCUGCAUGUCAUUGGGAUAGAGUCCUCGGAUGCCGGCGAAUACGAGUGCAAAGUGUCAAACAGUGUAGGAAGUGACACCUGCAAGACUUCAGUUAAACUCAGAGAGCCGCCGUCGUUUGUGAAGAAACUGUCAAACAUGACGGUGAUACUGGGAGAGGAGGUGACCCUUGUGGCCACUGUUAAAGGCUCUGAACCCAUUACUGUGUCCUGGGUUCAAGACAAGGAUCACAUUCUCAGGGACGGUGACAACAGGAAAAUCACCUUUGAGAACAACAAGGUCGCUCUUAAAGUCUUUAAGGCUGAUGCAACCACGGCAGGCAAAUACACCUGCCAACUCAGAAACGAUGCUGGGAGUGUGGAGUGUUUCGCUAACUUGACUGUUCUAGAACCCGCUAAGAUCGUGGACAAGCCCGACGCUCUGAGCGUGACAGCGGGCGACAUGGCCGCCCUGGAGGUGAAAGUGUGCGGAACCCCAGAGCUGACACCAAAGUGGUUCAAGGACGGGGUCGAGCUGGCCUCCGGGAGGAAAUACAAAAUCUCAUUUUCUCAGAUGAUUUCCAGCCUGAACGUUCUCUCUGCUGAGAAAGUUGACUCUGGAGAAUAUACAUUUGAGGUCAUGAACGAGGUCGGGAAGGACCUGAGUAAAAUUAAUCUCACUGUUUUAGAUAAGAUCAUACCUCCAACAUUCUCUAGGAAGCUGAAGGACUGUAACACGGUCGUUGGAGCAGCUGGAGAGUUGGAGUGCAAAGUGUCGGGCUCCCCUCCUUUCACCAUCUCAUGGUACCACGACGGGGAGGAGAUCCAGAGCGGACCCAACUACGAGAUCUCCUUCAGUAACAACAGCUGCACGCUCAAAGUGUCCACGCUGAAGAUGUCCGACUCCGGAGUGUAUAAAUGUAAAGCCGUCAACAAGGCGGGGUCCAGUGACACCACGGCCUCCUGGGUCGUAAAAGAACCCCCGUCCUUCGUGGUUCCUCCUCAGCCGCUGGAGGCCAUGCCCGGCUCAGACGUGACCUUCUCUGCCAUGGUGAAAGGCAGCGCCCCCCUCAGGCUGAAGUGGUUCAGAGGAACCAAGGAGAUCCUGUCCGGAAAAGGAUGUGAAUUCUCCCUGAAGGACAACCAGGUCCUGCUGGAGCUCUUCAGAGUGGACGCGUCUCAGGCCGGAGAGUACACCUGUCAGAUCAUCAACGACGCGGGGAAGGAGAGCUGCCCCGUCAACCUCACCGUCAAAGAGACGGCAGCCUUCUCUAAGAAGCUGAAGGACGUGUCGGUGGAGAAGGGCAAAGCGUUGACGUUGGAGUGUUCGUACACCGGGACUCCUAAAAUCACGGUGACGUGGUUCAAAGACGGCCAGCAGAUCUUUGCCUCCUACAAAUACAACGUCACCACCACGGAGAGCUCCUGCAUCCUUGAGUGUCUGAGCACUGACGACAAGGAGGCGGCGGGAAAGUACUCCUGUGAGGUUUCCAACGACGCCGGGAAGGACACCUGUGACGCCGUUGUGUCCAUCCUCGAGCCGCCGUACUUCGUGGAGUCUCUGGAGCCCAUGGAGGUGACGUCAGGAGACGGCGUGUGUCUGAAGUGUCAGGUGGCCGGGACUCCUGAGAUCAAGGUGUCCUGGUUCAAGGCCGACGGCAAAGUCCGGUCCAGCCCCACCUGUAGGUUAGAGUACGUGAAGGGCGUGGCCUGUCUGAAGCUCAGCAAGGCCACCAAGGCCGACAUCGGAGAGUACACCUGCAAGGCCGAGAACCAGAUAGGCUCAGCCUCCUCCACCUGCAAACUCAACGUGUUAGCGGCCAAAUCUCCGCCGUCCUUCCCGAAGAAGAUCACCAGCCUUCAGCAGACGGAGGGUCUGCCGGUCCGCUUCGAGUGCCGAGUCGCCGGCUCGUCGCCCAUCGAGGUGUCGUGGCUGAAGGACGGCGAGCCUCUGAAGCCGGGAGACGAGUUCUCCAUGCUGUACGACGACAACACCGCCGUGCUGGAGAUCAGCCGCGGGGAGAUGAGGCAUUCUGGGGAAUACACCUGUGUGGCCAACAACGGCGUGGGCUCGGCCUCCUGCAGAGCCAAGCUCACUCUACAAGAACCAAGAUACCCUCCGGUCUUUGACCUGAAGUUGUCGCCACAGGAUGUGACGGUGGGCGACAGCGUUGAGCUGGAGUGUCACAUGACAGGCUCCGCCCCCAUCAAAGUCACAUGGUCCAAAGACCACAAAGAUAUUCGCACCGGUGGUAACUAUAAGAUGAGCUGUGUGGAGAACACGGCCCACCUGUCCAUUCUGAAGGCUGAUAAAGGCGACACGGGGCGGUACUUCUGUCACGCCGCCAACGACGUGGGCAAGGACUCUUGUUCCUCUGACGUCACCGUCAAAGAGCGUAAAAACCCUCCGGUGUUCACCAAGAAGCCCUCGGAGCUCAUCGAAGACACGGGGGGGAAGCUGGUGAAGAUGGAGGGUCGCCUCACCGGCUCACAGCCCGUGACGGUCAGCUGGUUCAAGGACGACGUGGAGAUCCACAGCUCUGACAAAUACGACGUGAGCUUCAAGAGCAACGUGGCCGUUCUGUGCAUCAAGAGCAGUCAUGUGACCGACAGCGGCAGGUACAGCUGUCGCGCCUCCAACGAGGCCGGGAGGACUUCCUGUGACGUCACCGUGGGGAUCUCAGAAGCCAGGAAGCCUCCGGUGUUUGACGUCCCUCUCAAACCGCUGACGGUGGACGAGGGCGACAAGCUGAGUCUCAGGUGUCACGUCUGCGGCUCUGCUCCGCUGAAGAUCCAGUGGAUGAAAGACAGGAAGGACCUGACGUCGGCGGGCAGCACCAAGAUCAGCUUCUCCGACGGGACGGCCUGUCUGGAGAUCAGCCCGGCUUCUCGACACGACGCCGGAGAUUAUCUCUGCAAGGCCACCAACGACGCUGGCAGCGAGUUCUGCAAGGCCAAAGUCACCGUCAAAGAGAAACCAGGAGCAGCUCCGCCUCCUGCUGAAGCUCCAGCUGCUCCAACCAAGAAACUGGAAAACCUCUUCUUCAUCCAGGAGCCCAGAACGGCACACAUCACUGAGAAGGGCACCGCCACCUUCAUCGCUAAAGUCGGCGGCGACCCAAUCCCCAGUGUGAAGUGGAUGAAGGGCAAGUGGAGGCAGAUCACGCACGGCGGACGCAUCUCCAUCGAGCAGAAGGGCCAGGAGUCCAAGCUGGAGAUCAAAGAGGUGACCAAGUCUGACUCGGGUCAGUACAGGUGCGUCGCCUCCAACAAGCACGGAGAGAUCGAGUGCAGCGCUGACAUGCACGUGGACGGGAAGAAGGAGGCGGUUCAGCUGGAGGGAGACCUCCGAGCCAAACUGAAGAAGACGCCAUCGAAGCAGAAGAGUCCGCAGGAGGAGAAGGACAUCGACAUCGUUGAGCUGUUGAGGAACGUGGACCCCAAAGAGUACGAGAAAUACGCCCGGAUGUACGGCAUCACGGACUACCGAGGUCUGCUGCAGGCCAUCGAGCAGCUGAAGAAGGAGAAGGCUGAAGAAAGUGGAAGACCGGAAGUGGAACGUGGAGACAGAGAGUCUGAUGAGGACAUGGCCCGACUGGUGGCCGACCUGCAGAAGAGGAUGGAGCGCACCGAGCCCGUCACCGUGGUGAAGGACAUCUCCGAUCAGUCCGUCUCCACCGACAAGGAGGCGGUGUUUGAGUGCGAGAUCAAGAUAAACUACCCAGAGAUCACCCUGUCCUGGUACAAGGGCACCCAGAAACUGGACACCAGCAACAAGUACGACAUCAGCAUCAGUGGCGACCGCCACCUGCUCAAGAUCAAGAGCUGCCAGUCCAGCGACCAGGGCAACUACCGGGUGGUCUGUGGGCCGCACAUCUCUAGCGCCAAGCUCACCGUCAUGGAGGUGGAGAAGCAUCUGGAGGACACAUCGGGUAAGGAAGGCCAGCCGUGCUCUCUGUCUUGUCAGUUGUCCGUCCCGAACGUAGAGGCUCAGUGGUUUAGAAACGGCCAGCGGUUAGAGAUGAAGGGCAGGUACUCGUCUGAGGUGAAGCACAAGGUUCAGAAGCUUGUGAUCAGAGACCUGAGAACUGAAGACCAGGGCCGAUACACCUGCAGGUACCAGAACCUGGAGUCCUCUGCAGAACUCUGGGUCGAAGCCGAACAAAUUCAUUUCACCAAACGCAUCCACAACGUCGAAGUCAACGAGCGCCAGUCGGCCACCUUCGAGUGCGAGGUGUCCUUCGACAACGCGAUCGUUUCGUGGUACAAAGACACCUGGGAACUGAGAGAGAGCCCCAAGUACAACUUCACAAGCGAGGGCCGAAGACAUUUCAUGGUCAUCCGAAACGUGACCAUCGAAGACGAAGGCGUGUACUCAGUGAUUGUGAGGUUGGAGCCCAGAGGAGAGGCUAAAAGCACAGCUGAGCUUUAUUUGUCUGGCAAAGAAAUUGAAUUAGCAAUGGUGCCUCUUGAUGUCCCAGACUCCUCAGUUCAGAGGCCUGAAGUGCCUUCAUCAGUGGCAAUUCAAGAAUCUGCUGAAUUCUAUCAGUAUAAGGAAGAGACUGAACAUCGAGAAUCUGCUGAAUAUUCAUAUCAUUAUGAAGAGGAGGUGGAGCAGAGAGUGGAGUUUGAGAGCUGGACAGAGGAGACGGUAACACAGCAGGUGUCCUCAGCCAAAGCUUCCAGAGUUGCCGUUGAGGAGAAAGUGGAGAUCAAGAAAGUUGAAAUGAGGGAGGAAAUCCCAACCAAAGUUCCAAAAGCUGAGAAAAAGCCUGAAGAGAAGCCGACAGCAGGUGUCAAGGAGCCAUCACCCUCAAAAGCACCGGAGGCCAGAAAGCCAGUGGAGGAAAAGGUUCCUGCAGUUUUAGUCCCAGAGAAGAAGAAAGUUCCUGCUCCAAAAGAACCAGAGGAGGUUAAGAAACCUGCUGCUGCCCCGCCACCGGCCGAGAAGCCUGGAGUGCCAAAGAAAGAUGAGCCCAAGCCUCAGGUACCAGCUGAGCCCAAAAAAGUGGCGCCUGCAGCUAAGCCUGAGCCUGAACCCAAACCCAAAGCAGAACCUGAACCAAAACCUAAACCUACACCGGCUCUGAAAGCAGAACCCAAAGCCAAACCGAAGGUGGAGCCCGAAGCUAAGCUGGCGCCAGUAAAGAAGCCAGUUACCCCUCCAUCCAAAGUCCCUGAGGAGGUUGCAAAACCAGAGCCGCCAAUGAUCCAGCCUGAACCGGCAGUAAAAAAGCCAGAACCAGAGGCUCGAAAAGCAAAACCAGAACCGGAAGAACCAAAGCCAGAAGCCCGUAAACCUGAGCCUCUUGUAAAGAAGCCAGAACCUGCUGCCACCAAACCAGAAACACCAGUUAAAAAACCAGAACCUGCAGUGGUCCCCAAACCAGAACCUGCAGUGAAAAAAGCUGAACCUGAAGUGAAAGUGCCAAAACCAGGACUUCCAAAGACCAAACCAGAACCGAAGCCUGCACCUAAGGAACCUCUUAAGAAAGUUCCUGUGGAGGAAAAAAUACCUGAACCUCCAAAAGCAGCCAAGAAACCAGAAGCUGCUGUGGUUCCUCCUAAAGAAGAGCCAAUGAAGAAAGAGAAAGCUUUGAAGCCUAAACCUGAACUCGUACCUGAACAAGUGCUUCAGAAGGUGUUUGAGGAGGUCGUUGAACCUGCUAAAAUACCUGAGGCAGUACCUGAGAGACGGGCUCCAGGGAGAGAAAAGACCCCUGAGAGGGUCCCAGAGAAGGUGGUGACACCUGAGAGGAAAGUGGAGGAAACUCCAAAGAGGGUUCCAGAAAAAGAACCUGAGGAGAAGGUACCAGAGAGGUUUCCUCCUGAGAGGAAGCCUGAGGAAGUAAAACCUGACCUGGUGUCUAAGAAACAACCAGAGAGGAUCUCUAUAGAUAAAACACCUGAGAAGAAACCUGAAGCUAAACCCAAACCUAAACCUGAAGCUAAACCCAAACCAGAGGUAGAAGAAAGUCUCCCUAAAGAAAUAGAAAGUAAGAAGAUUGAGAAGAUUCUGCCCUCAGAGGUUUCUGAAGAGAAAACAGUGUCUCCUCCAGAAAAAGGAACCACAAGUCUCGUUAAGAUUGAGCAAAUGAGAGGAGCUCAGAAGAUACAGGAAGUCUUUUACGUGACGGAGAAGGUGUCGCCCACAGAGGAGGCGUGGGAACACGAAGAGGUGGUGGAGGAACACGCCGAAGUGUCCUACGAGGACGAAGUUUCUCGUCUGAGCGAGACGAUGGCGUCGUUAUCAGAGAAAGACUUCUUUAGUUCAACAGAAACAGCCAGUUAUCAGAAGUCUGAACUGAGAGGUGAGAUAUCUGUUACUGACUCUUCAAAGAGGAAAGAAACCAGGUCGACUAAACACAAGCAAACACAAGAAACCGUUGUUGUAGUCCAGCAGUCUGAAUCUGACAGAGACAGGGAGGUCAAACCGCUGCAUGACAAAACUACAAGACAAACCAGGGAGGACGGGCUUUUUAUCAGGACCAUCGAGUCGCCAACAGAGGAAGGUACAGACGAGAGGAAAGACAGCGUUUCAGUCAGACAGCUUCAGGACGAGAAGGAGGUUUCUAAACCAGACUCUGGUGUUACAGUCACAAAGACGGGAGGGAUUUCCAUAAAAACAGAAAGCAAAAAGAGACAAGCGAGACCACAGGAAAUUAGAAAAUCUACUACAGUCAAAGAAAUAGAGUCAGAACCAGAAAAGAGUGACAUUUCAGUGACAGAGGCAGAUAAAACUCAACCAGUUAUUACCAGAAGAAAAGAAACUGAAGGAAAGGUUUCGACAGAAUUCUCCUAUGAGGAAUCCAUCGAUCAGGAUGUUGAGAUCAUUUCAUAUAAACCAGAAGAUAAAUACAGUAGAACUGAGACCAUUACAAUCCAGCAGAGAGGCGUCACCAUUAAAGACAAACCAAUACUAGUUGGUUCCACUCAGGUGAAAAUAGUUGAAGAGAAAACAACGAGAAAAGAGAAAAGUGUAGUUGAACCAACAGUCAUUCCUGACUCCAAAAAAGAUCAAACUAGUGCACCAGAAAAAGUGCCGUUAAAGAAACAAGAGAAGACGUUUAAGUCUGAUGAGAUAAUUAAAAAACCAAAAUCUAAAGAAGAGGUAAAACCAGAAGAGUCAGUACCAGAUAUCCAGCUUCAGAGGCCAAAAGGGAUCAAACAGGAGACUGAGUUCGACUUUGUUCCUCCAAGAACUGAAGCAGAAAACAAGAAACAAGAGGAAACCAAAGAACCAAGUGUUUUAAUGGAAGAUACGGUUCAGAGAGAACCCUCUAAACCAGAGAAGAGAAGGAUUUCACCACCAGCUGCUUCCAGAGAACCAGGAGUCGAGGCCGAGACGGUUCUUGCUGCUUCGUCUCCUGAGAUAAAAGGAAAACGAGCAGAAAGAGUGCUCACCCCCAUCAGUCUUAAUGAGGUCCUGAUUGUCAUAUCAUUUCAUUUCCAAGUUUCUGUGAAGGAGAAGGAGUCUCCACCACAACUCAAAGAAGUACUGGUAGAGCCAGCUGCUCCUCCAGAAGAGAUCAAACCACAAGCUGCUGUAAAGGUUCAAGAAGCUGCCAAAAGGCCUGAAGUCACUGACAAAACCAAGAAGUUGGAGAAGAAAAUUACUCCACAAGAAGAAGCAAAGACAGUGACCAAACCAAAGCCUGGCGUAAAGGCCGAAGAACCAACCAAGAAGGUGGAAGAAGUAAAACCAGUGGUGGUUAAAAAGGAAACUCCUGAAACAGAUGAAACCAAAGGACCCGUCCAAGCACCAGGAGGCGUCAAGAAAGAAAUUCUCCUGCCUAAAAAAGGUAAAAUUCAUACAGAAGAGGAGGGUACGUUUGAGAUUCCCACUUUGAGGAAGACAACCAGAGUGAUAAAGGAAGUGAAGGAGGAGCAGGAGAUUAUCAAACUGAAGAAGAUUCCAUCGGUUCCACCCAAAGAGGCUGAAGAAGAGGAAAAACCUCAGAAGGUUACCAAGACCACAAUCUUUGAAGUUGAGGAGAUGGUGCACAGAGAAGAGGAUGUUGAGAUGUCCGUCGCCACCAGGAGACCCGCUGAGGAGAGGAAACCUCGAGAGAAAGCAGAUGUGGUGAAAAAGCCAGAAAUUGUGAAGCCUAAAGAACAGGAACAGAAAGAAGCUCCUAAAGAUGCAUGGACCCGCCAGAAACCCAUCCCAACCGAUGAGAAACCAGAAGAGAAGAUCUCUCUGAAGAAAACUCCCAAGGCACCAAAGGAAGAGGAACCUGCUCCGCCGAGUGCAGCCUUGAAGAAAGUGAAAAAAUUGCCUUCAGAUGAGGUAGAACCAGAGGUAAUCAAACUAAAACCAUUUGAAAAGCCUGUCAAACCAGCUGAGGAGCCUGAUAAGGACAAGAAGGAGAGGCCAGACAGAUACGCUGUACCUUUCCAGAAGCUAGAGAGGAUCCCCAGAGAGGUGGAAACCAAAGAACCUCCCAAGAAAACAGAGAAAGCUCCUCCAGAGGUAAAGGAGCCACCAGCCAAGGUGCCAAAGCCAGUAGAUAAAAAGAAAACUCCAGAAAAAGAGCCUGAGGGGGUCAAAGCGCCAACCAAGGUGAAGAAAAUCCCACCACAGGAACAAGAGAUAGAGAGCGUGAAGCUGAAGCCCUUCUCCAGGCCUUCCAAAGAGGCUGCAGAGCCUGAGAAGAAACCAGCAGAGGAGAAAGAGAGGAAGCCAGCCGAUGAACUGCAGCGCCGCCGCACAAGUCCAGACGGAAAACCAAAAGAACGAGAGCCAGAGGUUACACCGAAGAAACCUGAGAUCCCAGAAGCUCCAGAGAAGAAGCCGGAGAAGGUGUUGGAGGCGGCUCCAACAGAGAAGAAGGUUUCUCCUGUGCCGGUUUCUGUUAAGAAAUCAGAAAAGGUUCCUGAAGAGCCCAAACCUCUGCAGCUGAAGAAAGGAUUCAUACCCAAAGCGAAAGAGGAGAAAGAGGAAGUGGCUCUGAAGCCUUUGGAGCAGCUCAAGAAGGUUGAGCUGAAAAAGACUCCAUCACCAAAAGUUGAGAAGCUUAAAGAAGCAGUCCCUGUUGAGAAGAAGCUGAGUGUUGAUAAACUCAAAAAGAUUCCUAAAACGGUUUCACCGAGAGACUCCAUCGAAGCUGUGACUCUCAAAAAGGUCCCAAAGAAGCCGUCACCAGAGGAGGCUGCAGAACCGGCAAAGCCUGGCAAAGGGAGGGUUCCUCUGGUGAAGGAGGUCUCUCCUGGAGCCGUGCAAAUGAAGAAGGUCGCCACCCAGCCGGAGGAGGAGGUGUUUGAGGAGGAAGCCGAGGAAGAGGCGGAGCAGGAGGAAGAAGAGGCCUGGGGCUGGGAGCUGGUUCCCCGGGACAGUUACGGCUCUGAAGACUGGGAGGGAGAAGGAGAGGAAGGUGCUCUGGAGGUUCCAGGGGUCACCAGGAGAGAGGGACAACCAGCAGAAGAAGCAGGAAGAGGUAGAGGUAGAGGGCUGAAACCCAAGCAGACCCCGUCACCUGGAGAAGGCCGGGGCCGCGGCCUGAGGCCCGGAGGAAAAGGACCGUCACCACCAGAUGAACCCUUCGGAGGAUUCAAGCUCAAAGCCGUCCCUCUGAAGUUCAUCAAGAAGCUUCAGGACAUCGUGCUGCAGGAAGCCGAGUCCAUCGGCUCGGCUGCGGUGUUUGAGUGUGAAGUCUCGCCCUCCACUGCCAUCACUACAUGGAUGAAGGAUGACUGUAACCUGCGCGAGAGUCCAAAGCACAAGUUCACUUCUGACGGCAAAGAUCGCAAGUUGAACAUUAUUGAUGUGCAGCUGUCCGACACCGGUGAAUACACAUGUAUAGCCAAGAACGCCGGAAAGGAAAUAUCAUGCACAGCCAAGCUCAUUGUUGAAGAGCUACCUGUGAAAUGGAUUAAGGAGCUUGAGGAGGAGACUUCAGCAAUGAAGGGUCAGCCUCUGUAUUUGACCUGUGAGUUGAACAAAGAGAGAGAUGUGAUAUGGAAGAGGAACGGAGAGGUCCUGAAGAAGCAGGCCGGCAAGGUCCAGAUCAAUAUCAUCGGUAUGCAGCACGCUGUGACCAUCCAGAACUCCACGGAGGCCGACACGGGGCUCAUCACCUGUGAAGUGUCCGGCCAGGAGGAUGUCAAGACCUCAACGAAUGUCAAAAUCAUUGAAAUCAUCAAAGACUGGAUUGUGAAACCGCUGAGAGACCAGCAUGUGAAACCGAAGGCUGCUGCUACAUUCAAAUGCGAGCUCUUCAAGGACACCCCCAACUGGAAGUGGCUCAAAGGAGAUACCGAGGUCACUCCUUCUGACAAGGUGGAGAUCAAGAAGGAUGGAAAGGAGCUGACGCUCACCAUCAAGAACUGUCAGCCUGAGGACGUAGCAGAAUACACCAUGGAGGUGGAGGGACGCGUCUACACUGCCAAGCUCACACUUGGAGAGCGGGAGGCCGACAUCCUGAAGCCCCUGGCCAGCGUUGAGGUGGUCGAGAAGGAAGAUGCCAAGUUUGAGACAGAGAUCUCUGAGGAGGAUGUUCCAGGAGAAUGGAAGCUCAAAGGAGAGGUUUUGACCAGAUCCCCGAUGUGUGACAUCCAAAUGGAGGGUGGGGUGCGUAGACUCAUUCUGAAAAACUGCCAGGUGGAUCAGGCCGGAGAAGUGUCCUACCAGGCUCUUAACGCCAUAACCAGCGCAAUGCUCAACGUCAAAGAAAUCGAAAUGGACUUUGUUGUCCCGCUGAAGGACAUUUCAGUGCCUGAAAAGAAACAGGCAAAGUUUGAAUGCACCAUCACGAAGGAUGUCAAUAAGGUCAUGUGGUACAGAGGGGACGACGUCAUCACCACAGACCAAAAGUAUGACAUCAUCGAUGAUGGAAAGAAGCAUAUGCUGAUAAUAAACUGCUGUGAAUUUGAUGACGAGGACGAAUAUACAAUUGCGGUUUUGGGCAAAACGUCCACAGCUAGACUCACGGUGGAGGGUAUCAGGCUCAAAUUUAUCUCACCGAUAAAGGACCAAACUGUGAAGGAAGGGAACACGGCUCGUUUUGAGCUGGAGCUCUCUCACGAGAACGUCCCCGUCACCUGGUACAAGAACGAUGUUAAAAUUCACCCGAGCAGAACCGUGUUCAUUCACGUGGACGGAAAGAAACACGUGCUAGAAAUGAAGGAAGUGACUCUAGAUGAUACUUGCCAGAUUAAGGCUGAGGCCAAAGGAAUUCCUUCCAUGGCCAACCUGACGGUCAUAGAGGGAGAUGCGUACUUCACCGUUAAGCUGCAGGACUACACUGCAGUGGAAAAAGACCAGGUGGUUCUAGAUUGCGAGCUCAGCAAAGACGUGGAAGUCAUGUGGUACCACAGCGAGGCCGAGAUCAAGAUCUCUAAGAUGGUGGCCAUUAAGGCAGAGGGCAAACGCAGAACCCUCGUCAUAAAGAAAGUCGGAGACAAAGAUAAAGGACAAUACGUAUGUGACUGUGGAACUGACAAGACGACGGCGACGCUCCACAUUGAAGCUCGCCACAUCAAGGUGGUUCGGCCGGUCUACGGCGUUGAGGUGUUUGACGGAGAGACGGCUCGAUUUGAGGUCGAGCUCAGUGAAGACGAUGUCCACGGCCAAUGGAAACUAAACGGAGAAGUUCUCAGUCCAUCCGCCGAUGUUGAGAUCGUGGAGGACGGUGCCAAACACACGCUGGUGUUGUACAACUGCAAAGUGCCUCUAACAGGCGAGGUGGUGUUUACUGCCGCCAACGCCAAGAGCUCUGCUAACCUGAAAGUGAAGGAGCUCCCAGUCUCAUUCAUUACACCACUGACCGACCUGCACGUGUACGAAAAGGAUGAGGCAAAGUUUGAGCUGGAAAUUUCUAGAGAGCCUAAAAGCUUCCGUUGGCUGAAGGGAUCUCAGGAGUUGUCAAAUGAUGAUAAGUUUGAACUCCUGCUGGAUGGAAAGAAACACACUCUUAUUGUAAAAUCUGCCAGAUAUGAAGACGAAGCCAAAUACAUGUUUGAGGCUGAAGAUAAAUGGACGUCUGGAAAGUUGAUUAUCAAAGGUAUUCGCCUCGAAUUUAUCAAGCCCAUUAAAGACGUGACCGUGAAGGAGCGUGAAACCGCGGAGUUCAGCGUCGAACUCUCUCACGAAAAGAUCCCGGUGGUCUGGUACAGAAACGACGUCCGUCUGCACCCCAGCAAGGUGGUGCACUUUACCGAGGACGGAAAAGUCCACACGCUGGCCUUCAAGGAGGUCACCAUCGAUGACACCUCCAUGAUCAAAGUGGAGGCCAUGGGCAAGACCUCAGAGGCCAUGCUCACCGUGCUCGAGGGCGACCUGUACUUCACAGUGAGGCUCCAGAACUACACCGCCGUCGAGAAGGACGAGGUGAUUCUGUCCUGCGAGCUGAGCAAGGCCGCCGCCGAGGUCAGGUGGUUCAAAGACGGUAACGAAAUCGUUCCCUCCAAGAACAUUCUCCUCCAAUCAGACGGCAAGAAGCGCACGAUGGUGAUCAAGAAGGCGGCGAAGAGCCACAUGGGAGCGUACACCUGCGACUGUGGCACCGACAAAACCACCGCCGACCUGAACAUCGAAGAGAGAGACAUCAAGGUAGUCCGCCCGCUGUACAGCGUGGAGGUCACUGAGACUGAGACGGCCAAGUUUGAGACGGAGAUUUCAGAGGAGGACCUCCAUGCCACCUGGAAACUGAAGGGAGAUAUGCUCCACCCGUCUCCUGAUGUGGAGAUCAAGGAGGAGGGAGCCCGACACAUAUUGAUCAUCUUUAACUGCAAAAAGGACAUGGCUGGAAGUGUAGACUUCUCUGCAGCGAAUGCCAAAUCCUCAGCUCAGCUCAGGGUCAAAGCCCGAGUGAUCGGCCUGGCGAGACCGCUGAACGACGCCACCGUGAGCGGGGAGACCGCCACCUUCGAGUGCGAGCUGUCCUACGAGGGCAUCGCCGUCGAGUGGUUCCUGGGGGGUUCAAAGCUGGAACCCAGCGACAGAGUGGUUCUGAAGUCGGAGGCUAAAGUUCAUAGUUUGACUCUGAGGAACGUUCAGCUGAAUGAAGCCGGACAAGUUAAACUCACCGCCAAGGACUUCCAGACGGAGGCCAACCUCACCGUCAGAGAGCCGGCGGUGGAGUUCUCGAAGCCUCUGGAGGACCAGACGGUGGAGGAGGAAGCGACGGCCACGCUGGAGUGUGAGGUUUCCAGAGAGAACGCAGAGGUACGAUGGUUCAGAGACGGACAGGAUAUCAGAAAGACCAAGAAGUACGAGAUGAUCGUGGAGGGACGCAGGAGAGCGCUGGUCAUCCACGACUGCUCCAUGGACGAUGCAAAGACCUACGCCUGUGACGCCAAAGACUUCAAGACCUCCUGCUUCCUCAACGUGGAACCUCCUCAUAUCGAGUUCUCAAAGCCGCUCCAUGACGUGGAGGUGAAGGAGAAGGAAUCUGCCAGGUUUGAAUGUGAAGUUUCCAGAGAGGACGUCAAGGUCCGCUGGUUCAAAGACGGAAGUGAAAUCAGAAAAGGGAAGAAGUAUGAGAUCAUAGCUCAGGGUCGCCAACACGUCCUCAUCGUCCACAAGUCCGUGUUCGACGACGAGGCCGAGUACGAGUGUGACGCCAAGACCUCCAAGUCCUCCGGCAUGCUGACCGUCGUCGAGGAGGAGGCCCGGUUCAGUAAGAACCUGUCCAACGUGGAGGGGACGGAGACAGACAGCGUGAAGCUGAUCUGUGAGGUGUCCAAACCCAGCGCCGACGUCAGAUGGUACAAAGGAGACGAGGAGCUGCCGGAGGGCGGCCGCUACGAGCACAUCGUGGACGGGAAGAGGAGGAUCCUCCUGAUCCAGGACCUGAAGAUGAGCGACGCCGGAGAGUACAACUGCAGACUGAGCCCCAGCAUCAAGACCUCCGGGAGCCUCAAGAUCAACGAGCUCGCUGCUGAGUUCAUCUCCAGGCCUCAGAGCGUGGAGGUGGUGGAGGGCGAGAAGGCGGAGUUCACCUGCUCCGUCUCCAAGGAAACCUACGAGGUGAAAUGGCUGAAAGACGACAAGCAGCUGGAGGCGGGAGACAAAUACCAGACGGUCAGCGACGGCAAGAGACGGACGCUGGUCAUCAAGAACUGUGAGCCCAAAGACGAGGGCGGAUACGUGGUGAUGAUCGGACCCACCAGAGCCGGCGCCGACCUCACCGUGCUGGAGAAACUGAAGGUCAUCACGCCGCUGAAGGACACAGAGGCCAAAGAAGGUCAGGAGGUCGUCCUGAACUGCGAGGUGAACUCAGAGGGAGCGAAGGCCAAGUGGCUGAAGAACGAGGAGACGAUAUUCGAGAGCAGCAAGUACGUGAUGGUCCAGAGGGACAACGUCUUCUCCCUGAGGAUCAGAGACGCCCAGAAGGGAGACGAGUCCAACUACAGCAUCGUCCUGACCAAUCAGAGAGCAGAGCAGGCCAAGAGCUCCUGUAACCUCACCGUCAAAGAGGAGAGUCUGAAGAUUGUGGUUCCUCUGGAGGACAUCGACACUCAGGAGAAGAAGACCAUCAGCUUCUCCUGUAAGGUCAACCGGCCCAACGCCACUCUGAAGUGGAUGAAGGCCGGCGAAGAGAUCGUCUUCAACAAACGCGUCGUCUACAGAGUGGACAAGGACAAGCAUACGCUGACCAUCAAAGACUGCACGCUGGCCGACGAGGGCGAGUACACCGCCGUGGCCGGAGAGAACAAGUCCACCGCCGAGCUGAUCAUCAGCGAGGCGCCGACGGACUUCAGCCUGCAGCUCAAGGACCAGACCAUCACAGAGUUUGAGGAUGCAGAGUUCACCUGCAAGCUCACCAAAGAGAAAGCCGACGCCAAGUGGUACAGAAACGGACGUGAGAUCAGAGAAGGACCGAGAUACACGUUUGAAAAAGAAGGAAAGAUUUGCACCUUGCGUAUCAAGGAGUGCAGACCUGACGAUGAGUGUGAAUACGCCUGUGGUGUAGACGAGAAGAGAACCAGAGCCAGGCUCUUUGUUGAUGAGACCCCGGUGGAGAUCGUCAGACCGCCACAGGACGCAUUUGAACCUCCGGGCUCAGACAUCGUGUUCGAGGUGGAGCUCAACAAAGACCGUCUGGAAGUGAAGUGGUUGAGGAACAACAUGACGGUUGUCCAGGGAGACAAAUACCAGAUGGUGAGCGAGGGGAAAGUCCACAGACUGCAGGUCUGUGAGAUCCGACCUCGAGAUCAGGGAGAGUACAGGAUCGUCGUCAAGGACAAAGAUGCCAAAGCCAAGCUGGAGCUGGCAGCUGUGCCUCAGAUCAAGACCACAGACCAGAGCUACGUCACCGACGUCAGGAAGCCCAUCGUCAUGGCCGUCCCCUACAGUGCCUACCCGAAGGCCGAGGCCGACUGGCUGUACAACAACCUGAGUCUGCCGAAAGACAACAUCCACACAUCCGCCGACCGCACAGAGUACCGGCUGAAGGACCCCCUGAAGUCGGACGAGGGCCGAUACAAGAUCAUCAUCAAGAACAAACACGGAGAGGGAGAAGCCUUCAUCAACCUGGAGGUCAUCGACGUACCUGGACCCGUGAAGAACCUGCAGGUGGUCGACACCGCCGAUGGCGAGGUCAGCCUGGCAUGGGAGGAGCCCGAGAGCGAUGGUGGCAGCAAAGUUACCGGCUACGUGGUGGAGAGACGUGAUGUGAAGCGAAAGACCUGGACGCUGGCCACCGACCACGCUGACAGCCCCGAGUACACGGUGACCGGCCUCCACAGGGACUCCAUGUACCUGUUCAGAGUCUGCGCCAGAAACCGGGUCGGCAGCGGACCCAACGUGGAGACCGACAAACCCGUACAGGCCAGGAACAAGUUUGAUGUUCCUGAAGCUCCUCUGAACGUGCUUGUUGGAAAUGUCACCAAGUUCGGCUGCACCGUCUCCUGGGAGCCUCCCGAGUCGGACGGAGGAUCUCCUGUCACCUCUUACGUCAUCGAGCUUCGCGACAGGACGUCCGUGAAGUGGACGCCCGUCCAGGUGACCAAAGCCGACGAGCUGAGCGCCAUCAUUAAUGACGUCAUCGAGAACAAAGAGUACAUCUUCAGAGUCAAGGCUCAGAACAAAGCUGGUGAAGGAAAGCCCAGCGCCGCCUCACGGCCUGUCAAGAUCAUGGAUCCCAUCGAGUGUCCAAGUCCCCCUCAGAACCUGGUCUAUCAGGACCAGAACAAGAGCUCUGUGCAGCUCAGCUGGGAGACUCCUCUGAGGAACGGAGGCAGCAUGAUCACCGGAUACAUCAUUGAACGCUGCGAGGAAGGAACCGACAAGUGGCUCCGCUGCAACGCUCGCCUCUGCCCCGACCUCUUCUACAAGGUGUCUGGUCUGAAAUAUGGAACCAAGUACAACUACAAAGUGUUUGCUGAAAACGCCGCCGGGGUCUCUGACCCGUCAAACAUCAUCGGACCUCUGCUGGCCGACGACACACAUGUUGGUCCAUCCUUCGACCUGAGUGCUUUCAAAGACGGCCUGGAGGUGAUCGUCCCUCAGCCUCUCACCAUCAGAGUCCCCAUCACCGGUUACCCGACCCCCGUCGCCAAGUGGACCUUCGGAGAGAAGGAGCUGACCACCGCUGACGAACGCGUCAGCCUGACGACCAAGUCCACGUUCACAGAGCUGAUAGUCACACCGAGCGUCCGCCCAGACAAAGGCACCUACACCCUGCAUCUGGAGAACGACGUCAUGUCCGUCUCCGGAGACAUCGAAGUCAACGUCAUCGCGGCGCCCAGCGCUCCAAAGGACUUCAAGGUCCUGGAGGUGACCCGGCAGCACGUCCACCUGAGCUGGGAGGCUCCAGAGCACGACGGAGGAAGUCCUCUGACUGGCUACCAGGUGGAGAAACGGGACGUGUCCCGCAAGACCUGGGUCAAGGUGACCGCAGGUAUCCAGGAUCAGGAGUUCACAGUCACCGAUGUGGUUGAAGGAAAGGAGUAUCUGUUCAGAGUCGUGGCCUGCAACAAGUGUGGACCCGGAGAGCCGGCGUACAUCGAUGAGCCCGUCAACGUCUCCUCUCCUGCCACCAUCCCCGACCCUCCAGAGAACCUGAGGUGGAGAGACAAGUCAGCCAGCGGCAUCUUCCUGACCUGGGAGCCGCCGAAGUAUGACGGCGGCACCGGCAUCCGUGGAUACAACGUGGAGCGCUGCCAGAGAGGAACCGAUAAGUGGGAACCCUGCGGGGACAUGGUGCCCGAGCUGAAGUGCCAGGUGACCGGUCUGACCGAGGGCCAGUGGUACGCCUACAGAGUCCGAGCCCUGAACCGACUCGGAGCCAGUCGGCCCUGCAAGGCCACCGACGAGAUCCAGGCCGUUGAUCCCAAAGAGCCUCCAGAGAUCCAGCUGGACGCCAAGCUGCUGGCCGGUCUGACCGCCAAGGCUGGCAGCAAGAUCGAGCUCCCCGCCGAGGUGACCGGUAAGCCCGAACCCCGGGUGAAAUGGACCAAGGCCGACCUGGUCCUCAAACCAGACGACAGGGUGUCCAUUGACACCAAGCCAGGACACUCCACCAUCACUGUCGCCAAGACCCAGAGAGACGACAGCUCCACCUACAUCAUAGAGGCCACCAACAGCAGCGGGCGCGCCACAGCCACCGUCGACGUCAACAUCCUCGAUAAACCUGGCCCUCCGGCUGCCUUCGACAUCUCUGAGAUCACCAACGAGACCUGCUUCCUGGCCUGGAACCCACCGCGUGAUGACGGCGGCUCCAGAGUCACCAACUACAUUGUUGAGCGCCGAGUUGCCGACAGUGAGAUCUGGCACCGGCUGUCCUCCACUGUCAAACUGACCACCUACAAAGCUGUGGGCCUGAUCAAGUUCAAGGAGUACAUUUUCAGAGUCUUCGCUGAGAACCAGUUUGGUAUUGGCCCACCAGCCGAUCACCAAUCCAUCAUCGCCAGAUACCCCUUCGACACUCCUGGAGCUCCUUACAAGCUGGAGGCUUCGGACAUCGCCAAGGACUCUGUGACCCUGGCCUGGUACGAGCCCGAUGAGGACGGAGGAAGCCCCAUCACCGGAUACUGGGUGGAGAGAUACGAACCUGACCACGACAAGUGGAUCAAAUGCAACAAGCUGCCCAUCAAAGACACCAACUACCGAGUCAAAGGCCUUCCCACCAGGAAGAAGUACAAGUUCAGAGUCCUGGCUGAGAAUCUGGCUGGAACUGGAAAACCAAGCAAGGAGACGGACCAAAUCCUCAUCAAAGAUCCUAUCGAUCCUCCAUGGCCUCCCGGUAAACCCACGACGAAGGAUGUGGCAAAGACUUCCUGCUUCCUGAUGUGGACCAAACCGGAACACGACGGCGGAGCAAAGAUCGAGGGUUACAUCAUUGAGAUGCUGAAGAGCGGUACCACGGACUGGAUCCGCGUGGCGGAGGACAUCAACAUCCUGGAGCACUUCCUGAAGGGCCUGAUGGAGAAGCAGGAGUACUCGUUCAGGGUGCGCGCCGUCAACGUGGCCGGAGAGAGUGAACCCAGCGAGCCCAGCGACCCGGUGCUCUGCAAAGAGAGACUCAACCCUCCAACGGCUCCUCGCUGGCUGAAUGUUGUCAACAUCUGCAGGAACAGCGCCGACUUGAAGUGGACGCUGCCUGAACGUGACGGAGGCUCGCCCAUCACCAACUACGUGGUGGAGAAGCGUGACGCCAGGCGUAAAGGCUGGCAGGCCGUCGACACCACGGUGAAGGAGCUGAAGUACACAGUGACGCCGCUCAACGAAGGAUCGCUCUACGUGUUCCGUGUUGCUGCAGAGAACGCCGUUGGUGUUGGACCGUUCUGUGAGCUGGGUGACUCUGUUCUGGCCAAAGACACUUUCACUACUCCCGGGCCACCGUACUCCCUCACUGUCAAUGCUGUGACCAAGAGAUACGUGGACCUGCAGUGGGAGGAGCCUAAAAACGACGGUGGAAGACCCAUCCUGAAGUAUUCCAUCGAGAAGAAAGAGAAGCUUGGAACUCGCUGGGUGAAAUGUGGGAAGACCUCUGGUCCAGACUGUAAGUACCGAGUGACGGACGUCAUCGAGGGGACCGAGGUUCAGUUCCAGGUCAGCGCCGAGAACGAAGCCGGCGUCGGCCAUCCGAGCGAACCCACCGAGAUCCUCACCAUUGAGGAUCCAACAGGCGUCCCAUCGCCACCCGUUGAGCUGCACAUAACCGGAGCCAGUCGCAACUUCCUGUCCAUCGCCUGGAAACCCCCGCUGAGGGACGGCGGCUGCCAAAUCUCCGGCUACCACAUCGAGAUGUGUGCGGCCGGCACAGAGAAGUGGAUGAGGGUCAACUCCCGUCCAGUGAAGGAGCUGAAGUACCGCGUGGAGGAGGGCGUGGUCCCCGAGAAGGAGUACAUCCUGAGAGUGAGGGCCAUCAACUCCGUGGGAGUCAGCGAGCCCUCAGACAUCUCUGAGAACGUCUUCGCCAAGGAGUCCGACUGUAACCCGACACUGGACUUCCAGACUCUAGACCUGGUUGUCGUAGAAACAGAAAAGCUGCACAUCCCAGUUCCCUUCAGAGCGGUACCGUCGCCCAGGAUUACCUGGCACAAAGACGGCAAGGAGCUUAAGGCCGACGAACGCCUCAGCUUCAGGAAGGAGUAUAUUUCCUGUCACCUGGAGAUUGAAAGCAGCCUUCACUCUGAUGCUGGACAGUACAAAGUGACGCUGGAGAACAAACUGGGAGCAGCCAGCGCCGCCAUCAACGUCAAAGUCAUCGGUCUUCCUGGUCAAUGUAAGGAGAUCCUGGCCUCUGAGAUCACAAAGAGCUCCUGUAAACUAACCUGGGAUCCUCCAGACUACGACGGCGGCAGCCCCGUCAUUCACUAUGUCCUGCAGCGGCGUGAGGCCGGCAGGAGAACCUACGUCAACAUGAUGUCCGGAGAGAACAAGGUGAGCUGGAACGUCAAAGACCUCAUCCCCAACGGAGAGUACUACUUCAGAGUCCAGGCCGUCAACAAGAUCGGAGGAGGGGAGUUUAUCGAGCUCCGCAACCCUGUCAUCGCCCAGGACCAGAAACACAUUCCCGACCCACCGGUGGACGUGGAGACCCACAACCCCACAUCCAGCACCGUCACCCUGACCUGGAAGCCUCCCAUGUACGACGGCGGCGCCAAGAUCAUGGGCUACGUCCUGGAGAAGCAGCAGAAGGGCGAGGACAAGUGGGAGAGGUGCAACGACUUCCUGGUGCCCGUUCUGUCCUACACCGUCAGAAGGCUGACGGAGGGCAAGAACUACACCUUCAGGGUGAAAGCCGAGAACGCCGCCGGGGUCAGUGAACCGUCACGCGGUUCGCCGUUUGUCAAGAUCUCGGACGCCAUUGAUCCUCCAAAGGUCUUCCUGAGUGGCAGCCUGCAGUCCGGUCUCAGCGUAAAGCGAGGCUGCGAGAUCUCUCUGGACGCCAACGUGUCCGGCUCGCCAUACCCUCAGAUCACCUGGUACUGGAACAACCAGGUGAUCCAGCCUGAGGCGCUCCGCAAGAGACCGGAGAAACCCCUGAAGAAGAAGGUGGAGAAGAAAGAAGAGGAGAAGAAGGAGGAGGUUAAGAAAGAGGAGGGAGAGGCAGAGAAGAAAGAGGAGGUGAAGGAAGGAGAAGAGAAGAAAGAAGGAGAGGAGAAGAAGGAAGGAGAGGAGAAGACGGAGGAGGAGAAGAAGGUGGAGGAGACAGCAGAACCGGAGUUGGAGGACACCGACUACCCAACAAUAAACGAACGUCUGGCAAUCGACAACCGCAACAGGGGCGUGUCCUCCAUCACCAUUAGGGACUCGUUCCGCGUUGACCACGGCGUCUACAUGGUGAAGGUGGAGAACGACCACGGCAUCGCCUCCGCAACCUGCGAGGUCAAUGUGCUCGAUACUCCCGGGCCUCCAGUGAACUUCACGUUUGAGGAAGUGAGAAAGAAUUCUGUGAUCUGCAAGUGGAGUCCUCCUCUGGACGACGGCGGCAGUGAGAUCCUCAACUACACUCUGGAGAAGAAGGACAACUCCAAGCUGGAGAUCGGCUGGAGCUGCGUCACCUCCACACUGAGAGGAUGCCGCUACCUGGUGCCCAAACUCAUCGAGAAGAAGGAGUACCUCUUCAGGGUCGUGGCCGAGAACAAGUUCGGCGCUGGUCCAUACUGCAUCUCCAAACCGCUCAUCGCGAAGAAUCCUUUCGAACCUCCCGAGGCUCCUGAAAAGCCAGAGAUCGAUGACAUUACCUCCAACAGCAUGCUAGUCACCUGGAACGAGCCAAACGACAACGGCAGCCCCAUUUUGGGAUACUGGGUGGAGCGCCGCGAAAUCAACAGCUCACGCUGGGGGCGUGUCAACAGGAACAUUGUCGCCAACACUGAGCUGAACGUUGAAGGUCUGCUGGAGGGGAUGACCUACAUCUUCAGGGUGGCGGCUGAGAACCAGGCCGGCCCCGGAAAGUUCAGCGGCCCCUCCGAACCCAAGACGGCCCAGGCUCCGAUCCUACCUCCUGGACCUCCAAUUGCCAGAGUGGUGGCAACUACCGACCACUCCAUCGACGUGGAGUGGGACCCACCAGCAGACAACGGUGGAGGAGAGAUCCUGGGAUACCACGUGGAUAAGACCAUGGCUGGUUCAAAGGACUGGUCCAGGUCUACGGAGCGUCCGUGGAAGACCAGGGCCUUCACUGUCUAUGGAGUCCGUGAAGGAGCCAAGUACCUGGUCAGAGUCAUCGGCUGCAACGCUGCCGGAGAGGGAACACCAGGAUUCACAGAGUCUGUGUUUGUCAGGAAUCCUGCAGAGAAGCCACUGAUUGAAAUGGAGCUUUCUGUCAAGAGCGGUGUGGUCAUCAGAGCCGGAGAGACACUCCGUUUACCUGCUACAGUCACGGGUAAACCCUACCCGUCCAUCACCUGGAACAAGGACGACAGCAAACCUGACAAAGACCGCGUUGAGAUCCUCACCGAGGGCAACGACAGCAUUGUUUCAAUCAAGAACGUCCAGAGGAAGGACUGUGGAAAAUACCAGAUCUCUGCUUGCAACCCCAGUGGCAUCAAGUCUGCUUCGGCCAGAGUUGAGGUCAUGGAUGUCCCUGGACCCGUCACAGACCUGAAGCCCGUUGUGGUCACACGUAAGAUGAUCUUCCUGAACUGGGAUGACCCAGUAGAUGACGGUGGCAGCGACCUGACUGGCUUCAUAGUGGAGCGAAGAGACGCCAAGAUGCACACGUGGAGGCAGCCCAUUGAAACCGCCUCGUCCAAGUGUGAGUGCGUGGGCAUCAUGGAGGGUCAGGAGUACAUGUUCCGCGUCAUCGCCAAGAACAAGUACGGAAUGGGACCGCCAGUAGAGCUGGGACUCAUUAAGGCUGUUGACCCACAGGGCCCACCAUCGUACCCCGAGAAGUUCCAUUACACCGAGCGCACCAAGAACUCCAUCACACUGACCUGGAAGCCUCCUCGUAACGACGGCGGCAGCCCCGUCAUCGGCUACGUCAUUGAGAAGAAGAGGCAAGACCAGCAGGCCUUCGAGCCCUGCAACACAGAGAUCUGCCCCAACAUGAUCAUGACUGUGGAGGGUCUGGAAGAGGACUGGAUGUAUGAAUUCAGGAUCAAGUGUGCCAACUUAAUCGGAGAGAGCGAGCCAUCCAUCCCGUUGACUGUGGUCAUCCAGGACGACGAAGUGUCUCCUGAGGUCCACAUGCUGAAGCACUUCAAGGGCGACUCCAUUACCGUGAAGAAGGGUGAGCCCAUAGAGAUCCCGGCUGAUAUCCUGGGUCUCCCCAUCCCAAAGAUCGAGUGGUCCAAGGACGACGUGGUUAUUGAGGAGCCCACCGAGACUCUGCUGAUUGAGACGGAGGUGACCGGGAGAAUGAACGCAAAGACUGCGUUGUCGAUCCCAGCAGCCAAUAGGAGGGACCGCGGCAGCUACACUGUCUGCGCCUCCAACAACAUGGGUUCAGCCAAGCACACCAUCUCUGUCAUGGUGCUGGACCGACCACUUCCACCCAGGAAUGUGGCCGUGUCCAACAUCAGGGCCGAGUCUUGCUACCUUCGCUGGGACGCGCCACUGGAUAACGGUGGCAGCGAGCUGACCAACUACAUUGUUGAGAAGAGGGAUGUGGUGAAAGAGGAACCAGAGCUGGAAGAGGGACAGGAAGCUCCACCUGAGCCCCAGUGGGAGGUGGUUACCAACAGCAUCGUCGAGAAAAAAUACGGGGUGUGGAACCUGGAGACCAACAAGUCCUACCUGUUCCGGAUCAAAGCUGAGAAUCGCUACGGUAAAUCCGACCCCUGCGCAACGGAGGAAGUCUUGAUCACCGACCCAUUCGGCCUUCCUGGCCCACCAGAGAAACCAACCAUCGCAGAGUACUCCAAGACCUCCAUGACCCUAACCUGGGAGCCUCCCAGAGACAACGGCGGCUCUAUGAUUGUUGGCUACUGGCUGGAGAAGAGGGAGAAAGGCACCGCCUACUGGGCCAAAGUCAACAAGGUGCCGGUCUCCAAGAGGGGCAUGAAAGGCUGGGAGUACCAGGUGACUCGUCUGAUUGAAGGAACAGAGUACGAGUUUAGGGUUGCUGCCAGCAAUUCUGCAGGAACAGGACCGUUCAGCGGACCGUCCGACUCUGCCUUUGCUGUUGAUCCACUCACUCCUCCCAGCAUGCCCGCUGCUCCUGUGGUGGCUGACAAGACAAAGUACAGUGUCACGCUGUCCUGGAAAGAACCAGAGAGUGAUGGAGGAAGCCCCAUCAAAGGCUACAUCAUCCAGAUCCAGGAUGAGGGCUCAUCAGGGUGGGUGAGCGUGAAUGACAAAGACUCCCUCCACCCCACCACCGAGUUCACUAUGCCCAGCCUCCGCGAGCUGAAACGCUACCGCUUCAGGAUCAUCGCUGUCAACGAUAUCGGCGAGUCCGACCCGAGUCCCCGCACCGGCGAGGUUCUGGUUGAGGACGUCAAGCUACCUCCUACCAUCUCCAUCGACGUACUGGUUGAAGACCUGGUGUGCAUCCGGGCCGGAGAUCCGAUCAGGAUCCCCGCCACCAUCACGGGCCGCCCCGUUCCCAAGGUAGCCUGGGACUUUGACGGCAAAGCCAAGUCGCACAAGAAGAACAAACUGCACACGCUGCCCGUGGACUCCGAGGUUGAGUCCACAGACACCACGUCCAUUGUGACCAUCCCCGUCAGUCUGAGGACCCACUCUGGACGCUACACCAUCACCGCCAAGAACAAGUCUGGACAGAAACACGUCAACGUCAGAGUCAUUGUCCUUGACGUCCCCGGACCUCCGAAGGACCUCAGGGUUACUGACGUCACCCGGUCGACCAUGAGGCUGAUCUGGAAGCUCCCAGACAGCGAUGGAGGAGAGAGAAUCAAGAGCUACUUUAUCGAGAAGAGAUGUCUCACUGACAAGGCCUGGACAAAGGUGAAUGCAGCCUGUGCCAGCCAGGCCUACGUGGUGCCGGGUCUGCUGGAAGGUCAGGACUACCUGUUCAGGGUCCGAGCUGAGAACAGACUUGGAUUCGGCCCGUUCACCAUCACCACCGACCCCGUCCGGGCCAGAGACCCCAUCUACCCCCCCGACCCUCCUACCAAGGUCAAGGUCAACCUGGUGACAAAGAGCACCGUCACUCUGAGCUGGGAGCCUCCCAAAAACAACGGCGGCUCUCCCGUGAAGCAUUACAUCAUCGAGCGUUUGAGCUGGGACACCAGCGGCAAGGAGAAGGAGACCUGGAAGCAGUGCAACAAGAGGGACGUGGAGGAGCUCAGCUUCGUGGUGGAGGACCUGAAGGAGGGAGGAGAAUAUGAGUUCAGAGUGAAAGCCGUGAACGCCGCUGGACCGAGCCGACCCUCCGCCACCGCCGGACCCCUGGUCAUCAAGGACCAGACAUGCGCUCCCACCAUUGAGCUGCGUGAGGCCAUGGAGGGCGAGGAGGACUGUGACGUCAGCAUCGUGGCGAAGGUGAGCGGCUGUCCAUUCCCAACACUCACCUGGCAGAAAGCCAGUGUGGCCAAACCCGAAGAGAAGGCCGCCGUCCAGUACGACCAGCACAUCAGCAAACUGGUGACCCAGAACAAGUGCACGCUGCUGAUCCAACAGGCCAGCAGGCACGACAGCGCCCUCUACAGCCUGACGGCCACCAACAGCCUCGGCACCGCCACAAAGGACAUCAAGCUCGCCGUGCUCGGACCUCCCGGCGCCCCCGUCGGACCGCUUAAGUUCACAGAGGUGUUUGCGGAGAGGAUCGGCCUGGCCUGGAACCCUCCCAAAGACGACGGCGGAUCGAAGAUCACCAACUACGUGGUUGAGAAGCGCGAGGAGAACAGGAAGUCCUGGGUCCACGUCUCCAACGACCCCAAGGAGUGCGCCUACGUGGUGACCCGGCUGACGGAGAACCACGAGUACGAGUUCAGGGUCAUGGCCCAGAACAAGUUUGGAGUUGGGCCUCCGCUGGUCAGCGAGCCGGAGAAGGCCAGAAACCUCUUCACUGUCCCCGGUCAGUGUGAGAAGCCGACUGUGACGGACGUCUGUUUGGAGUCGAUGACCGUCAACUGGGACGAGCCCAAGUAUGACGGCGGCUCCUCCGUCACCGGCUACUUCGUGGAGAAGAAGGAGACCACCGCCAAGCGAUGGGUCCGCGUCUCCCGAGACCCGAUCCGAGCGCUGCCUCUGGGCAACAACUGGGACGUCGCCGGCCUGCAGGAGGGCGCCAUGUACCAGUUCAGGGUCAUCGCUGCCAACGCCGCUGGCUGUGGUCUUCCCAGCAUGCCCUCUGACCCCGUCCUCUGCAGAGACCCCAUCACGCCUCCCGGGCCGCCCACUCCGAAGGUGACGGACUGGACCAAGUCGACCGUGGAGCUGGAGUGGAUCCCCCCCACAGUAGACGGAGGGUCGAAGGUCACGGGCUACAUUGCCGAGUUCAAGGAGGUGAACAAAGAGGAGGAGGAUAAGAAGGCUCAGAGGAGGCUGCUGCUGAGCGGAGACGAGGAGGAGAAGGAGCCAGAGAGCGAGGAGAGCUGGGAGAAGGCAAAAGACACCGAGAUCAGAGGAACCAAGUUCGUGGUGGCCGGUCUGAAGGAAGGCGGUCUGUACCGCUUCAGAGUCCGAGCCGUGAACGCGGCCGGAGUUGGAGAACCAGGACUGGUUUCUGAGCUGAUCGAGGUCAAAGACAGAACAAUUCCUCCUGAGAUGGACCUGGACGCCUCGGUGAAGGAGAAGAUCGUGGUCCACGCCGGCGGCACCAUCCGCAUCAUCGCCUACGUGUCUGGUAAACCCGCCCCCGUGAUCACCUGGUGCAGGGACGACGCCGAGGUGCCCAAAGAGGCCGCGGUGGAGAAGACGGGCAUCUCCAAUUCACUGGUCAUCAAGAACUGCAGACGCCAACACCAGGGCAUCUACACGCUGUGUGCCAAGAACGAGGGAGGAGAGAGGAAGAAGGCCGUGAUCGUGGAGGUCCUGGAUGUCCCUGGACCCGUCGGUCUUCCCUUCGCCGGCGAGAACCUGACCAACGACUCCUGCAAGCUGACCUGGUUCUCCCCCGAGGACGACGGCGGCUCGGCCAUCACCAACUACAUCAUCGAGAAGAGGGAGUCGGACCGCAUGGGCUGGACCUCGGUGUCCUACACGGUGACCAGGAACAACGCCGUGGUGCAGGGACUCAUCGACGGAAAGGGCUACUUCUUCAGGAUCGCAGCCGAGAACAUCAUCGGCAUGGGACCGUUCAUCGAGACCGACAAGAUGGUUCUCAUCAAGGACCCCAUCUCCGUCCCGGAGCGUCCAGAGGACCUGAUCAUCACCGCCGUCACCAAGGACUCCCUCUCCGUCGCCUGGAGAGCGCCCAAGUACGACGGCGGCGCUGAGGUGACCGAGUACGUCCUUCAGUCCCGCAUGGUCGGCCGGGACAGCUUCACACGAGUAGGUGCAGACAGCAAGCUGAUGGACAGGAAGUUCACACUGACGGGGCUGAAGGACGGCUCGAGCCACGAGUUCAGAGUCUCCGCCAUCAACCAGGUGGGACAGGGGAAACCGUCCUUCGCCACCAAACCGGUCCAGUGCAAAGACGAGCUCGAACCACCAACCCUGGACCUGGAUUUCAGGGACAAGAUGAUGGUGAAGGUGGGAGACACGUGCACACUGUCGGGACGCUACAGCGGCAAACCGGCCCCGGCUAUCGCCUGGACGAAGAACGACGAGGAGCUGAAGGUGGAGGACGAGAUCGUCCUCCACAGCACCGCGCGCCACCUCAGCCUCAGCAUCAGCAAGGCCAAGAGGGAACACAGCGGAUGCUACUGCGUCAGCGUGGAGAACGCCGCCGGAACUCGCACAGGAAUCUGCACCAUCACCGUGGUCGACCGUCCUCAGCCUCCGAUGGGCCCCGUGGUGUUCAACGAGAUCUACAGGAACUACAUGGUGAUCUCCUGGGACCCUCCUCUGGAUGACGGAGGCUGCGCCGUGUCCAACUACAUCAUCGAGAAGAGAGACACCAACAGAGACCUGUGGAUGCCCGUCACCUCGUCCUGCACCAGGACCUCCUGCAGGGUGCCGAAACUGAUCGAGGGUCGUGACUACAUCAUCAGGAUCAUGGCUCAGAACAUCUACGGCAUCAGCGACCCUCUUCUGUCUACAGAGAACAAGGCCAGGGACAUCUUCAAGGUGCCCGACGCUCCUAAACAGCCCACAGUGAAGGAGGUCUACCACGACUCCGCCCUCGUCAGCUGGGAACCUCCUGCUGAUGGAGGGAAACCAAUCACAGGCUACAUCGUGGAGAGGAAGGAGACCAUGGCCCACAGGUGGGUUCGCUGCAACACAGAGAGAAUCUAUCCGAAGGUGGAGUACUGGGUAACGGAGCUGCUGCAGGGUUGUGAGUACGAGUUCAGAGUCAGCGCCGAGAACAUCGUGGGAGCCGGAGACCCAAGCCCACCAUCCAAACCCGUCUUCGCCAAAGACCCCAUAGUGAAACCCGGUCCACCGGUGAACUUCCAGGCCAUCGACUUCAGCAAGGAGUCGGUGAGUUUGUCCUGGCAGCCGCCCACCGACACCGGCAGAGGAAAGAUCUUUGGAUACCUGCUGGAGUUCCAGAAGGCUGGAGAGGAGGAGUGGUCCAAGGUGAACCAUACUCCAGAGUCCUGCCAGGAGACCAAAUUUAAGGUGAUCAACCUGGAAGAAGGUGCUAUGUAUAGAUUCAGAGUUAUGGCGGUAAACGCUGCCGGAGAGUCCGACCCAACUCACUUGCAGGAGCCAAUCAGAGCGCAAGACAGACUUGAGCCCCCAGAGUUGAUUCUGGAUGCCUCAAUGACCCGAGAGGUGAAGGCCAUGGCCGGCACUCACAUCUCUCUGAUGGCCACCAUCAAUGGCGUCCCGUUCCCCACCGUCACCUGGCAGAAGAAUGAGGCCGAGGUGCCUACAAGGGCCGACAUUGAGACCAGCCAGACAGGCACCAAGCUGGAUAUGAGGUUCUGUAACCGUGGCGACUGUGGAGACUACACUCUAACUGUGGAGAACCCAGCCGGAUCCAAGACCGCUACCUGCACCGUGCUGGUCUUCGACAAACCUGGUCCCAUCCAGCACCUCCGGGUGUCUGACAUCAGGAGUGACUCCGCCUACCUGUCCUGGAAGGACCCAGAGGACAACGGCGGUGUUCGCAUCACUAACUUCGUGGUGGAGAAGAAAGACGUUGCAUCCACUCAGUGGGUCCCUGUCUGCUCCACAUCCAAGAAACGCAGCAUGACGCUGAAGCACCUGAUAGAGGGCACGUCCUACAUGUUCAGAGUCGCUGCUGAGAACCAGUACGGCCGCAGUGAAUACGUUGAGACCCCAAAGGCCAUCAAGGCAAUGAACCCACUCUUCCCUCCUGGUCCUCCUAAAGACCUGCAUCAUGACGAUGUGGACAAGACUGAGGUUUGGUUGGUCUGGAACUGGCCCGACCGCAACGGUGGAAGUGAAAUCACAGGCUUCCUGGUGGAGUAUCAGGAAGAGGGAGUAAAGGACUGGGACGAAUGGAAGACUGUUAGCAUCCCAGAGAGUCAUGUGACUGGCCUUGAGGAAGGAAAGACCUACCGCUUCAGAGUCAGGGCUGAGAACGCCAUUGGCCUCAGUAGACCCGACACCACUGUGCCUAUCCUCUGCCAGGAAAAACUUGUGCCUCCAGUUCUCGAGGUGGACGUCAAGCUCACUGAAGGCAUCACCGUAAAAGCCGGCACCACCAUCAGGCUGCCAGCCAUCAUGAGAGGGAUACCCGUUCCCACUGCCAAGUGGUCAAUGGAAGGCGAGGAAAUCACUAGCGAGGGUAACAUCAAGAUCGAUACUGACAACUUCUCAACUGUGCUCAGCAUUAAUGAGUGCACCAGGAACCACACGGGCACCUACCUGCUCACUGUGUCCAACCCAGCUGGAACCAAGACAGCGGCCUUGAACGUCACUGUCCUGGAUGUUCCCGCCGCACCCAUUGGACCUGCCAACAUCCUGGAGGUCACUCCGGACUCCAUGAUGAUUGAAUGGCGUCCUCCCAAGGACGAUGGCGGUAGCCCUGUCACCAACUACAUUGUGGAGAAGCGAGAGUCAAACAAAGAGACAUGGGGAGGUGUGGGCUCUGUCGGCCUUGCCACCAAGCUCAACAUUAGCCGUCUCCAGAGGGGAGUGGAGUACGUGGUUCGCAUUCGUGCUGAGAACAAGAUGGGCAUUGGUGCUCCUCUGGAGAGCAAGCCCACUGUCGCUGAACACUCCUUUUUGCCGCCCAGCCAGCCUGGUAAGCCACAGCCCUCUGAUAUCUCAGAGGAUUCUGUUACAAUCGGCUGGACCAUGCCCCUGUCUGAUGGUGGCAGCCAGAUCACCGGCUACAUCAUUGAGCGCCGACACACGGGAGGAAAAUGGAUCCGUGUCAACAAGACACCAUGUAAGGACCUGAGGUACAGAGUCUUGGGACUGUUUGAGGGCAAUGAGUACGAGUUUAGAGUGUUUGCUGAGAAUAUUGUUGGCUACAGCGGCCCCUCUCCCACCUCUGACCCCUGCAAGCCCUGCAGGCCUAUCACAGUUCCCAGCCCCCCUGUCAACCCCAAAGUUAGGGAUUACAGCAAAACCACCGCUGACCUGGUGUGGACCAAACCCAACAAAGAUGGAGGCAGCCCCAUCCUGGGUUACACUGUGGAAAUGAAGAAGGCCGACACGGAAGAAUGGAAAAAAGUGAACCUGGAUGACUUAAUCAAGCAGUCUGCCUACAGGGUGAAGGGUCUGGAAGAGGGUGUGACAUACAGAUUUAGAGUCUACGCCUCAAACAUGAUCGGAGAUGGAGAGUCCAGAGAAAUCCCAGAGUCCAUCACUGCUCAGGAUAUCCUGAUCCCUCCAGAGAUUGAGAUGGACGUCACCUGCCGCGAUCACCUCACCGUGCGUGUCGGACACAACAUCAACAUCAUUGGGUACAUCAAGGCCCGUCCUGACCCAGAAGUGCUUUGGUCGAAGGAGGAGACAGUUCUGGAGAACAGCAAACGUGUCACCAUUAUUCAGAACUUCCCUGUGGUCCACCUGAAGAUCAAGGAGGCCACACGAAAUGACCACGGCAAAUAUAUCCUUAAGGUUUCAAAUGAGGGCGGCGAGGCCUCUUGCACUAUCACACUCAAUGUGCUGGACAGACCCAGCCACUGCCAGAACCUGCACACAACCUAUGCCACCAGGGACUCAUGUAUGCUCAACUGGGAGGCCCCUAAGGACAAUGGUGGAUCUGAGAUCACCAACUACAUUGUGGAGUGCCGUGAGCCAAGCAUUAGCAUGUGGUCUAUGAUCAGCUCCAACUGCACCAAUCGCAAGAUCAAGACUAAGAUGAUGGAAGGCCAUGAGUACCUGUUCCGCGUCUGUGCUGAGAACAAGAUAGGCCCAGGACCAUGUGUGGAGACCAAGACCCCUCUGCUGGCCAUCGACCCCAUUGAGAAGCCUGGUGAGCCUGAGAACUUCAGAGCCACAGACAUCGGUAAGAACUACGUCUAUCUGAGAUGGAGGAAGCCUGACUAUGAUGGCGGCAGCCCCAACAUCUCCUACAACUUGGAGUGCAAAGCUAAAGAUGCAGAGGAGUGGGUGAAACUAAGCACCGGCAAUCUCACCGACACAUUCUUCCUGGCUGACAAGCGUGUUGAGAACCACACAUACUCCUUCAGGGUGCAGACUGUGAAUGAAGGAGGUGAGAGUGCUUGGGUGAAACUUGACGAUAUUAUCGUGAGGGAGGAAAUCCAGAAGCCCGUCAUUGACCUGAAGCUGGCCGGAGCCCUGACAGUGAAGGCCGGAGAGUCGGUGAGGAUAGAGGCCGGCCUGAGAGGAAAGCCCCAGCCUGAGGUCAAAUGGAUAAAAGACAAGGCUGUCGGAGACAACCCAAGAAUCAGCUAUGAGACUGGCACCAACUACUCUAAGUUCCUUUUGACAAAGUCCAGACGCAGCGACACUGGAAAGUUUAUCAUCACUGCCACUAACUCAGCCGGCACCUUCACGGCAUACGCCAACGUUAAUGUCCUGGACGUUCCCGGCCCAGUGAGGAACCUCAGAAUCACCGGCCUUGGGGCCGACAAGUGCAGAGUGGUGUGGGAUCCUCCGGAGGACGAUGGAGGUUGUGAGGUUGACAGCUACAUCCUGGAGAAAUGCGAGACCAGGAGGAUGGUCUGGUCCACGUACUCAGCCUCUGUGGUCACACCAUACUGCAACGUCACACGUCUGGUGGAGAAUAACGAGUACAUCUUCAGAGUCAGGGCUGAGAAUAAGAUGGGUACCGGCCCCGCCAUGGAUAGCAAGCCUGUCACUGUCAAGACUCAGUUCAACAAACCUGGACCCCCAGAGGCUCCUGAUGUCACCAAGGUGAGUAAAGAUGAGAUGACCGUUGUCUGGGCUCCUCCUGAGAAUGACGGAGGAAAGUCAAUCACCGGCUACAUCCUGGAGAGGAAGGAGAAGAGGGCAGUGCGCUGGGUGCCAUGCACCAAGAGCCCCAUCUCUGAGAGACGCAUGAAAGUCACUAACCUGAUCCCGAACCAUGAAUACCAGUUCAGGGUGAAGGCUGAGAACGAGGUCGGCCUGGGAGAACCCAGCAAACCCUGCAGACCCGUUGCAGCCAAAGAUCCCAUCGAGCCCCCUGGCCCCCCUGCAUUCCUGAAGGUGGGCGACAGCACCAAGACCUCUAUCACCCUGUCCUGGUCUAAACCUGUGUAUGAUGGUGGUGCCCCCAUCAUUGGCUACAGCCUGGACAUGAGGCUGAAAAGCGAGGCAGACCCUGAGAAGCCCACAGAGGGCUGGAAGAGAAUUGACACCCAUGGCCCAUUGGUGCUCACAGAGUUCACCAUCGGCCAGCUGGAUGAGAAGCAGGAGUAUGAUUUCAAGGUGUCUGCCAAAAACCAGGUGGGCUGGGGACGUCAUGCCUACUUGAAGGAGGCCGUCUCCCCCAAGGAGGUCCUGGAGGCUCCAGAGAUCGACCUGGACGCCAGUCUGAGGAAAGGCCUGUCUGUUAGGGCCGGCUGUCCAAUCAGGCUUUUCGCUGUGAUCAGAGGAAGGCCUGCCCCCAAAGUUACCUGGAAGCGCCUUGGUGUGGACAAUGUGAUCCGCCGAGGUCAUGUGGACCAGGUUGACACAAUGUCCUUCCUGGUCAUCCCUGAGAGCACCAGAGACGAUUCUGGGAGAUACUCUCUGACUCUGUCUAACUCAGCUGGAGAGAAAGCUGUGUAUGUCCGUGUCAAAGUCCUCGAUACUCCUGGUCCCGUUGGUGGCCUGGAUGCAACCAACAUCACCAAGACGACAGCUCAGCUGUCCUGGUUGCCACCAGAUAAUGAUGGUGGCAGCCCCAUCCUCAACUACAUUGUGGAGAAACGGGAGGUGGAUAGGAAGACCUGGAACAAGUGUACAGAGGAGCUUAAGAAGACCAGUUUCAAGGUGACCAACAUGACACCUGGCAUCGAGUACUACUUCAGAGUCACAGCCUGCAACAAGUACGGCAUCGGAGUUCCUCAGGACUCGCCCAAGUCUUACCUGGCUGUUGACCCAAUCAGUGAGCCUGACCCUCCGAAGAAGAUGGACGUGUUGGAGAUUACCAAGAAUAGUGCCACACUGGGCUGGCUGAAGCCACUCAGAGACGGAGGAGCCAAAAUCAACGGUUAUGUGGUGGACUACCAGAAGGAGGGCGAUCCCGAGGACAAGUGGACACCGUACUCCGUGGUCAAAGACAUGACCAUCGUGGUGGUCGGUCUGAAGGAAGGAACAAAAUAUAAAUUCAGAGUGGCAGCCAGGAACUCAGUGGGAGUCAGUCUGGCCAGAGAGGCAGAGGGAGUGUUUGAGGUCAAGGAGCAGCUCAUGGCUCCUAAGGUCAUCAUGCCCGACAUUGUGACGGUAAGAGCUGGAUCCAAGCUGGUGGUUGAGGCCCUUUUGGCAGGUAAACCCGCUCCCUUCUGCAAGUGGAAGCAGGGCAACGAGGACGUGCUAACCUCUGACCGCCUGGCGGUUGUAAAGACCCUGACAACCUGCACGCUUAUCAUCAAGAACGUGAAGAGAAUGGACAGCGGCUACUACAGCCUGUCUGCCGAGAACAGCACUGGCAAGAUCAACCAGAUCCUCAGAGUCACCGUCAUGGACAUCCCUGGACCCCCUGAAGCUCCUCUAGAGAUCACCGAACUGGACAUUGAUGCCUGCACGCUGCUCUGGAACUCCCCACAGGAGGAUGGCGGCAGCAACAUCACCAACUAUAUUGUUGAGAAGUGUGACGUCAGCCAGGGCGACUGGGUCCCCAUAAGCACGUCCUGCACCAAAACCAGCUUUAGAGUGACCAAACUGACAAAUGGCAAAGAGUAUGGCUUCAGAGUCCGUGCUGAGAACAGGUUUGGCAUCUCCGCGCCCAUCUACUCUGAGAAGAUGGUUGCCAGGCAUCCAUUUGAUCCUCCCAGCGAGCCCCAAAACCUGCGGAUCAACAAAGUCUUCAAGGACUUCGUCAUCCUGUCAUGGGAGCGUCCCAGCAGCGACGGAGGCUCUCCCAUCACUGGAUUUUGCAUUGAAAAGAAGGAGAGGAACAGCCUUCUGUGGAUGAAGGCCAACGAGUCCUUGGUCAAAGCCACCCAGUACACUUGCACCGGCCUUAUGGAGGGCGUGGAGUACACCUUCAGGGUGUCGGCACUCAACCUGGCUGGACAGGGAAAACCUUGUAAACAGACAGACUUCAUCACCGCUCGGACUGAUAUUGACCCACCAGGUAAACCCGAGCCCAUGGAUGUGACCAAACACGGGGUCUCAUUGGUCUGGAGCCGACCAAAGCAUGACGGAGGCAGCAAGCUGAUUGGCUACUACAUGGAAUACACAAAGCUUCCAGAAGAGAAGUGGACGCGUUGCAACGCUAACUGCAUGAACAUCCAGACCGAGAGCUACGUGGUGAGCGGCCUGGAUGAGGGCCAACGGUACCAGUUUAGAGUCAUCGCGAAGUCCGCCAUCAACGUCAGCCAGCCAUCCGAGCUGUCCGACCCCAUCGCUGUCAUUGCAGAGAAUGUUCCUCCUCGUGUGGACCUGGGCGUCAACAUGAAGAACCUGAUUGUGGUGAAAGCCGGAGAGAACAUCUCCCUGGAUGCUGAGAUUUUCGGCAAGCCGCUGCCGAAGGUGAGCUGGAAGAGAGACGGAGUGCCUCUGGCAAUUGUUGAGGGAAUGAAGAUGGUCCAGAAGAAACAUGUCCAUCUGCUGGAGCUCUUUGCCGUCACCAGGAAGGAGACUGGAGACUACACAAUCACUGCUGAGAACAUCAAUGGCUCCAAGUACGCCACCAUCAAGGUCAAGGUGCUCGACAAACCCGGCCCUCCAGCCUCAGUGAAAAUUGCUAAAGUGUUUGCUGACCGUGUUAAGGUGCGAUGGGAGCCCCCGAUUGCAGAUGGCGGCUCUGAGAUCACCAACUACAUCAUUGAGAAGCGUGAGACCAGCAGGGCCAACUGGGCCCUGGUCUCCGCCAACAUCCAUGGGCACGUCACUGACUGCUUAGUGGAGAAACUCAUUGAGGGACAUGAGUACCAGUUCAGAGUCAGUGCUGAGAACCAGUAUGGCACUGGAGACCACGUCAUGACCGACCCUGUCAUGGUCAAGAACCCAUACGAUGUUCCGGGUCCAUGCGAGCCACCAGUUAUCACCAACAUUACAAAGAACUCAAUGACAGUGAGCUGGAAGGCCCCAGCCAACGACGGCAAGGCCACCAUCCUCGGCUACAUGGUGGAGAAACGUGAGGCCACUGAGCUGACCUGGGCUAAGGUCAACCGUCGGCCGGUCAUCGACAGGACCAUCAAGGCAGUUCAGCUGACCGAGGGCUCUGAGUACGAGUUCAGAGUCAUCGCCAUGAACAAAGCUGGUCUGGGCAAACCCAGCGAUGCAUCCAACGCAGCGCUGGCUGUCGACCCUGUCUAUCCGCCCGGCCCACCUGCGUUCCCCAAGGUGGUGGACUCCACCAGGAGCUCCAUCAGCCUUAGCUGGACCAAACCAGCAUACGACGGUGGUUGUGAAAUUAUCGGCUACCUGGUGGAGUGUAAGCGAGCCGACGCCGAGCACUGGAACAAGUGCAACAUCCCGAAAAAGCUCCAGGCCACCAAAUUCCUGAUGACAGGCCUGAUGGACAACUACGAGUACCAGUUCAGAGUCAUCGCCGUCAACAAGAUCGGCUUCAGCGAGCCCAGCGAAGUCCCUGGAAACCACAUGGCCAAGGACAUCCUGAUCGCUCCUGAAGCUGAGCUGGACGCCGACCUUAGAAAGGUUUUGGUUCUCCGAGCCGGCGUCACCUUGAGGCUCUACGUCCCACUGAGGGGACGCCCGGCACCAAAGGUGACGUGGACGAAGGUGGACGCCAACCUGAAGGACAGGCAGGGCGUGCUGAUCAAGACAUCAGAGUGGGACACCCUGCUGAUGAUCGAGGACAUGAACAGAUACGACGCUGGCAAAUAUGUCCUGUCGCUGGAGAACAGCAGCGGCUCCAAGAGCUACACCAUCGUGGUCAAGGUCCUUGAUUCUCCUGGACCGCCUAUGAACCUGAUUGUGAAGGAGACCUCCAGGAACCACGCCAGCAUCACCUGGGACGCCCCGCUGAUCGACGGCGGCAGCCCCGUCAAGAGCUACGUCGUAGAGAAACGUCUGGCCGAGAGGAAGGCCUGGACCUGCGUGGCGACCGACUGCUGCAAGAUCUCCUACAGGAUCACCAACCUGGAGGCCGGACAGGCCUACUGCUUCAGGGUGCUGGCUGAAAACGCCUACGGCAUCGGGGAGGGCUGCGAGACUGCCGGCAGCGUCCGAGCCUCAGAGCAACCUGGUCCAGUGACGGACUUCAAAGCCCAGAAGACCACCAAGGACUCAGUCGUCCUGGGCUGGAAGAAGCCCAUCAGCAAUGGUGGAAGCCACAUCACUGCUUACAUCCUGGAGCAGAGCGAAGGCGAGCAGAAGUGGAAGGAGAUCAUGAAGGGCAAGAACUCCUCACAUCCCAUUGGCGAUCUGACUGAGGGCAAGGAGUACUUGUUCAGAGUCAAGGCGCUCAAUGAGUCCGGAGAGGGACCACCCACCGAGCUCACUGUGGUCGCCAAGGACCAGUUUGUGCCGCCUGACUGCAACUUGAGUGCUCUGCACGACGGUUGCUGCGUGGUGAAGGAGGGCAGCACCACACGCAUCAACAUCCCAAUCACUGGAGCGCCUCUCCCCACCGCCACCUGGAAAAGAGGCGACGUUUUACUCGGCGACACCGGCCGAAUGUGCGUGGAGGCGUCUCAUGGCGUCACCACUCUGCUGAUCAGAGACUGCCAGAGAGGAGAUGCCGAGACCUACAACAUCAAUGUCAGGAACAACGCCGGCUCAAAGGACUGCAAGUUCCAGCUGAAGGUGGUCGGCAAGCCCGGCAUCUGCACCGGACCCAUUAAGUUUGAAGAGAUCACCGCCGAUGGCAUCACCCUGGAGUGGGCACCGCCCAAAGACGACGGUGGUGCGGAGGUGUCCAACUACAUCGUGGAGAAGAGGAGGACAACAGACAACAAGUGGGCCACAGUGGCCUCAGCCAUCCAGAAGACCACGAUGAGGGUGAUCAGGCUCCACGAUGGAAUAGAGUACAUCUUCAGAGUUUUCGCUGAGAACAAGUAUGGGGUUGGAGAGUAUCUGAGGUCUGACCCAGUCAUCGCCCAGCAUCCGUUCAAUGUGCCCGAGGCGCCUGCUCCUCCAGAAAUAGUGAGCAUCCGCCACGAGUCAGCCAUCUUGACUUGGGCUGAUCCAAAGGACACCGGUGGUUCCCCAAUUACUGGAUAUUAUGUGGAGUUUAAGGAGAGGAACAGUCUGAUGUGGAAACGGGCCAGUAAGACUCCUCUGAGAGUGAAGGAGUGCAGAGUCACUGGCCUGAUAGAGGGACUAGAGUAUGAGUUCAGGGUGAUGGCCAUGAACAUGGCCGGUCUUGGAAGGCCAAGCAGGGUCACUGAGGGUGUGGUUGCCCUAGAUCCUAUUGAUCCUCCUGGCAAGCCUGAAGUGAUUAACGUCACCAGGACCACGGUCACUCUGAUGUGGACCAUUCCCAAAUACGACGGCGGCCACAAGCUGACUGGCUACAUGGUGGAGAAGCUGGAGGCUGGUGGCAAGACCUGGAUGAAGGCCAAUCACGUCAACAUCCACGACUGUGCCUUCACCGUCCCUGACCUGACCGAGGGAUCUCAGUAUCAGUUCAGGAUCAGGGCCAAGAAUGCCGCUGGGGCUAUCAGUGUUCCCUCAGAGUUGACUGAGCUUCUGACCUGCAAGGAUGAGUAUGAGCCCCCAGCCAUCACUAUCGACCCUGACAUGAAGGACGGUGUAUCAGUCAAGGCAGGAGACACCAUCGUGAUCUCAGCCUCCAAGAUUUCGGGCAAACCUCCACCCACUGCUGUCUGGUCGAAGGGAGGACGUGAGUUGAAGAGCUCUGACAUCAUCACCAUCACCAGCACCCCCGUCUCCUCCAUUCUGGCUAUCAAGUACGCAAGCAGGAAGAAUACGGGAGAGUACACCAUCACCGCCAGCAACCCCUUUGGCAUUAAGGAAGAACAUGUAAAGGUGAAGGUCCUGGAUGUGCCCGGACCACCAGGCCCCAUUGAAGCCAGUAACAUUUCAGCUGAGAAGUGUACUCUGACCUGGCUUCCACCGGAGGAGGAUGGAGGCUUCUCCAUCAAGUCCUACAUCCUUGAGAAGAGAGAGACCAGCCGCCUGCAGUGGACCAAGCUAGCUGAAAACGUCAUGGACUGCAGAUAUGUAGCUGGCAAACUGAUCAAGGGCAACGAGUACAUCUUUAGAGUGUGCGCCGUGAACCAGUAUGGCACUGGAGACUCAAGCCAGUCUGUUCCAGUAAAAAUGGUUGACAGUUACCGCCCACCAGGCCCACCUUCAAUCCCAGAGAUUGACAACAUCAGUAGAAACGCUGUCACCAUUUCAUGGAGGAGACCAGCACAGGACGGAGGAAGUGACAUCAGAGGAUAUUGUGUAGAGAGGAAAGAGAGGAGAGGAAUGAGAUGGGUGAGAGCCAGUAAGAGGUCGGUCCCUGACCUGCGCUUUAAGGUGCAAGGCCUAACUGAGGGAGUAGAGUACGAGUUUAGAGUAACUGCUGAGAACAAGGCUGGAUUCGGGGAGCCAAGUGAGCCAUCACAACCUGUGAUGACCAAGGAUAUUGUAUAUCCACCUGGUCCUCCAUCCAACGCCAGAAUAACGGACACCACAAAAACCACAGCUACCUUUGUUUGGGGCCGACCCCACUACGAUGGUGGUCUUGAAGUAGAAGGAUAUAUUGUUGAGUACAAAAAGGAAGGGCACGAUGACUGGGAGGUGGAGACACAAUAUCAAUUGAAAGCUACUAAAUAUGUCAUUGGUAAACUACAGAAAGGAGGCAAAUACCACUUCAGAGUCACCGCUGUAAACUCAGAGGGAGUUGGCGAGCCUGCAGAAGUUGAGAAAGUGACUGAACUGGUGGACCAGGAGACACUGCCAGACUUUGAACUGGACGCUGAACUCAGGAAGACCCUCGUGGUCAGGUGCCGUGCUUCAAUUCGUAUGUUUGUUCCCAUCAGGGGUCGUCCUGUUCCUGAAGUAACCUGGAGCAAAGAUGAUACCAACCUGAAAACACGUGCACACAUUGAUACUACAGAGUCCUACACCCUACUGGUUAUUCCUGACUGCACCAGAUACGAUGCUGGAAAGUACAACCUGUGUCUCGAGAACGUUGCUGGGAAGAAGACUGGCUUUGUUAAUGUGAAGGUUUUGGACACACCAGGACCACCAGUCAAUGUCAAGCCUAGAGAGAUCACCAAGAACAGCAUCACCCUCCAGUGGGAAAUCCCUAUAAUCGAUGGUGGUUCUAAGAUUUGCAACUAUGUUAUUGAAAAAAGGGAGGCCACCAAGAAAGCCUACACAGUAAUUAGCACAACAUGGCAGAAAUGCUCCUUCAAGUUUACCGACCUUGAGGAGGGAGCGUACUACUACUUCCGUAUCUCUGCUGAGAAUGACCUGGGCGUCGGUGAGCCUGCUGAAUCCCCUGAGCCAAUCAGAGUGUCUCAGGCCCCCUCUCCACCAGAGAACUUGUAUGUCACAGAUGUGACAGCUGACAGUGCCAGUCUGGCAUGGACCAAGCCCCUGCAUGAUGGUGGCAGCUUGAUCACCGGAUAUGUCAUUGAGGCCCAGAAGAAGGACACUGACCAGUGGGUCCAUGUGGCCACCAUGAAGGCUCUGGACUACACUGUCACAGAUCUGAUUGAGGGCGCAGAAUAUACCUUCCGCAUAAUGGCUGUCAAUGCAUCAGGCAGGAGUGACCCACGUGAGAGCAGGCCUGCUAUUAUAAAAGAGCAGACCUCCGCUCCUUCCUUUGACCUGCGUGGAGUCUACCAGAUGACGGUAAUCGCCAAAGCAGGGGACCGCGUCAAGGUGGACAUUCCAGUGCUCGGUAAACCCAGACCUGUGGUUUCUUGGAAGAAGGGUGACAUAGUGCUCAAGGAGACACAAAGAAUCAACGUUGAAACCACACCAACAUCAACUAUCCUCAACAUCGGUGAGAUCAAGAGGACUGAUGGAGGCCAGUAUUCCAUGACUGGAAAGAACAUGCUGGGUACAGUGACUGAGACGAUCACAGUCCUGGUCCACGACAUUCCAGGUCCCCCCACUGGUCCCAUAAAGCUGGACGAGGUUUCAUGUGAUUAUGUUCUCAUGUCUUGGGAGGCACCAGAGAAUGAUGGAGGCGUUCCCAUCAACAACUAUAUUGUUGAGAUGCGGGAGACUACCGGAACUUCCUGGAUGGAGUUGGCAGCUACAGUGAUCCGCACCACAUUCAAGGCAGCCCGACUCAACACUGGAACACAAUAUCAGUUCCGUGUCAAGGCACAGAACAGAUAUGGCAUUGGACCAUGCAUUGUCUCUGAACCAGUGGUGGCUGCGUAUCCAUUUGAUGUGCCAGGCCAGCCAGGCACUCCAGUGGUCACAUCUUUCAACAAGGAUGCUAUGACUCUGAGCUGGAAUGAGCCUUCCACUGAUGGAGGCAGUGUCAUCCUUGGCUAUCAUGUGGACAGAAAAGAGAAAAACAGCAUUCUGUGGCAGAGAAUCAGCAAAGCGAUUGUUGUCGGAAAUAUCUUCAAAUCAACAGGCCUCGUUGAUGGAAUCGUGUAUGAACACCGUGUUAUUGCUGAAAACAUGGCUGGUCUUAGCAAACCAAGCAAACCCUCUGAGCCUAUGCAUGCUUUGGACCCAGUUGACCCACCAGGCAGACCUGUGGCACUGAAUAUCACCAGACAUGAGGUGACUGUUUCGUGGACCAAACCAGAGGGAGAUGGUGGAUUUUCCAUCACUGGAUACACAGUAGAGAGGAGAGAGAUGCCCAAUGGACGCUGGCUUAAAGCCAACUUCAACAACAUCCUAGAAACCAUCUACACAGUCAGUGGUCUGAUCGAAGAUGCAACUUAUGAAUUCCGUGUGUUUGCUAGAAACUCAGCUGGUGCUGUCAGUGCUCCCUCCCAGUCAUCAGAGGCAAUCACAUGCAGAGAUGACAUUGAAGAGCCCAGGCUUGAUGUUGAUGCAUCGUAUAGCAGCAAUGUUGUUGUUAUGGCAGGAGAUUUGUUCAAGCUGGAGGCCAGUGUGACUGGCAGGCCAAUCCCAUCUCUGGUAUGGACCAAGGAAGGAAAGGAGCUUGAGGAUACAGCCAAGCUAGAGAUAAAGACAACUGAUUUCCACACAACUCUAAUGAACAAAGACUCCCUGAGGAGGGACGGAGGUGUUUUUACACUUACCGCCAGCAAUCCCGGUGGCUUUGCCAAGUUCACCUUUAAUGUCAAGGUGCUCGACAGACCUGGUCCACCAGACUCCCUCACUGUUUCUGACGUCACUGCUGAGAAAUGUGUCCUUAACUGGCUUCAUCCAACACAUGAUGGCGGUGCCAAGAUCGAGUACUUUAUCAUUCAGAGGCGAGAGACCAGUAGAUUGGCAUGGACAAACGUGGCCACAGACCUUCAGGCAAACAGGUUCAAGGUCACCAAGCUCCUGAAGGGCAAUGAAUAUGUCUUCAGAGUCAUGGCUGUCAAUAAGUAUGGUGUGGGUGAGCCUCUGGAGUCUGAACCUGUCAUCUGUGCCAACCCGUAUGUCCCCAGUGACCCACCACAUCAGCCUGAAGUCACCACCAUUACCAAAGAUUCCAUGGUCGUCUGCUGGGAGCGCCCUGAACAUGAUGGAGGCAGCAGAUUGAACACCUACAUAAUUGAGAGAAGGGAUAAGACAGGCCUGCGCUGGGUUAAAUGCAACAAGAGGACUGUAACUGACCUGCGCUUUAAGGCCUCUGGCCUCACACCAGGACAUGAAUAUGAAUUCAGAGUUUUUGCUGAGAAUAACGCUGGUCUAAGCCAGCCUAGUCUUUCAAGUCCAUUUUACAAAGCUGUAGACACCAUCUUCCAGCCUGGACCUCCAGGGAACCCCAGAGUCCUGGACACAACCAAGUCUUCCAUCACCCUUGCCUGGAACAAGCCUGUCUAUGAUGGUGGUUCGGAAAUCACUGGUUACAUUGUGGAGACCUGCCUUCCUGAGGAGGAUGAGUGGACGAUACACACUCCCAAGAAGGGAUGGACAGCCACUUCCUUCACCAUAACCAACUUGAAGGAAAACCAAGAGUACAAAAUCAACAUCUGUGCCACUAAUUGUGAGGGAGUGGGAGAACCUGCUGCUGUUCCUGGAACCCCCAAGGCUGAGGACAGACAGCUUUCCCCAGAAAUUGAACUUGGAGCAGAGCUGCGUAAGGUGGUCAGCAUCAGAGCCUGUAGCACACUGAGACUCUUUGUUCCUAUUAAGGGCAGACCAGUACCUGAAGUUAAAUGGUCACGAGAGCAUGGAGAAUCCCUGGACCGAGCUAACAUUGAAAUCACCUCGUCAUUCACCACUCUUCAGGUAGACAAUGUUGACAGGUUUGAUGCGGGUAAAUACAUGGUGACGGUGGAAAAUUCCUCAGGAAGCAAAACAGCCUUUGUAAAUGUCCGGGUGCUUGAUACACCUGGAGCACCUCAGAAUCUAUUUGUCAAGGAGAUCACCCGGGAUUCAGUUUCCCUCGUUUGGGAUGCACCUCUCAUUGAUGGUGGCUCAAGAGUCCGCAACUACAUUGUUGAGAAGCGUGAGUCAACCAGAAAAGCUUACUCAACAGUCUGUGCCAGCUGCCAUAAGUCCAGCUGGAAAGUUGGAGAGCUGGAGGAAGGAAAGAUGUACUGCUUUAGAAUCCUGGCUGAGAAUGAAUAUGGCAUCGGUCUACCAGUAGAGACUCCUGAACCAAUUAGAGUGUCAGAGAAGCCUCUACCACCCGGUAAAGUGUCCCUUCUUGAAGUUACCAGCUCCAGUGUCACACUAAGCUGGGAAAAGCCUGACUAUGAUGGUGGCAGCAGAAUCACAGGCUAUAUUGUUGAGAUGCAGGGUAAAGGCAGUGAGAAGUGGACCCAGGUCAUGGUGGUAAAGUCCAAUGGGGCUCUUGUAACUGGCCUUACACAAGGUGAGGAGUACAUGUUCCGUAUCUCAGCCACCAAUGAAAAGGGAGUCAGUGAUCCACGUCCUCUUAGUUUGCCUGUGGUGGCCAAAGACCUAGUCAUCUCACCAACCUUCAAACUGCUUUUCAGCACAUGCAGUGUGUUAGCAGGAGAUGAUCUGAAGAUAGAUGUGCCAUAUGCUGCCUGUCCAAAGGCCACAGCAACUUGGCUCAAAGAUGGCAUUGUUCUCAAGGAGACAACAAGAGUUAAUGCUGAAGCAACAGACAAAAACCUUCUCCUGGUUAUUAAGGAGGCUUGCAGGGAUGAUGUGGGCACAUACACUAUCAAACUAACCAACACAGUUGGUGAAUCAUCUACGGACCUCAGUGUCAUUGUUCUAGAUAAGCCUGGUCCUCCAACUGGCCCAAUUAAGCUUGAUGAGGUUACUGCUGACAGCUUGGUCUUGUCCUGGAAUCCACCAGAGUAUGACGGUGGAUGUGCCAUCAACAAUUACAUUGUUGAGAAAAGAGACACAUCUACCACUAACUGGCAGAUUGUGUCAGCUACUGUUGCCAGAACAACUAUUAAGGCAGCCCGUCUAAAGACUGGAAUCGAGUACCAGUUUAGGAUUGCUGCAGAGAAUAGAUAUGGCAAGUCCUCUCUCCUGCUCUCUGAAACCAUUGUUGCUCAGUAUCCAUUUGAAGUUCCUAGCUCACCACGUUCUGUUGUGGUCCAGUCUGCCACCAAGGAGAGCAUGGUGGUUGUUUGGGAUAAACCCAGCAAUGAUGGUGGGAGCAAAAUUCUGGGCUACCACUUGGAGCUCAAGGAGAGAAACAGUAUUCUGUGGGUGAAACAGAAUAAACAACUAAUCCCAGAGACACGAUUUAAGGUUGUGGGCCUUGAGGAGGGUAUUGAAUAUGAGUUCAGAGUCUAUGCAGAGAACAUUGUUGGUCUCAGCAAAGCCAGCAAACUGAGUGAAAUGCAAGUGGCCAGAGAUCCUUGUGACAGACCAGGAAAACCAGAGGCUGUCAUUGUGACAAGAAACCAAGUGACACUCAGAUGGACCAAACCUGAGUAUGACGGCGGCAUCAAGAUCACAGGCUAUGUGGUUGAGAAGAAGGAAGGAGCCGGCCGCUGGAUGAAGGCUAGUUUCGCCAACGUCAUUGAAACUAAAUUUGUUGUCACAGGACUUACUGAAGAUCAGACUUAUGAGUUUCGUGUCAUCGCCAGGAAUUCAGCAGGCGUCUCCAGCAAGCCCUCUGAUACCACUGGAACCAUCACUGCUAAGGAUGAGGUGGAUCCACCCAAGAUUGACUUAGAAGCUAAGUACACCCAGGCUGUGGUGGUAAAUGCUGGAGAGACAUUCAGGCUCGAGGCUGGUAUCUAUGGUAAGCCUGUGCCCAUAGUACACUGGCUGAAGGAGGGCCAAGAGAUUUCUGAAGCAGCACGCCUAGAGCUCAAGAACACAGACUUUACAACUUGCCUAAUAGUUAAAGAAGCUAUCCGUGUUGAUGGAGGUCAAUACACUUUGCUGGUAAAGAAUGUUGGAGGAGAGAAAUCUGUCAACAUAAAUGUCAAGGUCCUGGACAGACCAGGUCCACCUGAUGGCCCAAUCUCCAUCUAUGGGGUCGCCAAUGAGAAAUGCUCCAUUGCCUGGAAAUCUCCCCUGCAAGAUGGAGGUAGCGAUGUUUCUCAUUACAUUGUUGAGAGGAGGGAAACCAGCCGACUGGUUUGGACUGUAGUUGAACAAAAAGUUCAGACAUUGAACCUGAAGAUCACAAAACUUCUUCCUGGUAAUGAGUACAUCUUCAGAGUGAUUCCGGUCAACAAAUACGGAGUUGGUGAGCCUCUGGAAUCUGAGCCGAUGAUUGCCAAAAAUCCAUUCGUCACUCCCAGCUCACCAACAGAGGUAGAAGUCUCCACAAUCACCAAAGACUCAAUGGUGGUGACCUGGGAUAGACCAACUAAUGAUGGUGGCAACCCUAUUCAGGGAUACAUUGUUGAGAAACGUGACAAGGACGGUGUAAGAUGGACAAGAUGCAACAAGCGCACAGUGAGUGAGCUGCGCUUUAGAGUGACAGGGCUCCUAGAAAACCACAGCUAUGAAUUCAGAGUUUCUGCUGAAAAUGCUGCAGGUGUUGGUACACCUAGUGCACCAACAGUGUAUUACAAAGCAUUGGAUCCUAUCUUCAAAGCAGGCCCACCAAACAACCCCAAGGUGGUUGACACAUCAAGGUCCACUGUUUCCCUGACAUGGGGCAAACCCAUCUAUGAUGGUGGCUGUGAAAUUCAGGCUUACAUUGUUGAGGCCUGCAAUGCAGCAGCUGAUGAGUGGUUUAUGUGCACUCCUCCAACUGGAAUCACAGACACCAAGUUUACAGUGAAAAAGCUUCUGGAAAAGCACGAAUACCAAUUCAGAGUGUGCGCCAUCAACAAAGUUGGUGUUGGGGAGCAUGCUGAUAUUCCAGGAAAAAUUCUGCUGGAGGAAAAGCUUGAGGCUCCUGAUCUUGAAUUGGAUGCUGAUAUGAGAAAGAUGAUCAACAUUAGAGCAGCAUGCACUCUCCGGCUGUUUGUUCCUGUGAGAGGCCGUCCAGCUCCUGAGGUGAAAUGGGGCAAGGCAGAGGGCGAGAUUAAGGAGACUGCCCAGAUUGAUAAUACAGGCAGCUAUGCUUCACUUGUCAUUGAGAAUGUGGACAGAUUUGACACUGGCAAGUACACCCUGACUGCAGAGAAUGCCAGCGGAGUAAAGUCAGUCUUCAUCAGUGUCAGAGUCUUGGAUUCACCUGGUCCACCAGCUAACUUCUUGGUGAAAGAGAUUACCAAGAAUUCCGUCACUCUCACAUGGGAGCCUCCACAUCUGGAUGGCGGCUCAAAGAUAAAGCAUUAUAUUGUUGAGAAGCGUGAGAGCACAAGGAAAGUUUAUUCUCCCAUCACAACCUGCAACAAGAUGACAUGGAAGGUUGAGCCUCUUCCAGAGGGUGGACUCUUCUUCUUCAGAGUCCUGGCUGAGAAUGAAUACGGUGUGGGUCUCCCUGCUAAAACUAUAGACCCAAUUAAGAUAUCUGAAAAGCCUCAGCCACCUGGUAAAGUCAGUGUUGUUGACGUCACUUGUAGCACUGUAACUCUCAGCUGGGAAAAGCCUGAACAUGAUGGCGGCAGUAGGGUCAGUUACUAUGAAGUUGAAUUGGCACCUAAGGACAGUGAAACUUGGUCUCUGUGCUCUAGUGGGAAAGCACUGGAGACUGUAGUGACAAAUCUGCUCAAGGGAGAGGAGUACCAGUUCAGAGUUGUUGCUGUAAAUGAGAAGGGCAAAAGUGACCCAAGACAACUAGCUCAAUCAGUUGUAGCCAAGGACCUUGUGAUUGAGCCUUCUGUUAGACCCCCAGUGAGCACCUACAGUGUCCAGGUGGGCUAUGAUCUUAAGAUUGAGGUCCCAGUUGCUGGUCAUCCAAAGCCAACCAUCACUUGGACCAAGGAUGGAGCAGCCCUUAAGCAGACCACCAGAGUCAAUGUCACCGACUCAGUACGUCACACCACUCUCACCAUAAAGGAUGCUACCAGAGAGGAUGGAGGCAUGUACAGCAUCAAUAUCGUCAAUUCCCUGGGUUCCAAGGAUGCCACUAUUGAGGUGAUUACCCUGGACAAGCCAGGCCCACCUACGGGCCCUGUCAAAUUGGAGGAUGUCAGUGCUGAAAGUCUUACUCUUAACUGGGAACCUCCUACAUAUACAGGUGGUUGCCCAAUAUCCAACUAUGUGGUUGAGAAGAGAGACACAACAACUACCAACUGGGUGGUCGUAUCUGCCACUGUGGCAAGGACCACGCUAAAAUUGAGCAAUCUGAAGACAGGCAGUGAAUACCAGUUCAGAAUCUAUGCUGAGAACAGAUAUGGAAAGAGUUAUGCAAUUGAUUCUGAGCCUGUUGUGGCUCAGUAUCCGUUCCAGGAGCCUGGCCCACCAGGAACACCAUUUGUGUCUACAUACUCUAAAGACUAUAUGCUGGUUGAGUGGCACAAACCCCCAUCUGAUGGAGGCAGUGCCAUUUUGGGCUACCAUCUUGAGAGAAAGGAGAAGAACAGUAUCCUCUGGACCAAGAUCAACAAAAUGCUCAUCCAAGACUGCAGGUUCAAAUCUACUCCUCUUGAAGAAGGCAUUGAGUAUGAGUACAGAGUCUAUGCUGAGAAUAUUGUUGGCAUCGGAAAAUGCAGCAAAGUCUCUGAGGUUUAUGUAGCACGUGACCCAUGUUAUCCUCCUGGCCGUCCUGAGGCUCUGAUUGUGACCAGGCACUCAGUGAAGCUAAAGUGGACCGCUCCAGAGUACAAUGGUGGAAGCUUAAUUACUGGCUAUGUAGUGGAGAAACGUGACCUUCCUGAGGGAAAAUGGAUGAAGGCCAGCUUUGCAAACGUCAUUGAACAUGAGUUUACAGUUACUGGCCUGACGGAAGACAGUAAAUAUGAUUUCAGAGUAAUUGCAAGGAAUGCAGCUGGUGCUGUCAGCAAGCCCUCUGAGAGCACAGGAUCCAUCACAGCCAAUGAUGAACUGGACCCACCUAAGUGUGAGACGGAUCCCAUGUACAACCAGACCAUUGUUAUCAAUGCUGGAGAGACUUUCAGUCUGGAGGCUAGUGUGGAAGGAAAGCCCAUCCCCACAGCUCAGUGGUUCAAGGGAAAUGUUGAAGUUGAAAACUCAGCAAGAGCUGAGAUCAAAAACACAGAUUUUAAGGCUUUGCUCGUUGUGAAGGAUGCCAUCAGAGUGGAUGGUGGACAGUACACACUGGUUCUGACUAAUGUGGCUGGAACCAAGACUGUCCCAUUCAGUGUGAAGGUCCUGGAUAGACCAGGCCCCUCAGAGGGACCUCUUACCGUCAGCAAUGUCACUGAGGAAAAGUGCUCCCUGUCAUGGCUGCCCCCCAGGCACGAUGGAGGAGCCAGCAUUUCUUACUACACCAUUCAGAAGAGAGAAACAAGCCGCCUGGCAUGGACUCUAGUCUCCAGUGACUGUGGAGCUACCAUGUUCAAGGUUACCAAAUUGUUGAAGGGCAAUGAGUACAUCUUCAGAGUCAUGGCUGUCAACAAAUAUGGCACAGGUGAGCCUCUUGAAUCAGUGCCAGUUAUCAUGAGAAAUCCAUUUGUUCCCCCUGGCUCACCUCAGGAGCUUGAGAUCACUAACAUUAUCAGAGAUUCCAUGACUGUCUGCUGGAACCGCCCUGAGACAACUGGAGGCAGUGAGAUUGUUGGUUACAUUGUUGAGAAGAGAGACAGAGCUGGAGUGAGAUGGACUAAGUGCAACAAACGCAGAGUGACAGACUUACGUUUCAGAGUGACAGGACUGACUGAGGACCAUGAAUAUGAAUUCAGGGUAUCUGCUGAGAAUGUAGCUGGAGUGGGUCAGCCAAGCCCAGCUACAUCCUACCUCAAAGCCUGUGACCCUUCCUUUGAACCGGGCUGUCCCUCCAAUGCUCAUGUGGUUGACGUGACUAAAGACACCAUCAGUCUUGCCUGGCACCGGCCUAUCUAUGAUGGUGGUUGUGAGAUUCAAGGAUAUGCUGUGGAAAUUACUAAGGCUGAUGAGGAGGAAUGGAGCAUAUGCACCCUGCCCUCUGGAGUUAAUGCUACCAAGUUCACCAUCACUAAGUUGAUAGAGCACCAGGAAUACAAGGUGCGCAUAUGUGCCAUCAACAAACUGGGUGUUGGAGAGCCCACCGAGAUCGAGGGAGUCGUGAAACCAUUGGAUAAGCUUGAUCCCCCAGAGAUGAUUCUGGAUGCCGAGCUCAGGAAGGGAAUAGUUGUCCGCGCAGGAGGCUCUAUGAAAAUCUGUAUUCCAUUCAAGGGCCAUCCUACUCCUGAGAUCAGCUGGGCCAAGGAGGAUGGAGCACUGCCCAGUAAAGCUCGGAUAGACUCUGGUGAAGAGUACUCUCAGCUCUCCAUUGACAUCUGUGACAAAUAUGAUGCUGGAAAAUACAUCCUCAAGUUGGAAAAUAGCGCUGGCACCAAAUCAGCCUUUGUUUCUGUUAAAGUUCUGGACACUCCAGGGGCCCCUCUGAAUCUGACAGUAAAAGACAUUAAGAGGGAAAGUGUCACUCUGACCUGGGAGCCUCCUAUUAUUGAUGGAGGUGCAAGAAUCAAGAAUUACCUGGUUGAAAAGCGUGAGUCUACCAGAAAUGUUUACUCUAACGUGGACAACAAGUGCACAAAGACAAGCUACCGUAUCACUGGCCUCACUGAGGGAAAUAUCUACUAUUUCAGAGUAUUAGCGGAGAAUGAGUUUGGUGUUGGACAGCCAGCUGAGACAGAGGACUCAGUUAAGACCUCUGAGCCUCCUCUAUCAGUUGGUAAAGUCACUUUGACUGAAGUGACCAAAACCUCUGCCUCCUUCUCCUGGGAGAAGCCAGACCAUGAUGGAGGCAGCAGGAUCAUGGGCUACUACAUUGAGAUGCAACCUGUGGGUACAGAAGAAUGGGUGGUGGCCGCCACAACCAAAGCUUGUGAGGGCACUGUCACAAGCUUAAGUGCGGGGCAUGAGUACCUGUUUAGAGUGUCAGCUUUCAAUGAAAAGGGAAAGAGUGACCCCAGGGCUCUGGCAGCACCAGUCACUGCUAAAGAUGUAACUAUCAAGCCUGGAUUCAAGAUGGCAUUCAACACUUACAGCUUACAGAGUGGUGAGGAUCUGAAGAUUGAGAUUCCAGUGCUUGGGCGCCCUGUUCCCAAGGUUGAAUGGAAGAAGGAUGGACAAGCUCUUAAGGAGACAACUAGACUAAAUGUAUCCAGCACACUGUCAUCUGCGAAGCUGUGCAUCAAGGAUGCAAAUAAGGGAGACUCUGGUAAAUACACCAUCACAGCCACCAGCAGUGUUGGAACAGCUACAGAGGAGAUUACUGUAAUUAUUCUUGAAAAGCCUGGCCCACCCACAGGCCCUCUGAAGAUUGAGGAGGUGAGCUCUAAUUAUGUCAACCUAUCCUGGGAGCCACCAGAGUAUACUGGAGGCUGUCAGAUCAACAACUACAUUGUGGAGAAGAGAGAUACCACAACGACAGCAUGGCAGAUUGUGUCUGCUACUAUUGCCAGAACAACCAUCAAAGUCACCAACUUAAAGACUGGAACUGAGUAUCAAUUCAGAGUGUCAGCUGAGAAUAGAUAUGGAAAGAGUUCUGCCAUUGUCUCUUCUAAUGUUAUUGCUCAGUAUCCAUUUAGCGAGCCUGCUGCUCCGGGAACACCAAUUGUUUCUGCUGCAACAAAGGAAAACAUGGUUGUUGAGUGGAAAGCUCCCACCAACAACGGAGGCAGCCCAGUUCUAGGCUAUCACCUCGAGAGAAAGGAGAAGAACAGCCUCUUGUGGACUAAACUCAACAAGCUUCUAAUCCCAGACACACGUUUCAAGACUUCAGAGCUGGAAGAAGGUAUUGAGUAUGAAUUCAGAGUUUAUGCCGAGAACAUUGCUGGACUCAGUCCAGUUAGCAAGGUGUCUGAGAGCACAGUAGCCAGGGACCCCUGUGACCCACCAGGCACUCCUGAGGCCAUUCAAAUUACCAGAAAUCAUGUGACGCUACGGUGGACAAGGCCACAGUAUGAUGGAGGCAGUGCCAUCACUGGCUAUCUGAUUGAGAGGAAGAAGCACCCAGAUACCCGCUGGAUGAAGGCCAGCUUCACCAACAUCAUUGAUACCCAGUACACUAUCACUGGCCUGACUGAGGACUGUGUUUAUGAGUACAGAGUCAUUGCCAGGAACGCUGCUGGAAUUUCCAGCCGUCCUUCUCAGAGCACAGGAGAGAUUACUGCCAAAGAUGAAAUUGAGGCUCCAGACGCAACCUUGGAUUCUAAAUUCAAGGAUCUGACUGUUGUUAGUGCUGGUGAGACAUUUGUCAUUGAUGCCGACUAUACUGGAAAGCCUCUGCCUGAAGUAAUUUGGUUAAAGGAUGGAAAAGAGGUUGACAAUGCCACACCAAGAAUGGAGGUCAAGACCACCCUCACACGUACCAUUCUGACAGUCAAGGAUUGCAUCAGAGUGGAUGGUGGACACUUUUCCCUCAAACUUGUCAAUGUAGGAGGAAUCAAGAUGGUCCCAGUUAAUGUUAAAGUUCUGGAUAGACCUGGUCCUCCAGAUGGCCCACUAGAAGUCAAAGGGGUCAGAGCGGAGAAAUGUUAUCUGCACUGGAACCAUCCCUCACAUGAUGGUGGAGCCAGCAUCUCCCACUACAUCAUUGAGAAGAGAGAGACCAGUCGUUUGUCAUGGACUGUGGUUGAGCCCAAGAUCCAGGCCAUCAGCUACAAAAUCACCAAACUGCUGCCUGGCAAUGAAUACAUCUUUAGAGUUACAGCUGUGAAUAAAUAUGGUGUUGGUGAGCCUUUGGAAUCUGAGCCUGUUAUUGCUCGUGAUCCUUUCACCCCUCCCAGUGCCCCCUCCACCCCUGAGACCAGCGCUAUCACAAGAGACUCCAUUGUGCUUACAUGGGAGAGACCAGAGCAUAAUGGAGGAGCUGAGAUUGAAGGAUAUAUCCUUGAAAAACGUGAUAAAGAUGGCAUCAGAUGGACUAAGUGCAAUAAGAAGAGACUGAGUGACCUGAGAUUCAGAUGCACUGGCCUCACAGAGGGCCACUCCUAUGAAUUCAGGAUCUCAGCUGAAAACGCUGGUGGUGUGGGAAAGCCUAGUGCACCAACUGAAUACAUCAAAGCCUGUGAUGCCAUUUAUCCACCAGGAUCUCCAAAUAACCCCAAAGUCACCAGCCAUUCAAGCUCCACAGUUUCCCUGUCCUGGACCAGGCCUAUUUAUGAUGGUGGAGCUCAGAUAAGCGGAUAUGUUGUUGAAAUGAAGGAGGCAGCAGAUGAUGAGUGGAUCACUUGCACACCACACACUGGUGUUCAGGCCACUCACUACACUGUAAAGCAUCUGAAGGAGAAUGCGGAGUACAACUUCCGCAUCUGUGCCAUUAACUGUGAGGGAGUAGGAGAGCAUGUGGACCUGCCUGGUUCUGUGAUCGCUGCAGAGAAGCUUGAGGCUCCUGAAAUUGAACUGGAUGCUGACCUAAGGAAGAUGGUCAAUGUUCGUGCCAGCGCGACCUUGCGUCUGUUUGUGACAAUCAGAGGAAAGCCAGAGCCUGAGGUCAGAUGGUCAAAGGCCGAUGGCACUUUGAAUGAGCGUGCCCAGAUUGAAGUCACAAGCUCUUACACCAUGCUGGUGAUCGAGAAUGUCGAUAGAUUCGACACUGGCAAAUAUGUUCUGAACCUUGAGAACCUCAGUGGUUCUAAAUCAGCCUUCAUCAAUGUCAGAGUUCUGGACUCCCCCAGCGCUCCUACCAACCUGGGGGUUAAGGAUGUGAAGAGAACUUCUGUCUCUCUGUCCUGGGAGCCUCCUUCAAUAGAUGGUGGGGCCAAGAUAUCGCACUAUAUUGUGGAGAAGAGGGAGCAGAAGAGAAUGGCUUUCACUAGUGUUUGCACCAACUGUGUGAGGAACUCUUACAUGAUUUCUGACCUGCAGGAGGGAGGCCGAUACUAUUUCCGUGUGUUGGCUGUGAAUGAGCUCGGAGUAGGUCUGCCCGCCUCAACAGAUCAAGUCAAGGUGGCUGAGGCUCCUUUGCCUCCUGGGAAGAUUGUUGUUGUUGACGUAACUCGUCAUACAGUCUCUCUUUCCUGGGAGAAACCUGAUCAUGAUGGAGGCAGCAAGAUUACAAACUUUAUUGUUGAGAUGCAGCCCAAAGGAGAUGACAAAUGGUCAGUGUGCAGUGAAGUCAAAGCACUGGAGGCUACUAUUGGUGGACUAACAACUGGAGAAGAAUAUUCCUUCAGGGUGACUGCUGUGAAUGAUAAGGGAAAGAGUGAUGCGAAGCCUCUGGCUACCCCUGUGGUUGUAAAGGACAUCACGAUGGAGCCCAUUGUCAACCUGUUGUACGACACAUACAGUGUAAAAGCAGGAGAUGACCUGAAGAUUGAUAUUCCCUUCAGAGGCAGACCUCAGCCUGAAGUGUCCUGGAAAAAGGACGGCCAAGUGCUUAAGCAGACAACAAGGGUCAAUGUUCUUACUUCCAAGACUUCAUCCAAGAUUGUCAUCAAGGAUGCCACCAAGGAGGAUGUAGGAAAGUAUGUGAUUACUCUGACAAACGCAGUUGGCACCAACACAGCUGAAAUUUCUGUUAUAGUCCUGGACAAACCUGGCCCACCUAGCAAUAUUAAGAUGGAUGAGGUGAGUGCCGACUCCAUCUCUCUGUCUUGGGAUCCUCCAACCUAUGAUGGAGGAUGCCAAAUUAACAACUAUGUUGUGGAAAAGAGAGACACUACCACAACCUCAUGGCAGAUUGUCUCAGCCACAGUAGCCAGGACAUCAAUCAAGGUGUCUCGUCUCACUCAGGGAACAGAGUAUCAGUUCCGUAUUGCAGCUGAGAACCGUUACGGCAAGAGCUCUGCCGUUGACUCUACUCCUGUUAUUGCUCAGUAUCCCUUCGAUCCUCCUGGCCCUCCAACCAACGUCCAUGUUUCCCAUGCCACCAAGUAUGGCAUGCUCGUGGUAUGGGGCAGACCUGCCAGUGAUGGUGGCAGCCCUGUAAUUGGUUAUCACAUUGAAUGCAAAGACCAAAGCAGUAUCCUGUGGACCAAGGUCAACAGAGGUCUGCUGGCUGAGAACCAGUUUAAAAUGACAGGCAUUGAAGAAGGCCUGCAUUAUCAGUUCAGAGUCUAUGCUGAGAAUAUGGCUGGAAUUGGUCCAUGCACUAAGGCCAGUGACCCAGUGGCAGCUAGGGAUCCAUGUGAAUCUCCACGUAAUCUUAGAGUCACCAACAUUACCAGGAACUCAGUUUCCCUCUUCUGGGAGAAGCCAGAGUAUGAUGGCGGAAUAAAGGUAACUGGGUACAUUGUUGAGCGAAAAGAACUUCCCAAUGGCCGCUGGCUGAAAUGCAACUUCACCAACCUGCAAGACACCUACUUCGAUGUCACAGGCCUCACAGAAGAUGUCCAAUAUGAGUUCCAUGUUAUCACUAAGAAUUCUGCAGAGCUGUUGAGUGCUCCCUCAGAGAGCACUGGUCCUGUCACAGUCAAGGAUGAUGUGGACCCGCCCACUAUUAUCCUGGAAGAAAAGUUUAGACAGCUGGUUGUCAUUAAGGCUGGAGAUAUCAUUCGAAUUGAUGCUGAAAUCACGGGCCGUCCACUCCCAGUUGUAUCAUGGUCUAAGGAUGGAAAGGACAUUGAGGAGAAGGCCAGGUGUGAAGUCACCUCCACCAAUUUCACAACUACACUGAUUGUCAGAGACGCUAUCAGGAGGGACUCUGGCCAAUAUGUCCUGACCUUGCACAAUGUGGCAGGAACCAGGUCUGUGGCUAUCAACUGUAAAGUUCUGGACAGUCCUGGACCUGCCUCCGGACCAUUGGCAGUAUCUGGCCUGACAGGCGAGAAAUGCACCAUAAACUGGGGCCCCCCACAGGAGAACGGUGGUGCUGAAAUCAUGCACUACAUUGUUGAGAAACGCGAGACCAGUCGCCUCACCUGGACUCUUGUCUAUAGUGACAUGAAGGCAACAACCUGUAAAGUGACCAAGCUGCUCAAAGGAAAUGAGUACAUCUUCAGAGUCAGGGGAGUCAACAAAUACGGGGAUGGUGAGGCCCUGGAGAGUGAGCCGACAAAGGCCAGGGAUCCAUUCACUGUGCCUGCCUCUCCCACUAAUGUACAAGUCACAUCAAUUACAAGUGAGGCAAUGACCAUCUGUUGGGAAAGACCAGUUUCUGAUGGUGGCAGCAGUAUCUCUGGGUACGUCAUUGAAAAGCGAGAGAAGAUUGGCCUUCGCUGGUGCCGUGUCAACAAGAAACCUGUUUAUGACCUCAGAGUCAAAGCCUCACACCUCCGUGGGGGCGCUGAGUAUGAGUACAGAGUGUUUGCAGAGAACUGUGCGGGCCUCAGUGCUCCAAGCGUUGCUUGCCCACUCACAAAGGCUGAAGACCCACUGUUCCUGCCUUCACCUCCUGCUAAGCCAAAGAUCAUCGACUCUACAAAGACAUCAGUCACCCUGUCAUGGAAUAAGCCACUAUUUGAUGGUGGAUCACCUGUGACUGGUUACAGAGUCAAAUACAGGAAUACUUUAGAUGAUGAAUGGAUUACUGGAGUCCAGAAUACCAAGAACACAGAGUUUACAGUGGUGGGAUUGACACCUGGGGCUGAAUAUGUGUUUGUUGUCAAGUCCAUUAACAAGAUUGGAGCCAGUGAGCCCAGUCCUGAGUCAGACAAACAGGUUGCCAAAAAAAGAGAGGAGGAGCCAAUCUUUGAUAUCAGCAACGAAAUGAGAAAGACUCUUAUUGUGAAGGAUGGUAGCUCAUUCACCAUGACAGUACCCUUCAGAGGCAAACCCAUCCCCAGUGUUACAUGGACUAAGCCUGAUAUUGACCUUAGAGUUCGUGCUGUCAUUGACACCACAGACACCUUCACCUCCAUCACCUUAGAGAAAGCAACUCGCAAUGACUCUGGCAAAUACACCGUAACCUUGUCAAGCAUAGCUGGAACCUCCACCUUGACACUCAAUGUCAGAGUCUUGGAUUCCCCUGGACCUCCAUCCCAUAUAGAGGUCAAGGACGUGACCAAGACCUCUGCUACUGUAACCUGGGACACUCCUGAGAAUGAGGGAGGAGGACCAGUCAAGAACUACCUUGUUGAUAUCCGUGAGGCCAGCAAAAAAGGCUGGACCAGGUUGACUGACACUUGCAACAGACUGACAUACAAGGUGAUGGACUUGCUGGAGGGAGGAGUCUACUUCUUCAGAGUGACAGGCGAGAAUGAGUACGGUGUUGGUGUUUCUGCUGAGACCAAAGAGGCAACCAAGAUCACAGAAAAACCAAGCCCACCACCAAAGCUGGGUGUGACUGAUGUUACCAAGGAGAGUGUGUCCCUGGUCUGGGCCAAACCAGAACAAGACGGAGGCAGCAGAAUUACUGGAUACCUGGUGGAAGCUCUGGAAAAAGGCCAGGAGAAGUGGGUUAAGUGUGGUGUGACCAAGUCCAUCCACCUCACAGUGUCUGGUCUGAGGGAGAAUGCUGAGUACUUCUUCAGAGUCAGAGCUGAGAACCACGCUGGCUUCAGUGAUAUUAAAGAAAUGCUCACCCCUGUGGCGGUCAAAGACCAGCUCGAAUCUCCUGAUAUCAUCAUGAAGGACUUCCCCCAUAACACAGUGUAUGUUAGAGCCGGCUCCAACCUCAAGUGUGAGAUCCCACUGACAGGCCGGCCUUUGCCUAAAGUCUCCCUGUCGAAGGAUAACGUGCUGCUGAAGUCAACAAUGAGGUUUAACUCUGAAGUCACCCCUGACAGCAUCAAAAUCAUUUUGCGUGAGAGCAUUGCUGGAGACUCAGGACGCUACAAUAUCACUGCCUCCAACUCAAGUGGAACCACCAAAACCUUUAUUAAUAUAAUGGUUCUGGACCGCCCCAGUGCUCCAGUUGGACCUGUGGAGCUGUCUGACGUCACUGAGGACAGCGUGACCCUGAAUUGGCUCCCACCGGUAUAUGAAGGCGGCAGUGCCAUCACCAACUACAUCAUCCAGAAGAGAGAGACAACCACAGCCAACUGGAUGGAUGUCUCUUCUGCUGUGGCCCGCUGCACCAUGAAGAUCAUGAAGCUAACCACUGGCCUGGAGUACCAGUUCAGAAUCAGGGCUGAGAACAGAUAUGGAAUCAGCGAGCACAUUGACUCGCCAACUGUCACUGUUAGCCUUCCUUACACUAUUCCUGAAGCUCCAUCAACUCCUGAGAUCACUGGUGUUACCAGGGAGACGAUCACUGUAGCCUGGAAGGAGCCUAAGUCAGAUGGCGGCAGCCAUGUGUUUGGCUACCAUCUCCAGAUGAAAGACAGGAACAGCAUCCUUUGGCAGAGAGUCAACAAAAUGGUGAUCCGUGCAACACACUUCAAGGUCACAAACAUCAAUGCUGGACUUAUUUACGAGUUCAAGGUAGCAGCGGAGAACGCUGCUGGAAUCAGUGCCUUCAGCAACAUUUCGGAUGCAGUGCUGGCUAUUGAUGCCUGUGAGCCACCCACCAAUGUUCGUAUAAAUGACAUCACCAAGAACUCCAUUAGCCUGGUCUGGCAGAGGCCCAACUACGAUGGCGGAUCCCCAAUCACAGGUUACAUUAUUGAGAAGAGAGAGGGCGUUGGUGCCAGGUGGACCAAGACAAACCUCACUAAUGUCUCAGAAACCCGCUACGCUGUGACUGGCCUAACCCAGGACGAGACCUACGAGUUUAGAGUAAUGGCCAAGAAUGCCGUUGGCUCAGUAAGCAACCCAUCCAUGACCGCUGGACCAGCCACAUGUGUGGACACCUACGGUGCCCCAGAGAUUGAAAUACCUCAAGAGUACUUCAGCGAGGUCAAGCACAUGGCUGAAUCUAAUGUGCACCUCAAGUUUAAUAUCACAGCCAAACCUGCUCCCACUAUCGAGUGGUUUAAGGAUGGCAGAGAGCUUGAGCCUUCUGCCCAGCUCUCUUUCAAACACACAUUCGAGUCUACCUGUGUGUUCCUGAAGGACACCACUCGUCUUAACUCUGGACUAUAUGAGGUCAAGGUGAAGAACUCCCUGGGAACUGCAAGUGGCAUUGUCAGGCUGCUCAUUCAAGACAAGCCAGGCCCCCCUGCUGGAGAGAUUCAGUUUAAGAAGGUGACGGCCGACAACAUCACCAUCAUGUGGUCCCCGCCUGCUGACGAGGGCGGUGCCAUGGUAACGCAUUAUAUUGUGGAAAAGAGGGAGACCAGCAGGGUCAUGUGGUCCAUUAUCUCUGAGAAGUUGGUCGACUGCAUUGUUAACGUGCCCAGACUCAUCCAAGGCAAUGAGUACAUCUUCAGAGUCCGUGGAGUCAACAAGUAUGGCAUUGGAGACCCACUGGAGUCUGAACCUAUAAUCGCAAAGAACUCAUUUGUUGCUCCUAGCGAGCCAUCCAAGCCUAAAGUGACUAUGAUCACCAAGUCCACCAUGACAGUGAUCUGGGAAAGACCGGCGUUGGAUGGAGGCAGCGACAUCGAUGGCUACUACCUGGAGAAGAGGGAGAAGAAGAGUCUUCAGUGGUUCAAGGUGGUGAAGGGCACCAUCAGAGACACCAGGCAGAAAGUCACCAACCUGUCGGAGAACAACGAGUACCAGUACAGAGUUUGUGCUGUCAACAAGGCUGGAGCAGGAAACUACUCUGAGGCUUCUGACCUCUACAAGGCCUAUGACCCCAUCGAUCUGCCUGGUGAGCCAUCCAAGCUGCGUGUGGUCGACUCCACAAAGACCUCCAUCACCCUCGGCUGGGAGAAGCCCGUCUAUGAUGGCGGCAGUGAAGUCACACACUACAUUCUGGAACAAAUGAACACAGAGGAAAGAGAAUGGGUGACCAUCAACCCACAGGUCAAGACCUGUGAGUAUGUGGUGUCUCACCUCAAACCAGGAACCUACUACUUCUUCAGAGUCUCUGCUGUCAACUGCAAGGGCAAAGGAGAAGACAUCAAAAUGUACCAGCCUGUGCAAGCCAAAGAUAUUUUGGAGGAGGCUGAUUUGGACUUGGACGUUCCCAUGAAGACCCAGUACACAGCCAGGGCCGGCCGUGAUGUGGAAGUGUUUAUCCCCCUGAAGGGACGCCCCACCCCCAAUGUGACAUGGCGCCGCGGCGACCGCAACAUCGCUGGUGACAACUGCUACACCAUCACCAGCACUGAGCGAGCCACCACACUCCUCAUCCCAAAGGUCACCCGCGAUGACCGCGGCAAGUACCUGCUGGAGAUUGAGAAUGGCGUGGGAGAACCCAAGAUAAUCACAGUUUCCCUGAAGGUUCUGGACAGUCCAGCCACCUGCCAGAAACUGAUGGUCAAGAACGUGACAAGAGGAAAGCUGACCCUCAGCUGGGAGGCUCCUCUCAUUGAAGGCGGUUCCCCUGUCACUCAUUACAUUGUGGAGAAGAAGACCUCCACCAUGAAGGCUUACCAGGUGAUCAAUGCCGAGUGUGCGAACACAACUUACAAGGUGACAGGCCUGGAGGAGAAUGUAGCUUACUUCUUCCGUGUGUCUGCUGAAAAUGAGUAUGGUGUGGGCGACACCUGCGAAACCUCUGAACCUGUGAGAGCCACGGAGACUCCUGGAGCUGUAAAGAACCUGGUGAUGGCGGACUCUACAAAGAACUCUGUUACCCUGCAGUGGACUAGACCUGACCAUGAUGGCGGCAGCCACAUCACUGAAUACAUCAUUGAGAAGAGAACCGCAGAGGAUCCCACCUGGACUUUGGGAGCGACAUGCAAGCGCUUGAGCUGUGAGGUGACGGGACUUAAGGAGAACGCUGUCAUGGACUUCAGAGUGUUUGCCAAGAAUGAAAAGGGCAACAGUGACUUCUCCAUGAUUGGUGAUAUCACGGUGAAGGACUUCAUCAUUCCACCCGAGGCCAGUCUCAGUGACUACCCCAAUGGCGAUCUUGCUGUUCGUAUCGGUCAGAACAUCCACAUCGAGUUGCCCUUCAAGGGUAAACCAAGACCUGCCAUCAGCUGGCUAAAGGAUAACUUGCCUUUGAAGGAAAGUGAUAAGAUUCGCUUCAGGACUACUGACAACAAGACCGCAGUCACAGUCAGAGGAGCCAAGAAGGAGAAUGCCGGCCAGUACACCUUGGUUCUGGACAACAGAGUCAUAAAGAACUACUUUGAUAUCAAUGUGAUCACUAUGGGUCCCCCUUCAGUGCCUGUUGGACCCAUCCGCUUUGAUGAAAUUAAAGCCCAGAGUAUCAUAAUUUCCUGGGAUGAGCCGAAGGAUGACGGAGGUGGUGAGAUCACCUGCUACAGCGUGGAGAAACGUGAGACUUCUCAGUCCAACUGGAAGAUGGUCUGCUCCAGUGUUGUCAGGGCCUCCUUCAAGAUUCCCAACCUUGUAAAGGGAACUCAGUACCAGUUCAGAGUCCGUGCAGAGAACAAGUAUGGAGUCAGUGAAUCACUCAGCUCCUCAGACAUUGUUGCCCAGCACCAGUACAAACCUCCAGGGCCACCAGCAAAGCCAGUGGCCUUCAACGUCACCAGUGAUGGUAUGACCAUCAGGUGGGAGGCCCCAGGCUUCGAUGGAGGUUCCCCCAUUCUGGGCUAUCAUGUUGAAAAGAAGGACAGGAACAGCCUCUUGUGGCAGAAAGUGAACUCCAUCAUCAUCUCCAACAAUGAGUACAGGAUCAUUGGUCUCAUGGAGGGCCUGGAGUACUCCUACAGAGUCUACGCUGAGAAUAACGCCGGACUCAGCCCUGUUAGUGAACAGAGCAAACAUGCGCUCGCUAUCUCCCCUGUUGAUCCACCUGGCAACCCUGUCUGCAUUGAUGUAACCAGAGACUCAGUCACCCUGCGGUGGGACAUCCCCAAGAAGGACGGUGGCAGCAAAAUUGUUGCCUACAGUGUCGAGAGGCGCCAAGGCAGAGGCAAAUGGCUGAGAUGCAACUUCAUUGAUAUCUGCGAGACCCAGUUCACUGUGACUGGCCUGUCCGCUGGAGACAGAUUUGAGUUCAGAGUCAUUGCCAGGAAUGCUGUGGGCACAGUCAGUCCGCCAUCUAACUCCUCUGGAUACAUAAUGACUAAGGAUGAGAGCAUUUCUCCUGAGAUCGAGUGGUCUCCAGACCAGGUGCUCACGCUGAAGGCUGGCGAGAACAUUAAGCUCAACUGCAGCAUCACUGGACGUCCCGUCCCCCAGGUUGUCUGGUAUAAGGAUGGCAAAGAGAUUGACAAGAGGACCAUGUAUGACAUCGAGAUUACCACCGGCAUUGGCACCAGCAGUCUUUUUGUUCGUGAUGCUGACAGGGACCACCGUGGCAUCUACACCAUAGAGGCCAAGAACAACUCGGGUACCAGGAAAGCUGAUGUCAACGUCAGAGUACAAGACACCCCCGGACCUGUUGAUGGUCCGAUCCGUUUCACCGGUAUCACAGCUGAGAAGUGCACCGUGUGGUGGAACCCGCCAGAAAACGACGGCUGUGCUGCCAUUACCCAAUAUGUGGUGGAGAAGAGGGAGACAUCCAGGAUCUCCUGGGCCUUGGUUACUUCCAAAUGCGAAGCCUGUUCUUACAAUGCUGCCAACCUCAUCAAGGGCAAUGAAUACCAGUUCAGAAUCUCUGCUGUCAACAAGUUUGGUGUUGGCAAACCACUGGACUCUGAUCCCAUCAUUGCACAGAUGCAAUACACUGUACCUGAUGCCCCUGGUACCCCAGAUGCCACCCAUGUGACUGGAAACAGCAUCACUGUGUGCUGGACCAGGCCGAGGACCGAUGGAGGUAAUGAGAUCAAACACUACAUCCUGGAGAGGAGAGAGAAGAAGAGCCUGCGCUGGGUGAAAGUGUCCUCCAAGAGGCCCAUCACUGAGCUAAGACACCGUGUCAUCAACCUCACCGAGGGCAACGAGUACGAGUUCCGCGUCAUGGCUGAAAAUGGUGCUGGAAUGGGACCUGCCAGCAGUACUUCCAGGCUCUUCAAAUGCAAGGAACCAACCAGUGCUCCAAGUGCCCCCACAUUAAUUAAGGUCACUGACUCCACCAAGUCCUCUGUCACCCUGGAGUGGACCAAGCCAGUCUUCGAUGGUGGCUUGGAAAUCAUUGGCUACAAUAUCGACAUGUGCAAGGCCAGUCUGGAGGAGUGGCACAGAGUCAAUAACCAGCUUUGCAUCGACACCAGAUACACUUCCAAGGGAUUGGUGCCUGGAGAGCUCUACAAGUUCCGGGUCAGUGCUGUGAACGGAUCCGGAGAGGGCGACGCCUCAGUGCUGGCGAGUGCUGUUCAGACUCUGGACAGACUUACAUCUCCUGAGAUUGACAUUGAUGCCAACUUCAAGCAGACUCACAUCGUGAAGAACGGUGGCACUGUCAUUCUUCAAAUUGCUUUCCGCGGCAAACCAGCUCCUCUUGCCACCUGGUCUAAGAUAGAUGGUGAGCUGCCCGUCAUGGGUGAUAUAAAUACCACAGAUUCCUCCUCUACUCUAACCAUCGAGGGUUGCACUAGGUACGAAGCUGGCAAAUACGUCCUGUCCCUGGAGAACAACAGUGGGCGCAAGUCCAUCACAUUCACUAUCAAAGUGCUGGACACACCUGGACCUCCGGGAGCUAUCAGCUUUAAAGACGUUAUCCGCGGAGCCUUGACUGUUAUGUGGGAUGCCCCCACCAAUGACGGUGGAGCCCGAAUCCACCACUACAUUGUUGAUAAGCGCGAGGCCAGCCGCCUUGCCUGGCAGGAAGUCAGCACCAAGUGCUCUCGCCAGAUGAUUAGGGUGACUGGUCUGGAUAUUGGUGUGCCAUAUCUGUUCAGGGUGAUUGCUGUAAACCAGUAUGGCCAGGGAGAACCUCACGAGAUGACAGAGCCCAUCAUUGCCACAGAGGAACCUGCACCACCCAAGAGACUGGAUGUUGUUGACACCACAAACUCCACAGCCUCCCUGGUGUGGCUGAAGCCCGAGCAUGACGGAGGCAGCCGCAUCAGAGGCUACAUCGUUGAAUUAAGAGCUAAAGGCACCGACCGCUGGGUUGUUGGUGGAGAGACCAAAUCCCAGAAGAUGCUGUUGGAGGGUCUGAUUCAGAACACAGAGUAUGACUUCAGAGUCAAGGCCAAGAACGAUGCUGGAAUCAGUGAGCCUCAGGGCACCUUCAGCUCUGUGGUCAUUAAAGAGCCUUGCAUCGAACCAACUGCUGACCUCAGCAGCAUCACCAACCAGCUCAUCACCUGCAAGAUCUCCAACACUUUCACAAUUGAUAUCCCCAUUAGCGGCAGGCCUGCACCAAAGGUCACCUGGAAGCUGGAGGAGAUGAAGCUGAAGGAGACUGACAGAGUCUUAAUCAAAACCACAAAGGAGAGCACCACUUUGGUGGUAAAAGACAGCAAGAGAAGCGACAGCGGCAAGUACUACCUGACCCUGGAGAAUGCUGCAGGUGUGAAGACAUUCACUGUGACCGUGGCUGUUGUUGGUAGACCAACUCCACCCACGGGCCCUGUGGAAAUUUCUGGAGUCUCCUCAGAGUCCUGCAACCUGGCCUGGUCCGAGCCAGCUGACGAUGGCGGCACUGACAUCACCAACUACAUCGUGGAAAAACGAGAGUCCGGCUCUGCCUCUUGGCAAGUAGUUAACUCCAGUGUAAAGAGAACCACCAUCAAAGUGACUCACCUAACCAAGUAUAUGGAGUACACCUUCAGAGUCUGUGCCGAGAACAAGUUUGGAGUCAGCAAGUCCACUGAGUCUGCUUCUGUUGUGAUUGAGCAUCCAUUUGUUGCUCCGAGUCCUCCAACUCGUCCAGAUGUGGUAUCUGUGUCCGCUAACGCCAUCAGCAUCAAAUGGGACUUGCCUUAUGACGACGGUGGCAGCAAGGUGACGGGCUACUGGAUCGAGAAGAAGGAGAGAAACACCAUCCUGUGGGUGAGGGAGAACAAGCUGCCCUGCCCGGAGUGCCAUUACAAGGUGACCAGCCUCAUCGAGGGCCUUGAGUACCAGUUCAGGGUGUACGCCAUGAACAUCUCCGGAUUCAGCAAGGCCAGCGAGGCUUCCAGACCAGUGGUGGCGCUCAAUCCUGUUGAUCCUCCUGGUAAACCCGAGUUGACGGACAUCACCCGUUCCUCCGUGUCCUUGUGCUGGACCGUGCCGUUCAAUGACGGCGGCAGCAAGAUCGUUGGUUACGUGGUUGAGAGGAAAGUCUACAGCACAGAUGAGUGGGAUGACAACCGCUGGCUCAAGUGCAACUACACCACCAUCAGCGAGAACUACUUCACCGUUACCAACCUGGGAGAGGGGGAGACAUUCGAGUACCGCGUCAUUGCUAAGAAUGCCACCGGCGUUCACAGUGCACCCUCAGAGGUCAUCGGACCGGUCACAUGCAAGGAUGAAUACUCUCCUCCAAAAGCUGAGCUUGACAGCAAGCUGGUGGGUGAGACCGUCACAGUCCACGCCGGCUCAGACCUGGUCCUGGACGGCGCUGUGGGUGGUAAACCCGAGCCUACAGUGUACUGGUCGAAGGGCGACAAGAUUUUGGAGCUUGGGGAGAAAUACUCGCUGACCUACACCGCCACCAGAGCAAUGGCGGUUAUCAAGAGCUGCAACAGAUACGACACAGGCAGAUACAUCCUGACCGUCAAGAACGCCAGCGGAAUCAAGACCGCCGCCGUCAGCGUUAAAGUUCUGGACACUCCUGGAGCUCCGGCCGAUAAGAUCGCCAUCAGCAGAGUGACGGAGGAGAAGUGCACGGUGUCGUGGAAGAUUCCUCUGGAGGACGGUGGAGACACCGUCACCCAUUACAUCGUGGAGCGUCGCGAGACCAGCAGACUCAACUGGGUCAUCAUGGAGACCGAGUGCAAGCAGCUGUCCUGCGUCAGCUCCAGGCUGAUCAAGCACAACGAGUACGUCUUCAGAGUCAGAGGAGUCAACAAGUUUGGGCCUGGAGUUCCUCUGGAGUCCGAACCAGUCAUCGCCAGGAAUGCUUACACCUUCGCGUCCCAGCCAGGCACUCCGGAAGCUACCGCCGUGGGUAAAGAGCAUGUCGUCAUCGAGUGGCUGAAGCCCGAGAGCGACGGAGGCAGCGAGAUCAAAACCUACAUAGUGGACAAACGAGAGAUGAGCAGCACCAGGUGGACUCGGGUGAAUAAGAACUACACCAUCUACGACACCCGUCUGAAGAUCACCGGCCUGCUGGAGGGAAGCGAGUACCAGUUCAGGGUGACGGCUGUCAACGCUGCCGGAGACAGCCAGCCGAGCGACGCCUCGCCAUACAUCCUCUGCAAAGAACCCACAUAUACCCCAGCUCCUCCAUCAACGCCUCGUAUCACUGACACAACCAAGCACAGCAUCAGCAUGACCUGGACCAGGCCCAUGUACGAUGGCGGCUCGGACGUCAGCGGCUACGUGGUGGAGAUCCUGGAGGAGGGCGUCGAGCAGUGGUACCGCGCCACCGCCAAAGCCCUCAAGACCACUGAGUUUGUUGCCGGCGGCCUUGCAGCCAACAAGAAGUACAGAUUCAGAGUAGCUGCCAUCAACAGCAAAGGCACCGGGGAGUUCAGUGAACCUAGCGCUGAGGUGGAGCCGCUGGAGAAAAUCGAAAUGCCCGACCUUGAGCUUGCCGACGACCUGAAGAAGACGGUGUGUCUGCGUGCCGGAGGAACCCUGCGUCUGGUCGUAUUCGUAACUGGCCGACCAGCACCAGUGGUGGCCUGGAGGAAGACGGGUGUGGAGCUGCAGAGCCGUGGCUACAUCGAGACCACCGAUAGCUUCACUGCACUGACGGUGGAGAAGAUCAAUCGCUACGACUCCGGAAAAUAUUAUGUGGAGGCAGAGAACCCGUCUGGCAAGAAGACUGCCACCAUUCUGGUCAAAGUCUACGACACUCCUGGUCCUCCAGGCUCUGUGAAUGUGAAGGACUACACCAAGGAGUCUGUUGUGAUCACCUGGGACGUCCCGAGCAUUGACGGCGGCGCUCACGUCAGCAACUACAUCAUAGAGAAGCGUGACGCCAACAUGAAGUCAUACAAGACUAUCACCACUGAAUGCAGGAAGACCCUGUUCAGGAUCACUGGUCUGGAGCAGGGAGUACACUACUUCUUCAGAGUCCUGCCAGAGAACAUCUACGGCGUUGGCGAGCCUUGUGAGACAUCCGAGGCUGUGAUGGUUUGUGAGGUGCCGUCAGUACCUAUGGACCUCCAGGUUGUCGAUGUCACCAAGUCCUCCGUCACACUGCACUGGUUGAAGCCGCUGCACGACGGCGGCAGCAGGCUCACAGGCUUUGUCAUGGAAGCCUGCAAGGUGGGGACGGACAGAUGGAGUGUUGUGGCAACGGUCAGGGCCUCAGUGUCCACGCACACCAUCCAGUCUCUGACAGAGAACGACCAGUACCUUUUCAGGGUUCGGGCCACCAACAGCAGGGGAUCCAGCGAGCCUAUGGACACCGUCACUCCUGUCGUCAUCCAGGACAUCAAGGUAAUGCCCAAGAUCGACUUGACCAGCAUCCCUCAGAAGAUCGUCAAUGUGCACCGCGGCAAACCCAUCGACCUCAACAUCCCCAUCAAGGCCAGGCCGCAACCGGUCUGCUCCUGGUUCUUCGGCGGCGUCAAACUGAAGGACAGCCUGGACCGCAUCAAGAUCGACAGCAAUGGAAAAUACACCCACCUCGUCAUCCGCGAGACCACCAUCAACGACACAGGAAACUACUCGCUUGAGGUGAAGAACGCUGUCGGCAUGGCAACUGAGGUCAUCAAGGUCAUCAUUCUUGACAAACCAGGCCUCCCAGUCGGUCCCGUGAAAAUCGAGGAGAAUGACGGCGUGUCAGUAACAAUCAGCUGGGAACCUCCAGAGAAGGAUGGUGGUGCCAACGUCAGCGGCUACGUAGUGGAGCAGCGCGAUGCCCACCGGCCAGGCUGGAUCACCAUCUCAGAGUCGGUGACCCGACCAUGCUUCAAGUUCACCAGACUUACCGAGGGAACCGAGUACGUGUUCCGCGUUGCAGCCAUGAACCGCUUCGGUGUUGGCAGCUUCCUGCAGUCUGAAGUGGUGGAGUGCAAGAGUGCUAAGACCAUCCCUGGACCUCCAAGCAGGCCAGAGGUGCUUGAUGUCACCCACGAGGGCAUGACCCUGACCUGGCAAGCACCCGAGGACAAUGGUGGCUCCACCAUUGCAGGCUACAUAAUUGAGCGCAAAGAGGCUCGCUCCGAAAGGUGGAUGAAGAUCAACAAGAACCCCGUCACCAUGACCAGGUACCGCUCCUCUGGCCUGAUAGAGAGCCUGGAGUAUGAACAUCGUAUCACCGCCAUUAACUCCAGAGGAGCUGGCAAACCCAGCGAGAGCUCAGCCAUCACCGUCGCCAUGGAUCCCAUCGAGCCUCCAGGUCCUCCAGUUCAGCCCACCGUCACCGACACCACCAGGACUUCAGUCACUCUGGCCUGGCUGCCACCUGAAGAAGUGGGUGGUUCUGUCAUCACGGGUUACUUCAUCGAGAUGCAGAAGGUGGACCAGGUGGAAUGGACACUGUGCAACACAACGCCCACCAAGAUGUGCGAGUACACGCUCACCCACAUGCCCCAGGGCGCCGAGUACAAGUUCAGGGUAAUCGCCUGCAACGCUGGUGGUACUGGAGAGCCCGCUGAGAUUCCUGGAGUGGUUAAAGUCCAGGAGAUGCUUGGUCAUCCCGACUACGAGCUCGAUCAUAAAUACGAGGAGGGCUACGUGGUGCGGCAGGGCGGCGUCGUCCAUCUGUCUGUGCCCAUCAAGGGUAAACCCAUCCCUACAUGCAAGUGGACCAAGGACGGCCGUGAUAUCUCCCACCGGGCCAUGAUCGCCACCCAUGAUGACAUCACCGAAUUGGUCAUCAAAGAGGCUCACAAAGACGACACUGGUACCUACGACCUGGUGCUAGAGAACAAAUGUGGCCGGAAGGCCGUGUACAUCAAGGUGAAGGUGAUCGGUCGCCCUGACAUCCCAGAAGGCCCACUGGAGUUUGAUGACAUUCAGGCAAGAUCGGUCCGGGUCAGCUGGAGGCCACCUUCAGAUGAUGGCGGCUCCGACAUUCUGGGAUACAUCGUGGAGAGGCGGGAGGUUCCCAAGGCCGCCUGGUGUACAGUGGACUCCCGGGUAACCGAGAACUCUCUGGUGGUGAAGGGCCUGAAGGAGAAUGUGCAGUACCACUUCAAGAUUUCUGCCGAGAACCAGUUUGGCAUCAGCAGAUCUCUCAAGUCUGAUGAGGCUGUUACACCGAAAACACCACUUUGCCCACCAGAACCUCCAAGCAACCCACCAGAGAUCAUGGACGUGACCAAGACCACGGUGUCAUUGUCCUGGGCCCGGCCCAGGGACGAUGGAGGCUCUCGCGUCACAGGAUACUACGUGGAAAGGAGAGAGGUGUCGACGGAGAAGUGGGUCCGACACAACAAGACUCACAUCACCACUACCAUGUACAAUGUCACGGGUCUGAUCCCCGAUGCAGAGUACAUGUUCAGAGUGGUGGCUCAGAACGACAUUGGGCAGAGCGAGUCUGGUCCUGCUUCAGAGUCCGUGGUCUGCAAAGAUCCAUUUGACAAACCCAGCCAACCAGGAGAGAUCGACAUCAUCUCCAUCACCAAAGACUGCAUCACCAUCCACUGGCUCAGGCCAGAGCAUGACGGCGGAAAGGAGAUUCUGGGCUACUGGAUUGAGUUCAGGCAGGCGGGAGAAAGUGCCUGGAAGAAAUGCAUCAAGGAGCGCUCCAAAGAUCGUCAGUUCACAAUGGGCGGUUUGAUGGAGGCCACCGAGUACGAGUUCAGAAUCUUUGCUGAGAACGAGACUGGACUCAGCCGACCUCGCCGCACACCCAUGGGCAUCAAGACCAAACUGAGCGUUGGUGAGACUCCAGCUUUGAAGGAAGAGAUCCAGGACGUAACCACCAAGCUUGGCGAGUCUGGCACUCUCACCUGUGGCAUCAUUGGCAGACCACUACCUGAGAUCAAAUGGUACCGCUACGGCAAGGAACUGAUCCAGAGCCGCAAGUACAAGAUGAGCUCAGAUGGCCGUAACCACUCCCUCAGCAUCCUGACGGACGAGCAGGAAGAUGAGGGCCUGUACACCUGCAGGGCCAUCAACGAAGCCGGAGAGAUCGAGACCAGUGGCAAACUGCGACUGCAGGCGGCGCCCCAGUUCCACCCGGGCUUCCCUCUCAAGGAGAAGUAUUUCGCCGGGGCUGGCACCAGCCUCCGCCUCCAUGUUGUCUACAUUGGACGUCCCAUCCCCAAGAUCAUGUGGUUCUAUGAUAAGAAGCCCCUGAACGCUUCAGAGAAUGUUAUUAUUGAAAACACUGAAAGCUACACCCACCUGGUGGUGAGGAACGUCCAGAGGAAGAGCAACGCUGGCCGCUACAAGGUGCAGCUCAGCAACGUGUACGGAACCAUCGACACUUCGCUCCGCGUUGAAAUCCAAGAUAAACCAUGCAUCCCUGAGGGCCCUGUUGUUGUUGACGCCCUGCUGAAGAGCUCAAUGGUCAUUAGCUGGAAGGCCCCCAAGGACGACGGAGGCUCCAUGAUCACCAACUACAUUGUGGAGAAACGUGAGGCCAAAGAAGGCGAGCAGUGGCACCUGGUGUCCUCCUCGGUUUCUGGCACCACAUGCCGCAUCCCCAACUUGAUAGAGAGUGCUGGCUACUACUUCAGAGUCUCUGCCCAGAACCAAUACGGAGUCAGUGAGUCUCUGGAGAUCCCAUCGGUGGUCAUCGUUAAGAGUCCAUUUGAAAAACCUGGCAUCCCACAACAGCCCUUCAUCAUCAGCUCUGCCAAGGACUCAUGUGUUGUCUGCUGGAAGCCUCCAAGCAGUGAUGGUGGAGCUAAAAUCUCCAGCUACUACCUGGAAAAACGUGAGAAGAAGCAGAACAAGUGGAUGUCAGUAACCAGCAAGAAGAUGCUGGAGACCAGCUAUGAGGUCACAGGCCUGAUUGAGGGCUUCGAGUAUGAGUUCCGCGUCAAGUGUGAGAACUUGGGUGGUGAAAGCGACUGGAGUGAAAUCUCAGCGCCGAUCAUUCCCAAGUCCGACCAGUCUCCCCGUGCUCCAGCGUUCAGGGAGGAGAUCAGGGACAUGACCGUCAAAUACCAAGCCAAUGCAACCUUUGUCACCAAGGUGGUGGGAUAUCCCAGACCCUUGGUGAAGUGGUACCGCAGUGGAAAAGAGAUCGAGGCAGAUGGAACCAAGAUUAAAGCCCAGGAGUUCAAGGGAGGCUACUACCAGCUGGUCAUCACUGCCGCUGAGGAGAGCGAUGCCACAGUUUACCAAGUCAGAGCAACCAACUCCUCAGGAUCCAUCUCUACAACAGCCAACCUGGAGGUGGAAGUUCCUGCUAAGAUCCACCUGCCUAAGGAGCUCCAGGGAAUGGGAGCAGUCCAUGCUGUCCGUGGUGAUCACAUCACCAUCAAGAUUCCCAUCUCUGGCAAGCCCGAGCCAGCAAUCACUUGGCAGAAGGGACAGGAGAUCCUCUCCAACUCUCUUUAUCACCAAGUCAUCACCACCAGGUCUUUCACAUCGCUAGUGUUCCAGAAGGGCAUGGAGAGGAAGGAUACCGGCUACUACAUUAUAACAGCAAAGAACAGGUUUGGAACGGACAAGCAAACCAUUGAAGUGAACGUGGCUGACAUACCUGAAGCUCCAAAGGGUCUGGUUGUCAGCGACAUCUCUCGUGACUCCAUCACCUUGACCUGGGAGCCACCUGCCAAUGAUGGUGGAAGCAACAUCAUUAACUACAUUGUGGAGAAGUGUCCCACCACAGCUGACAGGUGGAUCCGUGCUGGACAGACCACUGACUGCAGCAUCACCAUCAUUAACAUAUUCGGAAAGACCAAGUACCAGUUCCGGGUCAUCGCUGAAAACGGGUUUGGCCUGAGCCCUCCUUCUCAGCCAACAGAGCCCAUCACCACGAAGGAAGACAAGUCUGUGAUUCGGAACUACGAUGAAGAAGUGGAUGAAACCAGAGAGAUCACCAAGGAGGAAGCUCUGUUCUACAAGGUGAAGGAGCUGUCCUCCAAGUACGUCAUCUCUGAGGAACUUGCUCGCUGCCAGUUUGGAGCGGUCCACCGCUGCACAGAGAUUGCCACAAAGAAAACCUUCAUGGCCAAGUUUAUCAAGGUCAAAGGAACUGACCGUGAGUUGGUUCUCAGAGAAAUUGAAGCCCUCAACUUAGCAAGGCACAUGAAUGUCAUCUACCUCCACGAAUGCUUUGAAAGCAUGGAGGAGAUCAUCCUGAUCUUUGAAUUCUUGUCUGGAGUUGACAUCUUUGAGCGCCUUGGCACCAGCAACUUUGAGCUUACAGAGCAGGAGAUUGUCCGCUACCUGAGACAAGUCUGCUCUGCCCUCAAGUUCAUGCAUAGCCACAACUUCGGCCACUUUGAUAUCCGCCCAGACAACAUUGUCUACACCACAAGGAAAAGCACCACAAUAAAGAUUAUUGAUAUGGGCCAGGCCAGGCUGCUGGUGCCGGGAGAAAACAUCAGAAUGUUGUUCUCAGCUCCAGAGUACUGCGCCCCCGAGAUCCACCGUCACGACCUGGUCACGACAGCCACUGAUAUGUGGUCUGUCGGUGUGAUGGCCUACGUUUUGCUCAGUGGCCUUAAUCCGUUUGGUGCAGAGUCCAUUACACAGAUGAUUGAGAACAUCUCCAACUGUGAAUACAUCUUUGACAGUGAAGCAUUUAAGGACAUCAGCCUGGAGGCUAUGGACUUUGUCGACAGACUUCUGGUUAAAGACAGGAAGCUCCGUAUGACAGCACAUGAGGCCCUGGAGCACCCAUGGCUCAAGAUGAAGAUUGAGCAUAUCAGCAACAAGGUCAUUAGGACAUUGAGACACAGAAGGUACUACCAGUCUCUGGUAAAGAGGACAGACACCAUUGUAUCUGUAGCUCGUGUGGCCUACGGCGGCGCCUUCAAGAACCAGAGAGGAUUGGCCGUGGGCAAAGUGAAGAUUGGAACUGAGUACCAUGGCCUUCGCACUGGCCCAGUCAUGCAUGGCUCCGCUGAAGAAGGCGGCCAUGUCAGAUUCACCUGUAGCAUCACCAACUACGACAAGAGUACUCAGGUGUCAUGGUACCACGGUAACCGUCAGCUACACGCAAGCACCAAGUAUGAGAUUACUUACAGUAAUGGUUUUGCCAGCAUCUAUGUGAAGGACAUUGAAGAGAGUGAUGAUGGCGUGUACAGAUGCAAGGUGGUGAGUGAUGAAGGAGAGGACAGUGCUUAUGGAGAGCUCUUUGUGGAGACUGUGAGGAGCAUCAGAGAGCACUACAUCAGCCGCUCCAUCAAGAAGCUGAGGAGGAGAGUUGACAGGACUAAACUCCUGCAGAGGCCACCAGAGUUCACUUUGCCUCUCUACAAUCGCUCUGCCUACAUUGGCGAAGAUGUUCGCUUCGGUGUCACUAUCACUGUGCACCCAGAGCCUCACGUAACAUGGCUGAAGAACGGGGAGAGAAUCAAGCCAGGUGAAGAUGACAGCAAGUACACGUUCAUCAGUGAUAAGGGUCUGUACCAGUUGAUGAUCCACAACCUGAGUUUAGACGAUGAUGCAGAGUACACUGUCAUGGCCCACAACAAGUUUGGAGAAGACAGCUGCAAAGCCCGUCUCACUGUGACACCUCAUCCUGUAACGGAGGAAACCAUGAGGCCAAUGUUCAAACGUCUGCUGGCUAAUGUCGAUUGUGUCGAGGGACACAGCGUCCGCUUCGAGCUCAGAGUCUCAGGAAGCCCAACUCCUACUCUGAAAUGGCAGAAGGACGGCCAUACACUACAGUUCGGUCACAAGGUUGUUGUCAUACAGCAGGACGUUGACUACCAUGUCUUGCACAUCAGAGAUACUCUGCUCGAGGACGCCGGUGUGUACAAGGUUACCGCAACCAACUCUGCUGGCUCUGCAAGCUGCCAGGCUACACUGAAGGUGGACCGCCUUACCUACACCAGGAGAGAGUACAAGAGCGAGGAGGAGAAAUACAGACAUGUACAGAAACAAAUUGAAAAGACUAACAAGAUGGCUCUGCAAAUUGUUGCCACUGAGGAGCUCGUACCUUUCAACCCCACAGCCCAGGAUGCACUCAAAUUCGCUGCAGAGAUGUACAAGCCUGCAGUGAGCACCAAGAAUGUUGAGGGCGAGUUUGACAUCUCAGUGGUGAAGUCUGAGACCAAGAAGCUGGAAGAGGAGAGGAGGAUCUUCAUGCCAUAUGAAAUCCCUGAGCCAGUGGUCCAUGAUCCCAGAGCUCUGGAUGAGGACAAAGCCAUCAAAAAGUUUGUGCCUCUCUCUGACAUGAAGUGGUACAGAAAACUGAGGGACCAGUAUGAGGUUUCAGAGAAGAUGGAGAGGAUUGUGCAGAAGAGGCAGAGACGUAUUCGCCUGUCCAGGUGGGAGCAGUUCUAUGUCAUGCCCCUCCCAAGAAUCACAGACCAGUACAGGCCAAGAUGGCGUAUUCCAAAACUCACUCUGGAUGACCUGGAGACUGUCAGGCCGGCCCGCCGCUCACCUUCUCCUGAAUCCGAGGUCUCCUUCAGAUCCAGAAGGAGAUCUCUGGGAGACAUUAGUGACGAGGAGCUGCUGAUGCCUGUGGAUGACUACCUUUCCAUGAGGAGAACAGAGGAGGAGAAAAUGAUGCUGGAGGACGAACUGGAGCUGGGCUUCUCUGCCUCUCCUACCCGCAGUCCUGUCCGCAUGGAGCGGCGUACCAUGGAGCGGCGUACCAUGGAACUGGAAGAGAGGGGUCAGGAGGUGAGGUACGAGGCUGUCGAGGUCGCUGAGACAAAGAAGAAACGCACCGUUUCUCAGUUCAUGAGGAGGAGAAGGUCACUGUCUCCCACUUACAUCGAGCUCAUGCGCCCAGUCUCAGAGCUGAUCAGACCGUCACGUUCCAGGCCGCCUGUAGAAGCAGAAGCAGAAGUUAAGGUCGUAGGGAGGAGGUCCCCCACCCCUGAGAGGACCCGUCCCCGCUCUCCCAGCCCCAUCAGGUCUGUUGAGAGGUCAUCCCGCUCCUCCUCCAGGUUUGAGCGGUCGGCCCGCUUUGACAUCAUGUCCCGCUACGAGGCCAGAAAGGCUGCCCUGAAGUCCGAGAGGAAAUACCAGGUGGUUAGCCAGACACCUUUCAGCCUGGACCAUGCGCCCCGCGUGACGGUCAGGAUGCGCUCUCAUCGCAUACCGAUUGGCCAAGACACCAAAUUCACCCUGAACAUCCAAAGCAAGCCGGAGGCCGAGGUCAAGUGGCUCCACAAUGGAACUGCAAUCUCUGAAAGCAGCGAAAAAUACGUCUUCACCAACAUGAGCGGCGUUUUGUCCAUCGCUAUUCUGGACUGCCAGGAGGAGGACAGUGGCACAUACCGCUGUGUGUGCUCCAACUCCAAGGGAGAAGCUUCCGACUAUGCCACCCUCGAUGUGUCCGGUGGCGGCUACACCACCUUCUCCUCUCGCCGCAGGGAUGAGGAUGUUCCCAAAGGAUAUGUCCCUGAAGUCACUCGAAUUGACCACUAUCACACCAGCCACUUCAAAGCUGGCUAUGCUUCCCAGACCCACCUCGAGGUGGAGGAGAGCAAGUCUAAGCUCACAGAGACACGUGAGGUUGUGACACGUGAAAGAUAUGCUGCCUCCUCUGAGAGGUUCUCCUCUGCUGAGAGGUAUGAUUCAUCUAUCAAGUAUGCCUCUGCUGAAUACCUGUCAUCUGAUUCCUCCUACUCAUCGGAAAAGUUUUCUCUGUCUGGGAAACGCACCACUUCUGAAGCUAAAGUGAAGUCAUCUUCUGCUGCUGUUGCUGAAGAAUUUUCUGUCCACAAGGUGAAGCCUUCUGUUCCUGCCAAAAUCCUCACCAAGCCCCAGUCUGUGACGGUUGCAGAGGGAGAAUCAGCCAGAUUCUCCUGUGAUAUCGAUGGGGAGCCUGCACCAACUGUGACAUGGAUGCACGAGAGCAGAACCAUCAUCUCAUCUCACCAAGUCCAGGUCAUCACCACUCAGUACAAGUCCAGCAUGGAGAUCUCCUCUGUGAUGGCCUCCGAUGAGGGCAGUUACACGGUGGUGGUAGAGAACUCAGCAGGCAGGCAGGAGGCUCACUUCACCUUGACCAUCCGCAGACCUGCUCCCAAACAGGAGGUCAAGGCUGUCAUCCCCGAGCCAUCUGUAAAGUCACCCACUCCCAGUGUGAAGUCACCAGAGCCUUCAGUCACAUCACCUGCUCCCUCCAUAACUUCCCCUGUGCCCAGCAUCAAGUCCCCAGAGCCUUCAAUCAAAUCUCCAACUCCUAGCGUGAAGUCUCCUGAACCAAGCGUAACGUCUCCUGCUCCAAGUGUAAAGUCACCAACGCCGAGUGUGAAGUCGCCAACGCCAAGUGUCAAAUCUCCUGAACCUGAGGGGGUUAAGUCACCACUGGGUAUAAAAUCUCCCGAACCCAGACACAAGUCACCACCACCGGUCAAGUCUCCAGAGAGAGUAAAGUCACCUGUACCUGAGGAAGUGAAAUCACCUCGGGGAAUCAAGUCCCCAGAACCUGCAGGAAUCAAAUCACCAAGAGGAAUCAAGUCCCCAGAACCUUUAGGCAUCAAAUCACCAAGGGCCUUGAAGUCACCCGAACCCGAGGGAAUCAAAUCACCCCCAAGAGUGAAGUCUCCUCCUCCCAUCAUGUCCCCCAAGAGGGUCAUGUCUCCACCCACCGUCAAAUCCCCAAUCCCAAAACCUCCCAAAGUCCUGAGUCAGCUCACGGCAGAGGCCAGCGAGGGCUCGGUGAGGAUGUCCUGUGUCUGCGAGAGCAGUGUCAGGGAGGUGGUGUGGUACGUCAACGGGAGGAGGCUCUCACAGAGCAGCCACUUUGAGACGCGCUACUCCGAGGGCUCCUGCAGCCUUCUGAUCCACGAUCUGGCAGACAGCGAUCAGGGCGAGUACACCUGUGAGAUGACAUCAGAGGGGGGAGUCUCAAAAUCCUCCUUCUCCUUCAGCGGACAGGUGUUCCAGUCCAUUCGCAUUAAGAUAACCGCCUACCGUGAGCAGCAACUGGCACUUAAAGGAUCAAUGACGAUGAGCCACAAGGAGUCGUUGUCCUCCAUGAGCUCAUCCAUGAUGAUGAAGAAGGAAAUGCACACGAUGGAGGAGUCGUCCUCCUUCCUCCUCCUCCUCUCCGCUCAGCACGCCAUGAUGUCAUCCAUGAUGGAGUCCAGCUCCAUCAGCAGCAUGGCAGCUGAGAUGAAGUUUGAGACCAUGUCCAUGUCCAGCAUGUCCUCCAUGGCAUCUGAGUCGUACGCCAUGAGCACUGGCAGCUCCUCCCAUAUGGAGGGAUCCUCGUUCAGAGCCAUCGGUUCUGCUCCGAGGAUCGAGGCUCUGCCGGAGGACAUCAGCAUCGAGCCGGGUAAAGUCCUGACCGUCACCUGCGCCUUCUCCGGCGAUGCCAAACACAUCCAGUGGUCCCGCGGCGGCAGAACCAUCCAGGUGACGGCCGGCGGACGCUUCCACAUCGAGACCUCUGAAGACCUGACCACCCUCAUCAUCACCGGGGUGAAGGAGGAAGACGCUGGGAGCUACACCCUGAAGCUGUCCAACGAUCUCGGAUCGGACACAGCGACGGUUCACAUUAGCAUUCGAUCAGUGUAG